ACUUCUGAGCAGUCGUGCAUUCCCAGCCUCGCCUCGGGUGUAGGGAUUGCAAAGAAAAAGCAAAACUACACCGUCUUGACCGUGUAGUUUUGUUUUUUUUUAUGGUUAGAGGCUCAACCAUUCUCAUGUUGGGAUUGUCUAAAACCAUACUCUGGAUAAGGACGUCGUUUAAGGAACUGCCGUUUGGGCUCAGCCCACUCCAAUUAGGCACUCUCGUGAAACCAGAGUGCCUAUAAAGAUGACGACAAAAGCGCCAACGUUUACACAGCCGCUACAAAGCGUUGUGGCACUGGAGGGUAGUGCCGCAACCUUUGAGGCUCAUAUUAGCGGUUUCCCAGUUCCUGAGGUGAGCUGGUAUCGGGAUGGUCAGGUUAUUUCUGCUACAACCCUGCCUGGUGUGCAGAUCUCAUUUAGCGAUGGCCGCGCUAAACUGGUGAUCCCCGCCGUGGCAGCAGCCAACAGUGGAAGAUACUCCCUGCAAGCCACCAAUGGAUCUGGACAAGCAACUAGUACUGCCGAACUACUCGUCACAGCUGAAACAGCACCACCCAACUUUUCCCAACGACUACAGAGUACAACAGCAAGACAAGGAAGUCAAGUUCGACUUGACGUGAGAGUGACAGGAAUCCCUACACCUGUGGUGAAGUUUUAUCGGGAUGGAGCAGAAAUUCAAAGCUCCCCCGAUUUUCAAAUUUUACAAGAAGGAGACCUCUACAGUUUAAUAAUUGCAGAAGCUUACCCCGAAGACUCUGGAACCUAUUCAGUAAAUGCCACAAACAGCGUGGGACGUGCAACUUCAACAGCCGAACUGCUCGUUCAAGGUGAGGAAGAAGCUGUUCCCGCUAAAAAGACAAAGACAAUUGUUUCGACUGCUCAGAUUACACAAACUACAAGACAAGCCAGAGUCGAAAAGAAGAUAGAAGCCCACUUUGAUGCCAGAAGCCUUGCGACUGCAGAAAUGGUUAUCGAGAGUGCCGCUGUGCAACAGCUGCCCCACAAGGCACCUCCACGGAUGCCGCCAAGGCCUACCUCCAAAUCUCCGACUCCACCCAUAAUUGCUGCAAAAGUCCAAAUGGCUCGACAGCAGUCACCGUCCCCAGUUAGACAGUCACCAUCUCCCGUGAGGCACGUUAGAGCACCAACACCCUCACCUGUCAGAUCUGUCUCUCCUGCUGGGAGGCUCUCAGUCUCUACUUCACCCAUCAGGUCUGUGAAGUCUCCAUUGAUGGUCCGUAAAAUGCAGACAUCGAUGACAGCGGCAGGGGGUGCUGAGGUGCUUCCUCCUUGGAGACAGGAAGACUAUGUAGCUACAUCUGAAACGAGAAUGCAAGACACUAGAAUAACUACAAGUAGUACCCAGAUAAGGACUGAAGAACGAUGGGAGGGGCGAUACGGUGCUCAAGAACAGGUCACUAUUAGUGGCACCACAGCUGCGGCGGCGGCUGUUGGAGUUGGUGCUGCUGCUGCUGCCAUUGGAAUUAGUGCUGCAGCAGCUAAGGAGGACACUGAGAAAACAGCAGCUGUUGCUACUGUAGUUGCUGCUGUUGACAUGGCCAGAGUGAGAGAACCUGUACCAAGUGCUGUAGAGCAGACUGCUAAAAGGACAGCUAUGACUGCAGUACACAUUCAACCUGUCCAGGAGCAGAUUAAAAAAGAAGCUUCCAUAGUAGUUACAAGUACAACUGGUAAAGCCAGAGAACAAGAGCUAAUAUCGAGAACUAGAGAAGGAGUUGCUACUAAACAAGAACAAAUACAGAUCAUUCAGGAAAAGGUUAAAAAGGAACCUGUGAAAGUUCCUGUGCCCAAAGUAAUAAUUGCUGCAGAUACAGUUAAGGAACAAGAACAGAUUUCAAGAGCUAGAGAAGAAAUUUCUACUCAACGAGAACAAAUUCAUAUCAGUCAUGAAAAGAUUAGGAGAGAAGUUGUGAAACCUGUGAAACCUUCUGUACCUAAAGUAGUAAUUACCACUGGUAAACCCAAAGUGCCAGAUGCAAUAGUAAAAACUACAGAAGGGAUUGCAACUAAACAAGAACAAGUCCACCUUGCCCAAGAAAAGAUAAGAAAGGAAACUGAGAAAACCACCGUAGUUCCAACAAUCAUUGCUGUUGACAAACACAAAGAGCAGAUCUCAAGAACUAGAGAAGAAGUUGCUACCAAAAGAGAACAAAUCCAUCUAGUUCAUGAUCAGAUUGGUGUUCACAAAAAAGCAGAAGCUGUAGCCACAGUUGUUGCUGCAGUAGAUCAAGCACGCAUUAGAGAACCGAGAGAGCCAGAUUAUGCUGAAGAAGCUUAUUCUGAACAGGCAGCUUUGGACUAUGGAUAUAAAGAGCGUGUUUUAGCAAGACGCGUUGUUGAGUUGCCACCAGAGCAUCUUAUUGUCACCAAAGAAGUGAAAACUGAGGAGGUUCAAAUUCCUCCUGAAAAACACAUUGUGGCCACUGAAAAAAUGGGAAUGGCCGUAUCAACCCAGAUUAAAAGGACAGCAGAAACUACAAUGGAAAAAUCAAUCCAAGUGGAACACCCCCGGCCCCGUACAGCAAGCCCUCAUUUUACAGUUUCAAAAAUUACUGUUCCUAAACCAGAUCAUACUUAUGAGGUUUCAAUAGCAGGAUCUGCUAUAGCAACUCUACAAAAGGAGUUGUCAGCAACUUCUGUGCCAAAGAUCACCAAGCCUGUGAGGCCUCCUCUUUCAAAGUCACCCGAACCCCGAGUGAUGGUGGAGAAAGUUGUCUCCCCACAGUUUCCUUUCGGAGAGACGCUCGACACCUAUCAGAGGCGUUACGGUGUUGAGAUGAAAAGAGACAUAGGUGUGAGCGUGACAGGUGGUCUGUUGCAGGAAGAACACAUUGAAUUGAUGCAGGAAGGUGAACCAGAGGUGAUUGAAAUUGAAGCUGCAAGGGUUCCAGAGCCAGCAGAAGUUCCCGCUACACCCCCAUCCAUAGUCUCAGGCUUGAAAAAUGUGACUGUUAUAGAGGGGGAAUCUGUUACCCUGGAGUGCCGUAUCUCUGCCUAUCCAGUGCCGACUGUGACAUGGUACAGAGAAGAUUACCGCAUUGAGAGUUCCAUAGAUUUCCAGAUCACCUUUGAGGCAGGAGUAGCUCGUCUUAUGAUUCGAGAAGCUUUCGCGGAAGACAGCGGAAGAUUCACUUGCACAGCUACCAAUGUUGCUGGAAGUGUCAGCACUUCCUGCCAUCUUGUCGUACAAGUUUCAGAGGAGUUUGAGAGCAAAGAAGCAGUUUCUGCAAAAGUGAUCUCAGAAGACAAACGCUAUGUGGAGUCAAGAGAUGUAGUAAUGACUGAGAUCACAACUGCUGCAGAAGAAGUUUCUGGAGAACCUGCCGCUCCAUUCUUCAUAAGAAAACCAAUUGUACAGAAAUUAGUUGAAGGCGGAAGUGUCAUUUUUGAAUGCCAAGUUGGGGGCAAUCCAAAGCCACAUGUUUACUGGAAGAAAGCCGGAGUACCUCUAACUACUGGCUACAGAUAUAAAGUGAUGCACAAAAAAGAAACUGGGGAAUGCAGACUUGAAAUUUCUAUGACUUUUGCCGACGAUGCUGGAGAAUACACUAUUGUUGUUCGUAACAAACAUGGGGAAGUUUCUGCAUCAGCUUCCUUGCUAGAAGAAGCUGAAUAUGAGGUCUACCUAAAAUCUCAACAAGAAACAAUAUAUCAAACUCAAGUGACCGCCUAUGUAGAAGAACCAAAAGUGGCUGCAGUAGCCCCACCCACUUUGUAUGCUGACUAUGAAAAAGAAUAUGAAAGAGAGCAAGCUCUCAUUAGGAAGAAAAUGGCAAAAGAUACUGUGUUGGUCAGGACUUUUGCAGAAGAACAGGAAUUUCACAUUUCCUCCUUCGAGGAAAGACUGAUCAAAGAAAUUGAAUACAGAAUAAUUAAGAUCACCUUAGAAGAACUCCUUGAAGAAGAUGGAGAAGAGAUGGUGGUUGAUGUCUCUGAAGCUGAAACCACUGAAGCAGGAUUUGAAAUGCGAUUAAAGAAUUAUAGAAUCCUUGAGGGGAGUGGCGUUACUUUCCACUGUAAGAUGACUGGGUAUCCUUUGCCUAAGAUUGCUUGGUACAAAGAUGGCAAGCGCAUCAGGCAUGGAGACCACUUUCACAUGGAGGUGCUACAAGAUGGCAGAGCCAGUUUGCGCUUACCUGUUGUCUUGCCUGAAGAUGAAGGCAUUUACACAGUCUUUGCUAGUAACAUAAAAGGAAAUGCCAUAUGCUCUGCAAAACUGUACAUUGAACCAGUUGGACCAACAGGGUCUCCAGGUUAUAUCCCGUCACCUGAAAUGAUUAGAAGAUAUCGGUCUCUGUCUCCCCGGUCCCCAAGCCGUUCUCCUGCACGUAGUUCGCCUUCACGGUCACCUGCUCGCAGGCUAGAUGAGACAGAUGAAGCACAGCUGGAGAGAUUGUACAAGCCUGUGUUUGUCUUGAAGCCGACAUCAUUCAAAUGCGCGGAAGGACAGACGGCAAGAUUUGACCUCAAAGUAGUGGGCAGACCCAUGCCAGAAACGUACUGGUUUCAUAACGGUCAACAAGUCCUUAAUGAUUACACCCAUAAAAUAGUGAUCAAGGAAGAUGGCACACAGUCAUUGAUUGUUAGCCCAGCUUUGCCUGCUGACUCGGGGGAAUGGGUUGUGAUUGCCCAGAACAGGGCAGGAAAAACAUCCAUCUCAAUGACACUCACUGUGGAAGCUAAAGAACACUUAGUGAGACCACAGUUUGUGGAAAAGCUGAAGAACAAGAGUGUCAAGGAGGGAGAGAAAUUAGAAAUGUAUGUGAAGGCGAAGGGUAACCCCAAUCCUGACAUUGUGUGGCUAAAGAACAGUGAUAUCAUCGUAGCCCAUAAAUAUCCAAAUAUAAAAAUUGAGGGAGUGAAAGGAGAAGCUGCCCUGAAAAUCGAAUCCACUCUCAGGCAGGAUGCUGCCUGGUACACUGCAACUGCCAUCAAUAAAGCCGGACGUGACACUACAAGGUGUAAAGUGAACGUUGAAGUUGAGUUCACUGAACCCGAACCAGAAAGGAAAUUGAUUAUUCCAAAAGGAACAUACAAAGCGAAAGAAAUUGCUGCCCCAGAGCUAGAACCUCUCCACUUGCGUUAUGGUCAAGAGCAAUGGGAGGAGGGCGAUCUUUAUGACAAGGAGAAGCAACAGAAACCAUUUUUCAAGAAGAAGCUCACAUCCUUGAGGCUCAAGCGCUUUGGACCAGCUCAUUUUGAGUGUCGACUAACACCCAUUGGUGACCCAACCAUGGUUGUGGAGUGGCUACAUGACGGCAAGCCUUUGGAGGCGGCCAACAGACUUAGAAUGAUUAAUGAAUUUGGUUACUGCAGUCUUGACUAUGAAGUAUCCUAUCCCAGAGACAGUGGAGUGAUCACAUGCCGGGCAACCAACAAGUAUGGCACCGACCACACCUCAGCCACUCUAAUUGUUAAGGAUGAAAAAAGCCUGGUUGAGGAAUCUCAGCUGCCAGAAGGCAGGAAAGGUUUGCAGAGGAUUGAAGAGCUAGAAAGAAUGGCCCAUGAAGGUGCUCUUGUCGGGGUUACAGAAGAUCAAAAAGUGAAACAAAAGCCAGAAAUAGUUUUGUUUCCUGAGCCUGCAAGAGUCAUUGAAGGAGAAAUUGCAAGGUUCCGUUGCCGAGUAACUGGUUAUCCACAGCCCAAGGUCAACUGGUAUCUCAACGGGCAGCUCAUCCGUAAAAGCAAAAGAUUUAGACUUCGCUAUGAUGGAAUCUAUUAUCUAGAUAUUGUGGACUGCAAAUCAUAUGAUACAGGAGAAGUUAAAGUAACUGCAGAAAACCCUGAAGGCACAAUAGAACAUAAGGUGAAACUGGAGAUUCAGCAAAGGGAAGAUUUCAGAUCUGUCCUUCGCCGGGCACCAGAACCUAAGCAUGAAGCACCAACAACAGAGCCCGGCAAACUUUUAUUUGAUGUUCAAAAGGUUGACAAGCCAGUUGAGAAGACUACAAAAGAGGUGGUAAAGCUGAAAAAGGCAGAAAAAGUCACCCAUGAGAAAGUAACGGAAGAAUCUGAAGAACUCCGUAGUAAAUUCAAACGCAGAACUGAAGAAGGCUAUUAUGAAGCAAUCACAGCAGUUGAGCUUAAAUCUCGGAAGAAGGAUGAAUCCUACGAAGAGUUGCUUAAGAAGACAAAGGAAGAACUUCUUCACUGGACCAAAGAUUUAACAGAGGAAGAAAAGAAAGCACUUCUGGCUGAAGGUCAAAUCACUAUUCCAACCAUAAAGCCAGAGAAGGUUCAACUUAGUCCAAGCAUGGAGGCUCCCAAGAUUCUUGAACGUGUACAAAGUCAGACAAUUGGCCAGGGAAAUGAUGCUCAUUUCCGUGUCCGAGUAGUGGGCAAACCAGACCCAGAAUGCCAAUGGUUCAAAAAUGGUGUGCAGAUUGAGAGGUCUGAUCGUAUCUAUUGGUACUGGCCAGAAGAUAAUGUCUGUGAAUUGGUCAUCAGAGAUGUGACAGCAGAGGACUCUGCCAGCAUUAUGGUCAAAGCUGCUAACAUAGCUGGUGAAACUUCAAGUCAUGCUUUCUUGCUAGUACAAGCCAAACAGCUCAUAAAAUUCACACAAACUUUACAAGACAUCACUGCUAAGGAAAGAGACUCAAUGGCAACCUUUGAAUGUGAAACUUCAGAGCCAUUUAUCAAAGUGAAAUGGUACAAGAAUGGAUUGGAAAUUACUUCCAGAGACAAAUACAGGACACAUUCUGACAGGAAGGCUCAUUUCCUUUCAGUACUAAUGAUUGAGAAGUCUGAUGAAGAGGAGUAUAGUUGUGCCCUGGUGGAAGAUGAAUCUGUAAAAACAACUGCUAGACUUAAUGUUGAAGGAGCUGUUAUUGAGUUUAUUAAAGAACUGGAAGAUGUCGAAGUCCCAGAAUCCUUCUCAGGGGAAUUGGAAUGCGAGAUUUCCCCUGAAGAUGUGGAAGGGAAAUGGUAUCACGAUGAUGUUGAGCUCGCGUCCAAUCAUAAAUAUGUCAUAGCCUCACGCCGAGGUCGCCAAAUUCUCACAGUUAAAGAUGUUGCUAAAGAAGACCAAGGGCAAUAUAGCUUUGUGGUAGAUGGGAAAAAGACCUCUUGUAAUCUGAAGAUGAAACCACGACCCGUUGCUAUCUUGCAAGGUCUUGCGGACCAGAAGGUCUGUGAGGGCGACAUUGUGCAACUUGAGGUGAAACUCUCCCAAGAAAAUGUUGACGGUGUAUGGAUGAAGGAUGGAGCUGAAAUUCAACCAAGUGACCGUGUCCACAUCGUAAUCGACAAACAGUCUCACAUGUUGUUAGUUGAAGAUGUAACAAAGGAAGAUAGUGGAGCUUACUCCUUUAACAUCCCCAGUCUUGUUCUAUCAACGACAGGCCGUGUUACUGUCUAUAGUGUGGAUGUAGUUAUACCUCUUAAAGAUGUCCAUGCUAUUGAAGGCACAAAAGCUAUCCUUGAAUGCAAAAUUUCAGUCCCUGAUGUCUCUUCGUCCAAAUGGUUCAUCAAUGAUGAGCAAAUUAAACCUGAUGACCGUGUUCAAGCCAUCUCCAAAGGUGCCAAACAGCGGCUGGUCUUUAACAGGACAUAUGCAUCCGAUGCAGGACACUGCAAACUGGCAGUUGGCAAGGUUGAAACCAGCUGUAAUCUUACAAUUGAAGAAAUUAAGAUCAUUAAAGGUCUUCACGAUAUCACCUGCACUGAAACUCAGAAUGUAACCUUUGAAGUUGAGCUGUCCCAUGCAGGAAUUGAUGUUCUGUGGAAUUUCAAGGAUCAAGAACUCAAAGCCAAUGCCAAAUACAAGAUAGAGGCACAUGGCACAAUAUAUAAACUGACUGUAGUAAACAUGAUGAAAGAUGACGAAGGAGAGUACACAUUUUAUGCUGGAGAAAAGAGGACAUCCGGGAAGCUGGUUGUAGCAGGUGGUGCCAUUUCAAAGCCCCUGACUGAUAUAACAGUGGCUGAAUCCCAGAAAGCUGUUUUCGAAUGUGAGGUAACCAAUCCAGACUCUGAAGGCCAGUGGCUGAAGGAUGGAAAACCACUUUCUAUGACAGAUCACUUCCGAAGCGAAUCAGAUGGAUUAAAAAGGAGGCUUAAUAUUCCCAUUAGUAAAAUUGAUGAUGUUGGUGAAUAUACUUUUCAAGUGGCCUCUUCAAAAACAUCCGCUAAGCUGAAAGUUGAAGCUGUGAAGAUAAAGAAGACACUGAAGAACCUGACUGUAACAGAAACACAAGACGCUGUAUUUUCUGUGGAACUUACUCACCCUGAUGUGGAAGGAGUUCAGUGGAUUAAAAAUGGCGUUGAGCUGAAGUCCAAUGACAAAUUCGAGAUCAAAGUGGAGGGAACUGUUCACACACUGAAAGUCAAGAACUGUGCUGUGUCAGACGAAUCCGUUUACAGCUUUAAACUGGGCAGGAUAGGAGCCAAUGCCAGACUCCACGUUGAGACUGUUAAAAUCAUCAAGAAACCAAAGGAUGUGACGGCUCUGGAAAAUGCUGUUGUUUCCUUUGAAGUCAGCGUGUCUCAUGAUACUGUUCCAGUCAAAUGGUUCCACAAAAACAUCGAGCUCAAACCAAGUGACAAACACAGACUGAGUUCUCAAAGGAAAGUUCACAAGCUGACCCUGCAAAACAUAUCUCCUGCUGAUGCUGGCGAAUACACAGCUGUAGUUGGGCAGCUUGAAUGCAAAGCCAAACUAUUUGUGGAAACUGUACACAUUACAAAGACCAUGAAAAAUAUUGAGGUUGCAGAGACCAAAACUGCCUCUUUCGAAUGUGAGGUGUCUCAUUUCAAUGUACCUGCCAUGUGGCUGAAGAACGGAGUGGAAAUUGAAAUGAGUGAGAAGUUUAAAAUAGUUGUUCAGGGAAAGCUCCAUCAGCUCAACAUCAUGAACACCAGCACUGAGGAUUCCGCCGAAUACACUUUUGUCUGUGGGAAUGACAAAGUCAGUGCGACCCUGACAGUGAAACCUAUCUUGAUUACCUCCAUGCUGAAAGAUAUCAAUGCAGAAGAGAAAGAUACAAUAACCUUUGAAGUGACUGUUAAUUACGAAGGCAUCACAUACAAAUGGCUAAAGAAUGGGGUGGAGAUAAAAUCUACUGAUCGAUGCCAGAUUAGAACUAAGAAAGUUACACAUUCACUAUCGAUAAGGAAUGUGCAUUUUGGAGAUGCUGCAGAAUACAGCUUCGUUGCUGGAAAAGCUGCUUCAUCAGCAACUUUAUAUGUAGAAGCUCGUCACAUUGAAUUUCGGAAACACAUCAAAGACAUUAAAGUUGUGGAGAAGAAAAGAGCUGUUUUUGAAUGUGAAAUCUCAGAACCUGACAUUGCUGUUCAGUGGAUGAAAGAUGGGCAGGAACUCCAACUUGGAGAACGAGUAAAAGUCCAGCGGGAGAGAUUCGUUCAUCGUCUUUUGAUUACUUCCACUAAGAUGUCUGAUGCUGGGAAGUACACGGUAGUGGCAGGAGGAAACAUGUCCAGUGCCAAUUUGGUAGUGGAAGGGCGUGAUGUCCGCAUCAGAAGCCUUCAAAAAGAUGUUCAGGUCAUUGAGAGACAGCGAGCCGUGGUAGAGUUUGAGGUUAAUGAAGAGGACAUUGAUGCUCGCUGGUAUAAGGAUGGGAUUGAGAUCAACUUCCAGAUUGAGGAGAGAUAUCACUAUGUGGUGGAAAGAAGAGUCCAUCGGAUGACUAUCACUGAAACCACAUACACAGAUGCUGGAGAAUAUACUUUCUUAGCAGGGAAAAACAGGAGCUCCAUUACUCUCCGUGUGAAUGCUCCAGAACCACCCCAGAUUGUAAAGGAACUUCAAGAUGCCACAGUGGAGUCUGGGAAACCUGCCCGCUUCUGUGCUGUAGUAUCAGGCCUACCUCAGCCCAAAAUUUCCUGGUACAAAGAUGAACAGCCGCUUUCUCCAGGCUUUAAGGUUAAGUUUCUUCACGAUGCCCAGGAGUACACUUUGUUGCUAAUAGAAACUUUCCCUGAAGAUGCAGCCGUUUACACAAUUGAAGCCAAGAAUGACUACGGAGUGGCCACCUCUUCUGCGUCAUUAUCAGUGGAAGUCCCAGAAGUUGUUUCUCCUGAUGUGGAAAUGCCAAUGUACCCACCUACCGUUAUUACACCACUCCGCGAUGCCAUUACUUCUGAGGGACAGUCUGCUUGCUUUCAGUGCAGAGUUACAGGGACAGACCUCAGAAUAGCUUGGUACAGCAAAGACAAAGAGAUUAAGCCGUCCCGCUUCUUUAGGAUGACACAGUUUGAAGAUACUUUCCAGCUGGAGAUAGCAGAAGCUUUCCCAGAGGAUGAAGGAAUUUACACCUUUGUUGCCAGUAAUUCCAUAGGCCAAGUGUCAACUACGGCUACCCUGAGGCUGGAAGCUCUAGAAAAAGUUCUUCAGGAGAAGAUAGAGCAGCAGAUUGAAAUGGAAGUAAAAGUUGCACCAAUACUGAGGAGAAGACUGGAAUCCCAGGAAGUAGCUGUCAGCCAUGUUGCCAAGUUCAUCUGUGAGAUAGAAAUGGCACCAAACGUACGGUUUCAGUGGUAUAGAGCUGGGCGGGAAAUCUAUGAUGGUGACAAAUAUACUAUCCGUACUGCUAAUUAUACAUCCACUCUUGAAAUCCCAAGACCUCAAGUAGUUGACUGUGGUGAAUACAGUUGCAAAGCUUCAAAUCAGUAUGGCAGUGUAAGCAGCAUGGCGGUCUUAACAGUUACUGAAGCGUUUCCUCCAACUUUUCUAACCCGACCUGAGUCUCUUACUACUUUUGUGGGUAAGACCACCCGCUUCCUCUGUACAGUGGCAGGCACUCCAGUGAUAGACACGGUAUGGCAGAAGGACGGCACUGCCAUUUCUUCUUCGGAACACCGCAAGAUAACAUCUGCAGACAACAAGCACACUUUAGAAAUAACCCACCUUACAGUAAAUGACAGGGGAACAUACACUUGCAAAGCCUCAAACAAGUUUGGAGCAGAUAUCUGCCAAGCGGAACUAGGUAUCAUUGACAAACCACGUUUCAUUAAGGAGCUGCAGGCUGUUCAGUCUGCAGUCAAUAAAAAGAUACACCUCGAAUGUCAAGUCGACGAAGACCGGAAAGUGACAGUAUCAUGGAGCAAGGAUGGAAACAGAAUACCUCCAGGCAAAGAUUACAAGAUUUUCUUUGAAGACAAAAUAGCAUCCCUUGAGAUCCCUCUGUCUAAACUUAAAGACUCGGGAACAUAUGUGUGCACUGCAUCGAAUGAGGCUGGAAGCAGCUCUUCUUCUGCUACUGUAACCAUCAGAGAGCCACCAUCGUUUUUGAAGAAAGUGGACCCCUCUUACUUGUUGACUCCAGGAGAGUCAGCCCAUCUUCAAUGCAAAAUCAAAGGGUCUCCUGAGAUCCAGGUGACGUGGUUCAAAAAUAACAAGGAAAUUAGAGAGAGUGAUACACACAAGAUAUCUUUUGCCAGCAAUGUGGCUGGGUUAGACAUUUCCAAUGUGAAAGUUGACGACAGUGGAAGUUACUCGUGUGAAGCGGUUAACGAUGCUGGCAGUGACAGCUGCAGCACUGAAAUUGUUGUCAAAGAACCCCCGACUUUCAUCAAAACUCUUGAGCCGGCUGAAAUAGUGAGAGGAUCAAAUGCCACUCUUCACUGUGAGGUUGCUGGUACUGGACCCUUUGAAAUCAGUUGGUUUAAAGACAAGAAGCAAAUCCGCAGUAGUAAAAAAUACAGGUUGACUGCCCAAAAGUCUCUUAUCUCUCUGGAGAUUUCUUCAUUUAAUAGCGCAGAUGUUGGUGAAUAUGAAUGUGCUGUAGCAAAUGAAGUUGGAAAAUGCAUUUGCAGUGCGUCGUAUAUACUGAAAGAACCUCCAUCUUUUAUUAAGAAAAUUGAUGACGUUACAGCGCUUGUAGGAGAUGCAAUUAUCUUACAAACAGCUGUGAAAGGAUCAGAUCCUAUUUCAGUAACGUGGAUGAAGGGGAAAGAUGUUAUUAAAGAAGAUAACAAAGUCAAAGUGACCUUUGAAAAUGGCAUAGCGACUCUGCAAAUCUCAGAUGUCCAAAUUAGUUCUGGUGGUAAAUACACAUGUCUAGCUGAGAAUGACGCAGGAAGUCAAACAUGCUUUGGACAAUUAGCAGUUAAAGAACCUGCCACCAUUCUUGAGAAAGCAGAGUUAAUUCAGGUAACCGCCGGAGAUCCAGCUACUCUGGAAUACACUGUUGCAGGCACUCCAGAGUUAAAAACAAAAUGGUUCCAAAAUGGAAAACCUCUGGUUUCUAGCAAAAAGUACAGAAUCAGUUUUAAGAACAAUGUUGCUCAGCUAAAAUUUUAUGCAGCUGAACUCCAGGAUAGUGGUGAAUACACCUUUGAAGUUGCCAAUGAUGUCGGAAGCAGUUCGUGUACCACCACGGUUACUGUGUUAGAUCGUACCCUUCCUCCAUUCUUCACAAAACCCCUGCGGAAUGCCGACAGUAUAGUUGGGGGCUCUUGCUGCCUCGAUUGCAAAGUUUCAGGCUCUCUUCCGUUGACUGUUUCUUGGUUUAAACAUGACAAAGAGAUCAAAACCAGUGCCAAAUAUUCUGUACGAUAUGAGGAUGGUUCUGCGUCUUUGGAAAUCAAACACUUGGAUACCAAUGAUGUAGGGGUGUAUACCUGCAGAGCCACAAACUCGGCAGGAAGUAAAGAAAGCCGUAGCACACUGACUGUAAAAGAGCCCCCUAGCUUCACAGCAGAGCCAGAGACUCAAGAAACAGUGCCUGGGUCAUCAGUGCGUUUGAAGAGUGCCUUUAAGGGAACAGCACCUCUCUCAGUACAAUGGUUUAAGGGUGAUGCUGAGCUAACAACUGGUGGAGCUUGUUACAUCUUGACAGAAGCUUUGUCGAGUUACCUGGAACUUUAUGCUGUAAAACCUGCAGAUUCGGGUGCCUAUACUUGCAAAGUCAGCAAUGUGGCUGGUUCAGUUGCGUCCAGUGCAAACUUAUUUGUGAAAGAUCCUGCAACCUUUGUGGAAAGGCUCGAACCAUCUCAGUUGUUUAAGAAAGGAGAUUAUGCCCAGUUAGAAUGUAAAGUCACGGGUACCCCUGAAAUUAAAAUCUCUUGGUUCAAGGAUGACAGGGAAAUUAAAGACAGUGACAAGUACAAGACGUCUUUCGUGGGCUCCACAGCCAUACUCAAACUGUUGAAGAUUGGAGUUGAAGACAGUGGUGAAUACACGUGUGAGGCGAAAAAUGAUGCCGGCAGAGACACUUGCAGUAGUGUUGUAGAAGUAAAAGAGUCACCUUAUUUUACCAAACAAUUUGAACCCAGGGAAGUGUUGAAAGACUCAGAUGUUAUACUGGAUUGUGAGGUGUUAGGUACACCUCCCUUUGAGGUCUAUUGGCUAAAGGACAACAAACCUGUGAGAAUCAGUAGAAAACACAGAAUAACCACUGAGGAUUCUUUGAUUAGCCUCCAGGUUUUUAAGUUUGACUCUUCAGAUGUGGGUGAAUACCAGUGCAGAGUGACAAAUGAUGUAGGAAGCUGUGUUUGUAGCUCUGAAGUAACUCUGAAAGAACCACCACAAUUUGUGAAGAGGAUUGAAAAUUUUAGCUCACUUAGAGGAGGAACAGUUGUGUUUCAGGCAACCAUUAAAGGCUCCACGCCAAUCACAGUUUCAUGGUUGAAAGAUAAUGAUGACAUUGUUGAAGAUGAUAACACAAAAAUGACUUUUGUGAACAAUGUGGCUACUCUCAUGCUCAGGGCUAUUGAAGUGAAGCAUGAUGGAAAAUAUUUCUGUCAGGCUAAAAAUGAUGCCGGAAUCCAAAGAUGUUCUGCUUUACUAACAGUGAAAGAGCCAGCCACAAUCACUGAUAAAGCUGUCUCAAUCGAUGUCACAGAAGGCGACCCAGCCACCUUGCAGUGUAGAUUUUCAGGAACAAAAGACAUUACUGCCAAGUGGUUCAAAGCUGGGAAAGAGCUGACUCUGGGUCACAAAUAUAAAAUCAGUGUGACUGAUACAGUCUCUGUGCUAAAGGUUGUUUCUGCAGAAAAGAAAGAUAGUGGAGAAUACACAUUUGAGGUCCAAAAUGAUGUUGGAAGCAGCAGCUGUACAGCUAGCAUUAAUGUGUUAGAUUUGAUCAUACCACCUAAAUUCACCAAAAAGCUAAAGAAAAUGGACAGUAUUAAGGGUUCUUUCGUUCACCUUGAGUGUAUAGUAUCUGGCUCCCACCCAAUAAGUAUCCAGUGGUACAAGGACGGUCAAGAGAUAACUGCUAGUGAAAAGCACAAGUAUUCUUUCCAUGAUAACACAGCUUUCUUGGAGAUCAACCAACUGGAAGGUGCAGACAGUGGGUCUUAUACCUGUGAGGCAACCAAUAAAGCAGGCAGAAACCAGUGCAGUGCGCAUUUGACAGUCAAAGAACCCCCAUCUUUUGUGGAAAAGCCACAGUCGCAAGAUGUUAUACCUGCUUCCAGAGUCCAGCUCAAAGCCCUGGUUAGCGGCACUCCUCCUAUACAAAUAAAGUGGUUUAAAGACAGCAAAGAGCUGCUUUCAGGAGCCUCUCGCUCAGUUUACAAAGAUGACACUUCAAGCAUCCUAGAACUCUUUUCAGCCAAGACAUCUGAUUCAGGGAACUACAUCUGCCAAAUUAGCAAUGAUGUUGGGUCAACAACCUCCAAGGCAACACUUUUCGUCAAAGAGCCCCCUAGGUUUGUUCAGAAGCCAAGCCCAAUAGUUGUAUUGAGAGAAGGACAGUCUACCGUUUUUGAAUGCCAGGUAGCUGGAACACCUGAAAUCCGUGUUACUUGGUAUCUCGAUGGCAACGAAAUAGUGGACCAUGCGAAAUAUGGAGUCUCCUUUGUAGACAACAUUGCCACUUUCCACGUCAGCAGUGCUAAGGUGAAAGAUAGUGGGACUUAUGUUUGUGAGGCCCACAACGAGGCAGGUAGCGAGAGCUGCAGCAUUGAAUUGAAAGUGAAAGAACCUCCCACAUUUAUAAGAGAGCUGAAACCUGUGGAGGUAGUGAAAGGUUAUGAUGCUGUUUUAGAGUGUGAAGUCACAGGGACGCCUCCAUUUGAAGUCAUCUGGCAGAAGAAUAACAAGGAGAUUCGAAGUGGCAAAAAAUAUGCCAUGAUUGAUAAAGAAUCUGUAUUUGCCCUUCAGAUAGUAAACUGUGAUCUUCAAGAUGCUGGUGAAUACCAGUGUAUUAUAUCCAAUGAAGCGGGUAGCUGCUCUUGUAGCACAAGGGUCAGUUUGAAAGAACCCCCCUCUUUCAUCAAGAAAUUAGAAAAUGUCCACGCCGUUUUGAAAAGCUCUGCUAUAUUCCAGUGCACUGUGACUGGUUCUCAGCCUUUGACAGUGUCUUGGAUAAAAGACGAAAGGAUUCUGGAAAACGACGAAGUCUUCCACAGUACCUUUGAAAACAAUGUGGCCAGGCUUAAGAUCCAAAAUGUGGACCUCAGUCAUAGCGGGAGGUACACUUGCCAGGCGAAGAACGAGUCAGGUGUUGAGAAGUGUUUUGCUUUACUUUUAGUACAAGAACCCGCUCAGAUAAUAGAAAAGGCUAAAUCGGUUAAAGUGACUGAAAAGGAUCCAGUGACCUUGGAAUGUACUGUGGCCGGGACACCAGAGCUCCAAGUGAAAUGGUUCAAAGAGGGAAAACAGCUCAUGCCCAGUAGAUACUACACCAUGAGUUUUGAUAAUAACGUGGCCAGGUUCAGACUUGAAUCAGUUAUGAAGGAGGACAGUGGAACGUACAUUUUUAAGGUUGAAAAUGAUUUUGGAAGCAGCAGUUGCGAGGCUGUCUUGACUGUACUAGGUCAAUCUAUCCCUCCUUCAUUUACCAAAAAGUUAACCAAAAAGGAUAAAAUACUGGGAUCUUCUAUUCACAUGGAGUGUAAAGUUUCUGGCUCACUUCCAAUUACUGCUAAGUGGUAUAAAGAUGGAAAAGAGAUAACCGACAGCAUGAAAUACAGGAGUUUAUGCCAUGAGAAUACAGUAUCACUCGAUGUUAACAACUUGGAGUUGGCAGAUUCUGCAAAUUAUACUUGCAGUGUGACUAAUGUUGCUGGAAGUGACUCAUGUAGCGCCGUCUUAACUGUUAAAGAGCCGCCAAGCUUCCUGGUAAAACCAGAAAGUCAGCAAGCUGUACCUGAUUCGAUGGUAGAGUUUAAAGCUGUUUUAAAGGGAACGCCUCCUUUUAAGAUAAAGUGGUUUAAAGAAGAUUUAGAACUUGUGUCAGGACCUAACUGUUUGUUUGGGGUUGAAGGGUCAACUGGUUUCUUAAAUCUUUAUUCAGUGGAUGCAUCAAAAAGUGGGCACUAUACUUGCCAAGUUUCCAAUGAUGUUGGAAGUGAUUCUUGUACAACAGCACUAAGCAUAACAGAACCUCCUAAAUUUGUUAAGAAGCUAGAACCAUCUAAGGUCGUGAAACAGGGUGACUCUGCUCGUCUUGAAUGUAAAAUCAGUGGCUCUCCAGAAAUCAAAGUGGUAUGGUACAGAAAUGACACUGAGCUCCAUCCUGGUGAAAAAUUCCAGAUGUCUUUCCUAGACUCUGUAGCGGUCAUUGAAAUGAGACAUCUCGCUGGUGAAGACAGUGGGGAUUAUAUAUGUGAAGCUCAGAAUCCUGCUGGCCGGGCAAGCUGCAGUACAAAAUUUUUAGUAAAAGAACCUCCUGUAUUUAGCAGGAAACCAUCUCCGGUAGAUACACUCAAAGGUACUGAAGUUAGCCUUGAAUGUGAAAUUUCUGGGACACCACCUUUUGAUGUGACAUGGUAUAAAGAUAAGAGACAAAUCCGCAGCAGUAAAAAAUACAGGGUCACAUCCAAAAACUACCACGCAAGUGUCCAUAUUCUUAAUGUCGAAGCUUCCGACAUUGGCGAGUACCAAUGCAAAGUACAGAAUGAUGUUGGAAGUGACAAUUGCAUUUGUACUGUAAGACUUAAAGAACCACCAAAGUUUGUGACCAAAAUAAACAGCCUUACUGUGGUGGUGGGAGAACCUAUAGAGCUACAAGCUACUGUGGAAGGCUCUCAACCCAUUUCCGUGGUAUGGAUUAAGGACAAGGAAGACGUCAUCCGAGAGAGUGAAAACACAACAAUUACCUUUGUGGAAAACAUUGCUACGUUACAGAUUGCUAAAGCGGAACCAGCCAGUGCUGGGAAAUACAUUUGUCAAAUCAGUAAUGAUGCUGGAACCCGAGAAUGCAUGGCCAUUUUAACAGUUCUAGAGCCGGCGGUCAUUGUAGAGAAGGCAGAACCUAUGAAAGUCACUGUAGGAGAUAUUUGUACCUUAGAGUGCAAAGUGGGUGGAACACCUGAACUUUCAAUAGGCUGGUUUAAGGAUGGAAAAGAACUGACAAGUAGCCCCAAAUAUAAAAUCACCUUCCACAACAAAGUGGCUACUCUUAAAAUUCUUGAUUCGGAAAAGGAAGACUCUGGCUUAUAUACUUUCGAAGUGCAGAACAACGUUGGCAAAAGUGGCUGCACGGCCUCUGUCGAAGUUCUAGAUCGGAUUAUUCCACCUUCUUUUACAAGGAAACUUAAAGAAACAAAUGGUGUACUGGGUUCCUUUGUGGCUCUUGAGUGCAAAGUUGCUGGGUCCCCACCUAUUACCGUUGCUUGGUUUCAGAAUGGACAGAAAAUCACCAGUGGGGAAAAAUAUCAGACUACUUUUUCAGACAAUGUCUGUAUUUUGCAAAUCAAUUCUCUGAACUCCGCCGAUACGGGAACUUACACAUGUAAAGCUGCUAAUGUAGCAGGUUCUAAUGAGACUAGGGCUCGAUUGUCUGUACAAGAGCCACCCUCUUUUGAGAAGGAACCUGCAUCUGUGGACGUUUUGCCAGGCAGAAGUGUUAAAUUUACCGCUGUUGUUAGAGGAACACCUCCAUUUAAGAUGAACUGGUUUAGAGGAGUCAAUGAACUCGUGCCAGGCGAAAAGUGCAGCAUCUAUUUGGAAGAGUCUGUCACAGAGUUGGAGUUAUCUGAUGUAGAGCCGCUUCAGAGUGGAGAGUAUACCUGUGUUGUAUCUAAUGAUGCUGGCAAAGUUUCUUGUACAACACAUCUUUCUGUAAAAGAACCACCAGUUUUCGUGAAGAAACUAAGUGACCAUUGUGUGGAGCCAGGCAAGUCCAUCAUUCUUGAGAGCAGAUACACUGGUAGCCUUCCGAUUUUAGUGACAUGGAAGAAGAACGGUGUAACUUUAAGUCAGUCUGACAAGUGCAGCAUCACCACAACGGACAGAUCAUGCAUUCUGGAAAUCCUCAACAGUAACAAGGAUGAUCAAGGAGAAUACACUUGCUUGGUAGAGAAUGAGGCAGGGGAAGAUGUUUGUGAAGCACUGGUAACCACUUUAGAACCUCCUCAUUUUGUUACACUCUUGGCACCUCUUGAAGUGUCAGUUGGAGACUAUACAACGUUGCAAUGCCAAGUCACCGGAACACCAGAAAUCACAAUAUCUUGGUACAAAGGCGAUACAAAAUUAAGAUCUACACCUGAGUAUAAGAUGUACUUCAAAGACAAUGUUGCCACUCUGAUAUUUAACAAAGUGGAUAUCAGUGACAGUGGGGAAUAUAUUUGCAAAGCAGAAAAUAGUGUAGGGACUGCGUCUUCAAAUGCCGUCUUGACAGUUCAAGAGCGAAAACGUCCGCCUUCUUUUGCUAGGAAGCUAAAGGACACAGAGCAAACCAUUGGCUUUCCGGUAAAAUUAGUCUGCCGUCUCAAUGGGUCAGAACCUAUCAGUAUUAGUUGGUACAAGGACGGCGUUCCUCUAAGGGAUGACUUUAAUGUGCAAGCCUCGUACAUGGAUAACGUUGCCACUCUUCACCUGUUGCAAACAGAGAUGAGUCACACUGGGCAGUAUUCUUGCACUGCCACCAAUCCUGUCGGGACGGCCACAUCUAGUGCCAGACUCACAGUCUCAGAACCCAAACAAGCUCCCUUGUUUGACAUCACACCGGAAUCGAAAGAUGUUCCCGUUGCAGAAAGUGUUGACUUUGAGUGUCAUGUGACUGGAGCCCAACCAAUGCAUGUCUCCUGGGCAAAAGAUGGCCGAGAGAUCCGUACAGGAGGGAACUAUGCAAUUACAUUUGUAGCAAAUACAGCCUGUUUAAGGAUUCUGAGAGUAGGCAAAGGAGACUCCGGACAGUAUACGUGCCAAGCUAGCAAUGAUGUUGGGAAAGACUUUUGCUCUGCUCAGCUUAAUGUGAAAGAACCUCCCAAGUUUGUAAAGAAACUAGAAUCUGCAAGAAUGGUGAAACAGGGUGACUCAUGCCAACUGGAAUGUAAGAUCAGUGGAUCCCCAGAAAUCAAAAUUGUAUGGUACAAGAAUGACCAUGAAAUCAGUGUUAGUGACAAACACUACAUGACAUUCAGCGAUUCCACAGCCAUGCUUACGAUCGUGAAUGCCAGCAUUGAAGACAGCGGAGAUUACAUUUGUGAAGCCCUCAAUUCUGCAGGCACUGCAAGCUGCAGUACUGUAGUCACAGUAAAAGAACCCCCUGUUUUUAGCAAGAGACCUAGCCCUGUGGACACACUUAAGGGCUCUGAUGUCAUCCUUCAGUGUGAAAUUGCAGGCACGCCACCAUUUGAAGUGGCGUGGUUCAAGGAUAGGAAGCAAGUCAGAAGCAGUAAGAAGUACAAAGUUACAACAAAGAAUUUCAAUGCCAGUGUUCACAUUCUUAACCUUGAAGCUGCAGACACUGGGGACUACCAGUGCAAAGUUACAAACGAGGUGGGAAGCGACACUUGCGUAUGCGCAGUGAAGUUCAAAGAACCGCCUCGGUUUGUUAAGAAGCUAAGUGACUCCUCCACCUAUGCAGGGGAACCCACCACACUGCGGGCCGUAGUAGAAGGUUCCCAGCCUAUCUCUGUCAUGUGGCUUAAGGACAAGGGUGAAAUAAUCCGAGAAAGUGAAAACAUCCAGAUUUCAUUUUCGGACAACAUUGCAACUCUUCAGAUUGCAAAUGCCGAAACCAUCAAUACUGGGAAGUACAUCUGCCAGAUUAAGAACGAUGCUGGAAUGCGAGAAUGUGCAGGACAUUUGCAAGUUCUAGAACCCGCUGUGAUUUUAGAGAAGCCAGAACCAAUGGUUGUUACAGCUGGCAACGCUUUCACUUUGGAGUGCACUGUGGGUGGGACGCCAGAGUUAAUUACCAAGUGGUAUAAGGAUGGAAGAGAACUCACCAGCAGUCGCAAACAUCUGAUUAUCUUUUCCAACAAAGUGGCAACUCUUAAAGUUCUUUCUGCAGACAUGGGGGACCGGGGGCUGUAUACUUUCGAAGUGCACAAUGAAGUCGGGAAAAGCAGCUGCACUUGCUCAGUCGACAUUUCAGACCAAGUUGUACCUCCUUCUUUCAUAAAACGGUUAAAAGAAACCUACGGUGUGCUGGGCUCUUCAGUUGUUUUGGAGUGCAAAAUUGCUGGAUCCCUCCCUAUCUCAGUCACUUGGUUUUAUGGUGGAAAUGAAAUUACCAGUGGGGAAAAAUAUGAGACUAUCUUUUCAGAGAAUGUCUGUGCUUUGAAGGUGAAUGCUCUGGAUUCCUCUGAUACAGGGCCUUACACCUGUACUGCUGCAAAUGUUGCUGGCUCUGAUGAGUGCAGCGCCUUCUUGACUGUGCAAGAGCCUCCAUCAUUUGCCAAGUCGCCUGAUCCACUGGAGGUUUUACCUGGGAUGAGUGUAACAUUCAGGGCUCAGAUCAGAGGAACACCUCCAUUUAAAAUUAAUUGGUUUAAGGGAAGUAGAGAACUGGUGCCAGGGAAAACAUGCAACAUUGUGGUGGCAGACUCAACAGCAGAGCUGGAAUUGUUUGAAGUAGGACCUCUUCAGACUGGAGAUUACACAUGUCUGGCCACUAACGAUGCCGGCAGUGCUUCAUGCACCACCCAUCUUUUUGUCAAAGAACCAGCUGUCUUUAUGAAGAAACUGAGCGAUUUCAGUGUAGAGCAAGGCAAAUCCAUUGUCCUGGAAAGUACGUUCAGCGGGACACCUCCGCUUUCAGUCACGUGGAAGAAGAAUGGCUUAAACAUCACGCCAUCUUCAAAAUUCAAUAUCACAACAACAGAAAAAUCAGGCAUACUGGAAAUUCCUAAUAGUAACAGAGAAGAUGAAGGAGAAUACACUUGUGAAAUUGCAAACGAUGCCGGGGAGGAUACAUGCCGUGGCUUGGUAUCUGUCUUAGAACCGCCUCAUUUUGUUAAACACUUGGAGCGAGUGGAAGUGAUUAUUGGAGAGCCUGCCACUUUACAAUGCCAAGUUGCUGGAACCCCAGAAAUUAGAGUGUCAUGGUACAAAGGAGAUACAAAGCUAAGAUCUACUCCAGCUUAUAAAAUGCACUUCAAGAACAAUGUGGCAUCACUCACCUUCAGCCAGGUGGACAACGCAGACAUUGGUGAAUACGUCUGCAAAGCAGAAAACAGCGUUGGGUUUGCUUCUUCAGCAGCAGUCCUCACUGUCAAAGACCGUAAACUUCCACCCUCAUUUACGAGAAAGUUGAAAGAUCUUCAGGAGACUGUCGGUUCUCCCGUGACUUUUGAUUGCCGAGUAACUGGCUCCGAACCUAUUGAAGUGUCUUGGUAUAAGGACGGGGUGUUGCUGAGUGGAGAUGAGAACAUUCAGAUAACCUUCUUAAAUAACGUAGCGACUCUCCAGAUCUUGCAGACCAACGAGGGUCACAGUGGCCAGUACACUUGCUCUGCUCACAACGCUAUCGGAAAAGCUUCUUCAGCUGCCAAGCUCCAACUCACAGAACACCUGAAGCCUCCAUUCUUUGAUCUGAAGCCUUCACCUCUUGAUGUUGCUCUUGGGGAAAGUGGUUCUUUCAAGUGCCAUGUCAUGGGAUCAGUGCCAAUGAAAAUCACUUGGGCAAAAGAUAACCGAGAGAUUCGCCCUGGCGGCAAUUACAAGAUCACGUUGGUGGAAAACACUGCCACACUUUCCAUUCUUAAAGUGGGUAAAGGCGAUGCUGGACUGUACACCUGCUAUGCAAGCAACAAUGCUGGGAAGGAUUCGUGUGCUGCGCAGCUGAGCUUCAAAGAACCACCAAGGUUUAUUAAGAAGUUAGAUUCCUCCAGAGUUAUAAAAGAACAUGACUCAACUAGAUAUGACUGCAAGAUUGGUGGUUCUCCUGAAAUUAAUGUUGUGUGGUACAAAGGCGACACACAAAUUCACCCCAGCAACAAAUACAGUAUGUCCUUCGUUGACUCUGUGGCAGUCAUUGAAAUGAACAAUCUGAGCGUUGAAGACAGUGGAGACUAUACAUGUGAGGCCCAGAAUUCAGCGGGUAGUGCCAACAGCAGUACUUCAUUGAAAGUGAAAGCUCCUCCUGUUUUCCGCAAGAAGCCCCACCCAGUGGAAACUCUGCGAGGCUUUGAUGUUCACCUUGAAUGUGAGCUCCAAGGCACCCCUCCUUUCCAAAUUUCAUGGUAUAAAGACAAAAGAGAGAUUAGGAGUAGCAAGAAGUACAAGAUUUUGUCUGAGAAUUACCUUGCUAGCAUUCACAUUCUCAACGUUGAUGCUGCCGACAUUGGUGAAUAUCACUGUAAAGCAGUCAAUGAUGUGGGAAGUGAUACCUGCGUUUGCUCUGUGUUACUGAAAGCACCCCCCAAAUUUGUGAAAAAACUUAAUGAUGUCAGUGCUGUGGUUGGGGAGCCGGCAGAACUACAAGCUACAGUAGAAGGUUCUGAGCCAAUUUCUGUUCUAUGGCUAAAGGACAAAGGCGAAAUCAUCAGAGAAAGUGAAAACCUUUGGAUGGCAUAUGCAGACAAAGUUGCAAUUCUUCAAAUUUCAAAUGUAGAGCCCACCAAUACUGGGAAAUAUACCUGCCAGAUUAAAAAUGAUGCUGGAAGCCAAGAAUGUUUUGCUACCUUAUCAGUUCUAGAGCCAGCAGCUAUCAUAGAGAAGCCAGGACCAAUGAAAGUCACAGCUGGAGAUUCUUGUACUUUAGAGUGCACAGUAGCCGGGACACCAGAGCUCACUGCUCGGUGGUUCAAGAACGGAAAUGAGCUUUCUUCUGACAAUAAAUACAAAAUCACUUUCUUCAACAAAGUAUCUGGCCUUAAGAUUCUAAACGCAGGAGUAGAGGACAGUGGAGAGUAUACAUUUGAGGUGAAAAACAACGUUGGCCAAAGCAGUUGCACUGCUUCUGUACAGGUUUCAGAUCGCAUUAUACCUCCUUCAUUUACAAAAACACUGAAAGAAACACAUGGUCUUGUGGGUUCAUCUACUGUGCUAGAGUGCAAAGUCAUCGGAUCACCUCCUAUCUCUGUUUCCUGGUUCCAUGAUGGACAAGAGAUCACUAGUGGUGAAAAGUAUCAGGCAACCCUUACAGAUAACACAUGUUCUUUGAGAGUGAAUGCCCUUCAAGAGUCAGAUGUAGGAAAUUAUUCUUGCACUGCCACUAAUGUCGUUGGAUCUGAUGAAUGUGAUGCUUAUUUAAUAGUGCGAGAACCUCCAUCUUUUGUGAAGAAGCCUGAACCUUUGCAAGUUUUAUCUGGGGCCAACAUAACAUUGACCAGUAUUAUUAAAGGAACACCUCCAUUUGAUGUAAAAUGGUUUAGGGGUAGUGUUGAACUAGUCCCAGGACACAGAUGUAACAUCUCCCUGGAAGAAUCUGUUGCUGAACUGGAACUGUUUGAUGUCCACCCAGUCCAAAGUGGAGACUAUACCUGCGUUGUUAGCAAUGAAGCUGGCAAAAUUUCUUGUACAACUCAUGUCUUUGUCAAAGAACCAGCCAAAUUUGUGAAGAAGUUGAAUGACUUGAAUGUUGAGAAAGGAAAGCAGUUAAUCCUGGAAUGCACAUAUACAGGCACAGCUCCCAUUAGAGUUUCUUGGAAGAAAAAUGGUGUCAAUGUAUCUCAAUCAGAAAAAUAUAAUAUUACCACCACAGAAACAUCUGCCAUACUGGAGAUCUCUCAUAGCAAAACUGAUGACGUUGGACUUUAUUCUUGCUAUAUAGAAAAUGAUUCAGGACAAGACAAUUCUCAGGCUACAGUCUCAGUAUUAGAACCACCCUAUUUUGUGAAAAAUCUGGAGCCUAUCCAGGUGACAUUUGGCGAUUCUGCAUCCUUACAGUGCCAGAUUGCAGGGACACAGGAAAUCACUGUCUCGUGGUACAAAGGAGACACAAAACUAAGAGCAACCCCUACCACUAAAAUGCAUUUUAAAAACCAAGUUGCCACUCUGGUGUUCAACCAGGUGGAUAGUAACGAUGGUGGGGAGUAUAUUUGCAAAGCAGAAAAUAGUGUUGGAGAAGCAUCAUCUUCAGCACUACUAAGUGUUCAAGAGCGUAAGCUUCCUCCUUCGUUCUCCCGAAAAUUAAGAGAUAUUCAUGAAACAGUUGGUUUACCAGUAACCUUUGACUGUGGCAUUACUGGCUCUGAGCCUAUUGAAGUAACUUGGUCUAAAAAUGGUGCACAAAUAAGAGAUGGCUAUAAUGUGCAAACAUCAUUCUUAAAUAAUGUUGCAACACUACAGAUCUCCCAAACUGACAUGAGUCUUGCUGGACAAUACACCUGCACAGCUUCCAAUGCAAUUGGAACUGCUUCUUCCAGUGCCAGACUAAUCCUUACAGAAGGGAAGACUCCUCCAUUCUUUGACAUCCCAAUUGCUCCUGUUGACGCAGUCACUGGUGACAGCGCUGACUUUGAGUGCCACGUUUCUGGAACACGCCCAAUUAAGGUCACAUGGUCAAAAGAUAACCAAGCACUGCAAACUGGAGGAAACAUCCAGAUCAGUUUUGUGGAAAAUAUAGCCCAUUUGACGAUUCUGAAAGUUGGCAAAGGAGACUCUGGAAAAUAUUCAUGUAAUGCUAGUAAUGAAGUUGGAAAAGAGUCCUGCACAGCUCAACUUAAUAUUAAAGAACGACAGACUCCACCUUCUUUCACCAAAAAACUAUCUGAAGUGGUAGAAGAAACAGAAGGGAACACAUUUAAACUUGAGGGGCGUGUUUCUGGUUCUCAGCCUCUGACCAUUGCGUGGUUCCGGAAUAACCAAGAGAUCUAUGAAAGCCCUAAUUGUGAAAUUUCAUUCAAAAACAAUGUACUUCUUCUUCAUGUUAAGAGUGCAGGACAAAAUGAUGCAGGUUUAUAUACCUGCAAGGUGUCCAAUGAAGCUGGGAGUGCGCUGUGUACUUCUUCUGUUGUUAUCAAAGAACCUAAGAAGCCACCAGUCUUUGAUCAACCUCUUAAACCAGUUAUGAUAGAUGAAGGCAAAAUCUUGCAACUCAGUUGCCAUGUCCAGGGAUCGCAGCCCAUCAAAAUCCAGUGGCUCAGGGCCGGGAAAGAACUAAGAUCAUCUGAUAAAUGCAGUUGUAGCUUUGCUAAUGGAACUGCUCUUUUGGAAGUCCAGGCUGUUACUAAAAUGGAUUCUGGAGAGUAUGUGUGCAAAGCUUCAAAUGUGGCUGGAAGUGAUACUUGCAAGUCAAAAGUGACGAUUAAAGAAAAACCAGCAGCUGCUCCAGUGGCUAAGAAAGCACCGGUCGAUGGAAAGCUUUUUUUCGUUUCAGAGCCUCAAAGUAUCACUAUCAUCGAAAAAUCCACAGCAACGUUUAUUGCUAAAGUUGGUGGUGAUCCAAUUCCCAAUGUGAAAUGGAUGAAAGGAAAAUGGAGGCAGCUGAACCAGGGAGGUCGUAUUAGUAUCCAGCAGAAAGGAGAGGAAGCCAAGCUGGAAAUAAAAGAUGCAAUGAAAACCGAUUCUGGGCAGUACAGAUGUGUGGCUUUUAACAAACACGGUGAAAUUGAUAGUAGUGUCAACUUACAGGUUGAGGAAAGAAGGCAAGAGGUCAUUGAAGGUGACCUUAGAGCAAAACUGAAGAAGACUCCUACCAAAAAGAAGGAAGGCGAGGAAGAAAAAGCCAUUGAUAUCAUGGAACUUCUUAAAAAUGUAGAUCCUAAAGAAUAUGAGAAAUAUGCUCGUAUGUAUGGAAUUACUGAUUUCCGAGGCCUCCUUCAAGCCUUUGAGUUGCUAAAACAAGAACAAGAAGCAGAGACUCACAGACUGGAGAUUGAAGUAACUGAACGGUCUAGAAGGGAAGAACAAGAGUUUGAUGAACUUGUAUCAUUUAUUCAGCAAAGACUCACACAGACAGAGCCUGUUACUCUGAUCAGAGACAUUGAAGACCAGACAGUACUAACAGAUGAAGACGCUGUAUUUGAAUGUGAGAUUAAGAUAAAUUAUCCCGAAAUCAAACUUUCCUGGUACAAAGGCACAGAAAAACUGGAUGCUAGCAACAAAUAUGAAAUAAAAAUUGAUGGUGACCGGCACAUACUUAAAAUCAGGAACUGUCAGCUUGGAGAUCAGGGAAAUUUCAGAAUUGUCUGUGGACCGCAUAUUGCCAGUGCCAAGCUUAUUGUCAUUGAACCUGCAAUUGAACGACCUCUGCGUGAUACUGCCCUCAAAGAAGGCUACACAUGCUCUUUCGUUUGUCAGUUCUCUGUCCCAAAUGCAAAAUCCCAGUGGUUGAGAAAUGGAAGGGCCAUUAAAAUAGGAGGUAGAUAUUCAACAGAUGUCUCGGUGAAGGUGCACAGGCUCAUAAUCAAGGAUGUAAGGACGGAAGACCAGGGACAUUACACCUGUAGGUUUGACCAUCUAGAAACAUCUGCAGAACUAACAAUUGAAGCUGAGCCUAUUCAGUUUACAAAGAGCAUUCAGAAUAUAGUGGUAAGCGAAUACCAGUCUGCAACCUUUGAGUGUGAGGUAUCUUUCGACGAUGCAGUUGUCACAUGGUACAAAGGCAAAAUGGAACUGAGGGAGAGUCAUAAGUACAGCUUUAGAAGCGAAGGCCGCUGCCAUUAUAUGACCAUCCACAAUGUUACAGCAGAUGAUGAAGGUGUGUAUUCUGUAAUUGCUCGUCUUGAGCCAAGAGGUGAAGCAAGAAGUACUGCUGAACUGUACCUGACAACUAAAGAGAUCAAACUGGAAGUAAAGCCUCCAGACAUCCCAGAUGCUAGAGUUGCAGUUCCAGUUGAAGUUCCAACUGAAAAACUUCCUGGUCUUCCUAUCUUCAUUCCAAUGCCAGAAGAAAAGAAGAAAGAAAAAGUGACUAAAAAGACAGUUGUACAAAAGGUCACCAAAAAGGUGGUUCCAAAGCCUGAAGAGGAAGUUACGCCUCCUAAAGUUCCCGCCAAGAAACCUCAAGAGGUCAAAGUAACCGCUGCAGCCAGAAAGAAGGAAGUGGUUUCUGAGAAGAAAGAAGAAAUCUAUGAGGUUCAAAGAGAAGCUUAUGAAGAAUGGGAAGAGGAUUAUGGAGAAGAACAUGAAUAUUAUGAAAGAGAAGAAGGUUAUGAAGAAGGGGAAGAGGAAUGGGAAGAAACUUAUGGGGAAAGAAAAGUAACUUACGAAGAAAAGAGGAUUAUUCAGGAAGAAGUGGUUCAGGUGCCAAGUAAGCCGGUACCAGAACGUAAACCACCAGCAAUUGCAGCUAAAAAGGAAGAAAAGAAAGAAGUUACAGUGGAGAAAAAAGUCACUCGAAAACCUAUAACUGAAGAUGUUGAAAGAACGGCUCAGAGACUGGAAGAAGAAAAACUCAAACGGACCACUAGAGUACCAGAAGCUCCGACACAAAAACCUGCACGGAAAAUGGUCCAGGAGGAAAUUUUAGAAAGGAGAGUGCCAGUGGAACAAAAAUGGACCAUUUCAGAAGAAAAGGUCUCUGUUUCUUACCACAGAGAAGAGGAAUAUUCGUAUGGUACAGAACCAGAAGAGUAUGAAGAACAAUACUAUGAGGAAAUCCCUGAAGCUCCACUGAUAGAAGAGCCUGAAGAAUAUGAAGAAGAAAGGUUCUAUGCUGAAAUUCCUGAGGUUCCACCAGCUAAAGUUCCUGAGGUGCGUAAGAGAGUAGAAGAAAAAGUUCCAGUGGCUGUUCCCAAAAAAGUAGAGGCUCCACCCACUAAAGUGCCGGAGGUACCGAAGAAACGGGUCCCUGAAGAGAAAAAACCUGCCCCUCCUGCCAAAGUAGAAGCUCCACCAGCCAAAGUGCCAGAAGUGCCUAAGAAGCCUGUUCCUGAAGAAAGAAAACCUGUUGCUGUUCCCAAGAAAGAAGUGGCACCACCAGCUAAAGUGCCAGAAGUACCCAAAAAACCAGUCCCCGAAGAAGUACCUGUUCCAGUUCCUAAAAAAGUGGAACCACCUCCCAAAGUGCCUGAAGUCCCUAAGAAAGCAGUUCCUGAAGAGAAAGUUCCAGUUGCUGUCCCCAAGAAAAAGGAACCUCCCCCAGCUAAAGUUCCUGAAGUACCCAAGAAGAUUGUGACAGAAGAGAAAGUAACCGUUGCAGUGCCUAAAAAGCCAGAACUUCCACCUGCCAAAGUGCCUGAGGUGCCCAAGAAACCAGUUCCAGAAGAGAAGGUGCCAGCUGCUGUACCAGAAGCACGUCCAGCUAAAGUGCCUGAGGUACCAAAGAAACCUGUUCCAGAAGAGAAAGUUGCUGUGCCUAAAAAACCAGAAGCACCGCCAGCUAAAGUGCCUGAAGUGCCAAAGAAACCAGUCCCAGAGGAAAAGGUUGCAGUUGCCGUGCCAAAGAAGCCAGAACCUCCACCUGCUAAAGUACCUGAAGUGCCGAAGAAAGUGGUCCCUGAAAAGAAAGUAUCUGUUCCUGUGCCUAAAAAAAUCAAACCUCCACCACCUAAAGUGCCCGAGGAGCCCAAGAAAGUUGUUCCAGAGAAGAAAAAGCCAGUUGUUGUACCGCCUAAAAAACCUGAACCUCCAGCCACCAAAGUGCCUGAAGUGCCUAAGAAAGCUGUGCCAGAAGAAAAAGUACCUCUUGCUGUGCCUAAAAAGCCAGAACCGUUGCGAGCUAAAGAGCCAGAAGUCACAGAGGCCAUUGAACCCGAAGAACCAGUAGCUGCUCCUACUCCAGAAAAGGAAGAGAUCAUUCCCACUGAAGAACCAGUACCAGAAAAGAAGAUACCUGAGAAACCAAAACCCCGUGUACCUAUUCCACCAAAAGAGGAGGUUAAGGAGGAAAAGGUUCAGCUUAAAGCAGCUGGGCUGAAACCACGGAAACAACUUCCUGAACCCGCAGCUCCUCCACCUAAAGAAGAAGUUUCUCUGAAAAAAGUCACAAGAGCAGUUAAGAAACCUGAGGAGGAAGAGCCUAAACCAGAAAAAGAGAAAGAACCUAAAGUUGAACCUAAGCCACUUGAAAAAAUUAAGAAACCUGAAGUGCCGGAAAUUCCAAAGAAGAAAAUUGAGGUUCCAGCAGUCAAAAAGAAGGAGGAAAAACCUGUGCCUGAACCAGUAAAAGUUCCAGAAGCUAAACCAGCUACUAUUCCUGAACCAAAGCCUGCAGUAGCUCUAAAAUCUCCUAAGCCCAUUCCAGCAGAGCCAGCUCCAGAAGCUGCUCCUUUGACAACACCAGUGGUUGGAAAGAAAGCAGAGCCCAAAGGUACACCCAAGGAGGAAGCUGCCAAGGGCAGGAGUCCUAUUAAAGCCAAAAAGACACCUUCGCCAGCAGAUGCAGAAAGGAGGAAAUUGCGCCCAGGCAGUGGGGGUGAAAAACCACCUGAUGAGCCUGCUUUCACCUACCAACUUAAAGCUGUACCACUCAAGUUCGUUAAAGAAAUUAAGGACAUAGUGCUGACAGAAGCCGAAUCCAUUGGCUCUUCCGCCAUCUUUGAGUGCCUUAUUUCUCCAUCCACUGCCAUUACCACUUGGAUGAAAGAUGGCAGCAACAUCCGUGAGAGUCCCAAGCAUAAGUUCCUGUCUGAUGGCAAAGACAGGAAGCUCCACAUUAUUGAUGUGCAGCUUUCUGAUGCGGGCGAGUACACUUGCGUGUUGAAGCUGGGAAACAAAGAAAAGACCUCGACAGCGAAACUGGUUGUGGAAGAACUACCAGUGCGCUUUGUGAAGACUCUGGAAGAGGAAGUGACUGUGAUUAAAGGGCAGCCAUUUUAUCUAAGCUGUGAGCUGAACAAAGAAAGAGAUGUGGUCUGGAGAAAGGACGGGAAGAUUGUGAAAGACACACCUGGAAAGAUUAUCUUGAGUAUUAUCGGUUUGCAGCGCUCUGUCACUAUUAUGGACGCUGAUGACAAAGAUUCUGGAACGUACACUGUGACUGUUGAAAAUACUACCCUGAGCUGCCAGUCUUGUGUACAAGUUAUUGAAAUGAUAAAGGAUUGGCUAGUGAAACCUAUCAGAGACCAGCAUGUCAAGCCAAAGGGGACAGCUGUCUUCCACUGUGACAUUGUCAAGGACACACCAAAUAUUAAAUGGUACAAAGGUGAUGAGGAGCUCCCACUUGAACCCACAGAGAAAACGGAAAUCACAAAAGAUGGACCUCAUCUGUAUCUCAAAAUCAAGAAUGCCUUACCUGAAGAUAUUGGGGAGUAUGCUGUGGAGGUUGAAGGUCGUAGAUAUCCAGCUAAACUAACACUUGGUGAACGUGAAAUUGACAUUCUUAAACCCUUGGAAAACGUUACUGUUUAUGAGAAAGAAACGGCAAACUUUGACACUGAGAUUUCUGAAGAUGAUGUCCCUGGAGAAUGGAAAUUGAAAGGAGAAGUACUCAGACCUUCACCAACCUGUGAAAUCAGAGCCGAAGAAGGAAAACGCUUCUUAACCUUACACAAAGUCAAGUUAGAUCAAGCUGGAGAAGUCCUCUUCCAGGCACUUAAUGCAGUUACUGCUGCUAUCCUGACAGUGAAAGAAAUCGAGCUUGACUUUGCUGUACCUUUGAAAGAUGUAACUGUGCCAGAGAAGCGGCAGGCAAGAUUUGAAUGCGUGCUUACCAGGGAAGCCAACGUAAUAUGGAAAAAGGGCACUGACAUACUCAAAAUUGGAGACAAAUUUGACAUCAUUGUGGAUGGACUGAAACAUAUUCUAGUCAUCAAUGACUCACAAUUUGAUGAUGAAGGAGAGUACACUGCAGAAGUGGAAGGAAAGAAGACCACAGCAAACCUGUUUGUGGAAGGUGUCAGGCUAAAAUUCAUCUCACCACUCAAAGACCAGACAGUAAAGGAAGGAGAAACAGCUCGUUUUGAAUUUGAACUUUCUCAUGAAGAUAUGCCAGUGAUCUGGUACAAAAAUGACAAGAAACUCCAUACGAGCAGAACUGUUCAUAUGACUGCAGAAGGCAAAAUCCACAAAUUGGAAAUUGAAGAAGUGACGCUUGAUGACAUAUCUGAAAUCAAAGCAGAAGUUAAGACCUUGCACACCAAAGCAAAUCUCACAGUUUUAGAGGCCGAUCCAUAUUUCACUGUAAAAUUGCAAAACUAUACAGCUACUGAGAAAGAUGAUGUCAUUCUGGAGUGUGAACUUAGCAAAGAUGUGCCGGUGAAAUGGUACAAAGAUGGUGAGGAACUUGUAGCUUCCAAGAAAAUCUCUAUAAAGACAGAAGGCAAGCGUCGCAUAUUAAAAAUUAAAAAGGCGUCUGAUGCUGACAAGGGUAAUUAUUUAUGCGACUGUGGAACUGACAAGACAAAUGCUGAUCUUAACAUUGAGGCUCGACUAAUAAAAAUAGAACGACCUCUGUAUGGCGUAGAAGUAUUUGUAGGUGAAACAGCCCGAUUUGAGGUUGAAAUCUCUGAACCCGAAGUUCAUGCAAUUUGGAAGUUAAAGGGAGAAACUUUAGCAGCUUCACCUGACUGUGAAAUGAUUGAAGAUGGUAAGAAACACGUCCUGAUCCUUUACAACUGCAAAUUGGAUAUGACCGGUGAAGUGUCUUUCCAGGCUGCAAAUGCUAAAAGUGCUGCUAAUCUAAAAGUGAAAGAAAUACCUCUCAUCUUUAUCACUCCACUCAGUGAUGUCAAAGUCUUUGAGAAGGAUGAAGCCAAGUUUGAGUGUGAGGUAUCUAGGGAACCUAAGACAUUCCGUUGGUUGAAAGGAACUCAGGAGAUCGCAGGAGAUGAGAAAUUUGAAAUCGUAACAGAGGGCACAAAGCAUGCCCUUGUCAUUAAAUCUGUGGCUUUUGAGGAUGAGGCAAAAUACAUGUUUGAGGCCGAAGAUAAGCGGACAAGUGCCAAACUGAUCAUUGAAGGCAUUCGCCUUGAAUUCAUUACCCCUCUCAAGGAUGUAACAGCAAAGGAGCGCGAGAGUGCAGAGUUUACUGUUGAGCUAUCCCAUGACAACAUCCCCGUUAUCUGGUAUAAGAACGAUCAGCGGCUGCAUACUUCCAAGGUUGUUUCAAUGACAGAUGAUGGCAAAUUCCAUACACUCACAUUUAAAGAUCUCACUAUUGAUGACACUUCUCAGAUCAAAGUGGAAGCUAUGGGCAAAUCAUGUGAAGCUAAGCUUACUGUUCUUGAAGGAGAUCCUUAUUUUACUGGGAAGCUUCAGGAUUAUACUGCUGUGGAGAAAGACGAAGUGAUUUUGCAGUGUGAAAUUAGCAAAGCAGAUGCCCCAGUGAAAUGGAUGAAAGAUGGCCAAGAAAUAACUCCUUCUAAGAACGUUGUUAUCAAAGCAGAUGGCAAAAAGAGAAUACUUAUCCUCAAGAAAGCUUUAAAGAAAGACAUUGGUCAGUAUACAUGUGAUUGUGUCACUGACCAGACUUCUGCGAAACUGAACAUUGAAGACCGUGACAUUAAGAUUGUUCGCCCCCUAUAUAGCGUGGAAAUAUUUGAAACAGAGUCUGCCCGCUUUGAUACAGAAAUCUCUGAGGAAGAUAUUCAUGCCAACUGGAAAUUGAAAGGGGAAACCUUGACUCAAUCACCUGACUGUGAGAUUAAGGAAGAAGGCAACAGGCACUGUGUCAUCCUCUACAAUGUGCGCUUGGACCAAGCUGGUGGUGUUGACUUCCAAGCAGCCAAUGCCAAAUCAAGUGCUCACCUUCGAGUGAAACCACGUGUAAUUGGUCUCCUGAGACCUCUCAAGGAUGUAACAGUGACAGCUGGUGAAACUGCAACCUUUGAAUGCGAGCUCUCGUAUGAGGGAAUUGUAGUGGAAUGGUUCUUGAAAGGAGAGAAACUGGAACCUGGUGACAAGAUUGUACCCCGUGCUGAAGGCAGAGUUCAUACACUUGUUCUCAGAGAUGUGAAGCUGACUGAUGCUGGAGAAGUCACAUUGACUGCCAAGGAUUUCAAAACCCAUGCAAAUCUCUUCGUAAAAGAACCACCUGUUGAAUUUACCAAGCCUCUUGAAGACCAGACUGUAGAGGAGGAAGCCACUGCAGAACUAGAGUGUGAAGUUUCCAGAGAAAAUGCACCAGUGAGAUGGUUCAAGAAUGGCCAGGAAAUCCAUAAAACAAAGAAAUAUGAUAUCAUUGCUGAGGGCAGAGUCAGAAGACUCAUCAUUCAUGGCUGCACACUGGACGAUGCUAGGACUUACACUUGUGAUUCUAAAGAUUUCAAGACCUCUUGUUUCUUGAAUGUUGAACCACCUCAUGUUGAGUUUACAAAACCCCUUACUGAUGUUGAAGUUAAGGAAAAAGAAGUUGCCCGUUUUGAAUGUGAAAUUUCCCGACCGACUGUUAAGGCACGGUGGUUUAGAGAUGGUGUUGAAAUCAGAAAAGGCAAGAAGUUUGACAUAAUUGCUAAGGGUGCCCAGAGGAUACUAGUUAUCAACAAAUGUUUGCUUGACGAUGAAGCAGAAUACGCGUGUGAAGCAAAAGCUGCCAGAACCUCGGGCAUGCUAACAGUGUUAGAGGAGGAAGCUGUCUUUACCAAAAACCUUCCCAACAUUGAAGCAAAUGAAACUGAUACGGUCAAAUUGAUUUGUGAGGUUUCUAAGCCUGAUGCAGAAGUUACUUGGUUCAAAGGAGAUGAAGAGCUACCAGACGGUGGGAGAUAUGAACAAAUCUCUGAUGGCCGGAAGAGAAUUUUGGUCAUCCAUAAUGCUCGUCUUGAUGAUGCUGGUGCAUACAGCUGCAGGCUCCCUACUACUCGCACAACUGGCAAGCUCACAGUCCAUGAACUUGCAGCAGAAUUCAUAACUAGACCCCAGAACACUGAAGUUCUUGAGGGAGAAAAAGCAGAAUUUGUCUGCUCGGUAUCCAAAGAAGCCUUUGAAGUACAGUGGCUCAGGGGUGACACUGCCCUUGAAGCUGGUGAGAAGUACGACAUCAUUUCCGAUGGCAAGAAAAGAGUCCUGGUCAUUAAAGAAUCAGCCCUGGAUGAUGAGGGAGGUUAUUCAGCUAUGGUUGCAGGAUCCAAAGCAACUGCACGUUUGAGAGUGAUUGAGAAACUAAGAAUCAUUACACCACUAAAGGACCAAGAAGUUAAAGAGGGGCAAGAACUUGUCUUUAACUGUGAAGUAAAUACAGAAGGUGCCAAAGCCAAGUGGUUCAAGGAUGAUGAGCCAAUCUUUGAUAGUGUAAAGUACAUCAUGGUCCAUAAGGAUCUUGUCUACACUCUUAGAAUCAGAGAUGCCCAUUUGAAUGACCAAGCCACUUAUACUGCUGCCCUAGCAAACCAAAGAGGGGAGCAUGUCAAGACUUCUGCUACUCUAACUGUACUUGAGGAGGAUCUCCGAAUCAUUGAACCUCUUCAAGAUAUUGAAACCAUGGAGAAAAAGUCUGUCACAUUCUGGUGUAAAGUUAAUCGCCUUAAUGUAACUCUCCAGUGGACAAAGAACGGAGAAGAAAUCACAUUUGACCGCCGCAUCCUGUACAAAGUGGAUAAAUACAAACAUACCCUUAUCAUUAAAGACUGUGGGUUUAUAGAUGAAGGCGAAUACACCGUCACUGCUGGCCAAGACAAGUCUGUCGCAGAACUCAUUAUCACAGAGGCUCCUACUGAUUUCAUUGAGCACUUGCAGGACCAGACGGUUACUGAAUUUGAUGAUGCCGUCUUUAGUUGCCAGCUUUCCAAAGAAAAAGCCAAUGUGAGAUGGUACAGAAAUGGACGAGAAAUAAAAGAGGGCAAAAAGUAUCAGUUUGAGAAGGAUGGAAAUUUGCACAGAUUAAUUAUAAAAGAGUGUAGACCUGAGGAUGAGUGUGAGUAUUCCUGUGGCGUGGACGACAGGAGAUCCAGAGCAAGACUUUUUGUUGAAGAAAUUCCUGUGGAGAUCAUUCGUCCACCUGAAGAUAUUUAUGAAGCUCCAGGCUCCGAUGUCAUCUUUUAUGCUGAGUUGAAUAAAGACAAGGUAGAAGUCAAAUGGUUGAGGAAUAACAUGAUCAUCGUCCAGGGAGACAAACAUCAAAUGAUGAGUGAAGGAAAAAUUCAUCGGCUACAAGUCUGUGAGAUAAAGCCCCGUGACCAAGGAGAAUACAGAUUUAUUGCCAAAGAUAAAGAAGCUCGAGCUAAACUAAAAUUGGCAGCUGCUCCAAGAAUAAAGGCAGCAGACCAGAACCUUGUGGUAGACGUUGGACAGCCAUUGACCAUGACUGUUCCAUAUGAUGCUUACCCACGAGCUGAAGCGGAGUGGUAUAAGGAAGAUGAAGCCUUGCCCACUCAGACAGUGGAUACAACAGCUGACUAUACUACCUUCAGAAUUUAUGAAGCAAAGACUUCACACAGAGGAAGUUACAAGAUUAUUCUUAAAAAUAAGCAUGGCAAAGCUGAAGCACACAUCAAUGUUGCAGUUAUUGAUGUCCCAGGCCCAGUCAGGAACUUGGAAGUCACUGAAACAUUUGAUGGUGAAGUUAGCCUUGCCUGGGAAGAACCAGAAAGCGAUGGCGGUAGUAAAAUCAUUGGGUACGUCGUUGAAAGACGUGAUGUCAAACGCAAGACGUGGAUUUUGGCCACUGACCGUGCUGACAGUUGUGAAUACACAGUGACUGGCCUUCAAAGAGGAGGAGUGGAGUAUCUCUUCCGUGUAAGUGCAAAGAACAGAGUAGGCACCGGGGAGCCAGUUGAAACAGACAAACCCGUUGAAGCAAAGAGCAGAUUCGAGGUCCCAGGUCCUCCUCUCAAUGUACAAGUUGCUGAUGUGAACAGAUUUGGUGCUUCUCUUACCUGGGAGCCACCAGAGUAUGAUGGAGGCUCUCCAAUUACGGGUUACAUCAUUGAGUUACGUGAUAGAGCCUCAAUCAAGUGGGAGCCAGCCAUGACCACAGGAGUUGAUGAAUUAGCUGCAACAUUGACUGAUGUGGUGGAAAACAAAGAAUACUUUUUCAGAAUCCGAGCACAAAACCAGGUCGGAAUUGGAAAACCUAGUGCGUCUACUCAUGCAGUGAAGAUCAUGGAUCCAAUUGAAAAACCAAGCCCUCCCAUUAACCUUGACCACUCAGACCAAACAAAGUCAUCUGUGCAACUCACUUGGGAGCCUCCCUUGAAAGAUGGAGGGAGCCCCAUAUUGGGCUACAUCAUUGAAAGGUGUGAGGAGGGCACCGACAAGUGGAUCCGCUGCAAUGCAAAACUUGCACCUGAUCUUACUUACAAGGUAACUGGAUUGAAACCUCUAGCCAAGUACUAUUACAGAGUAUCUGCAGAAAAUGCUGCUGGCAUUUCAGAUCCAUGUGAAGCUCUUGGACCACUGACUGCUGAUGAUGCUCAUGUUGGACCUACAAUGGACUUAAGUGGAUUUAAAGAUGGAUUGGAAGUUAUUGUACCAGAGCCAGUCAGAAUACGAGUUCCUAUCACUGGAUACCCAAUACCCACUGCCACAUGGUCAGUGGGUGAGAAGGUUUUAGAACCAGGUGACCGAGUGAAAAUUGUAACUACUGCAGCCUUUGCAGAACUGGUUAUCGAUCCAAGUGAGCGUCCAGACAAAGGCAUUUAUACCUUGAAAUUGGAAAACCCCGUGUCAUCUGUAUCAGGGGAAAUCAAAGUUAAUGUCAUCGCACGGCCAAGCGCACCAAGAGAACUGAAAGUUCCAGAGAUGUCUCGGAACUCAGUACAGUUAACAUGGGAACCACCUGAAAAUGAUGGAGGAAGCCCAUUAACUGGCUAUCUCAUUGAGAAACGUGAAGUGAGCCGCAAAACAUGGACCAAAGUUGCUGAGAAUGUCCUUGACCAAGAGUACACGGUACCAGAUCUCACCCAAGGAAAAGAGUAUCUGUUCAGGGUUUCAGCAUGCAACAAAUGCGGACCAGGAGAACCUGCUUACAUUGAUGAACCUGUCAACAUGUCAGCACCUGCAACGGUGCCUGAUCCACCUGAGAAUGUUAAAUGGAGGAAUCCAUCAUCAAAAUCCAUUUUCCUCACAUGGGAACCACCCAAGUACGAUGGAGGCUCACGUAUCAAAGGUUACCUGGUUGAAAAAUGCCAGCGUGGCACUGACAAGUGGGAGCCCUGCGGGGACCCAGUUAUUGAAACCAAAAUGGAAGUCACUAAGUUGCAGGAAGGGGAGUGGUACGCUUACCGGGUGAAGGCGUUGAACAGGCAAGGGGCAAGCAAACCAAGCAAGCCAACAGACGACAUCCAAGCCAUGGACGCAAUGGAGGCCCCAGAAAUUUUCCUAGAUGUGAAACUGCUUGCUGGAAUCACCGUAAAAGCGGGGACUAAAAUUGAACUGCCAGCAACCGUAUCAGGAAAGCCGGAGCCUCGGGUUACCUGGACAAAGGCUGAAACCAUCCUGAGGCCCAGCAAAAGAAUCACCAUCGAAUCCAAACCUAACCAUUCCACAGUCAUCAUUGCUGACAGCACAAGAAGUGACAGCGGAACCUAUAUUAUUGAAGCCGUGAAUUCCAGCGGACGGGCAACAGCGGUCGUAGAAGUUAAUGUUCUCGAUAAGCCUGGGCCACCCGCUGCGUUUGACGUCUCAGAAAUUACGAAUGUCUCCUGCCUUUUGACCUGGAAUCCCCCUCGGGAUGACGGUGGCUCCAGGAUCACAAACUAUGUUCUGGAGAAAAGAGAAGCAGACAGUGAAAUCUGGCACAAGCUGUCAUCCACCGUUAAAGAAACAAACUUCAAGGUUACAAACCUAACGCCUCUCAAAGAAUACAUCUUCAGAGUCAGCGCAGAAAACAUGUAUGGAGUUGGAGAACCAGCCCUGUCCAAUCCUAUUAUUGCUAAAUAUUCAUUUGAUCCACCGGGUCCUCCAACUCGAGUUCAGCCUGUUGAGGUCACUAAAGAUUCUGUAACAUUAACAUGGGUUGAACCAGAUGAAGAUGGUGGCAGCCCUAUCACUGGUUACUGGGUUGAAAGAUUUGACCCUGAAAGUGGUAAAUGGGUUCGAUGCCAUAAAAUUCCAGUUAAAGAUACAACAUUCAAGGUGAAAGGUCUUACAAACAAAAAGAAGUACAAGUUCCGUGUCUUAGCAGAGAAUCUUGCUGGGCCAGGAAAACCAAGCAAAGAGACUGAGCCAAUCUUGGUGAAGGAUCCCAUUGAUCCCCCAUGGCCUCCUGGAAAGCCAACUGUGAAAGAUGUCGGCAAGACCUCAUGUUUCCUUCAGUGGACAAAGCCAGAACAUGAUGGUGGUGCCAAGAUUGAGUCAUAUGUCAUUGAGUUGUUAAAGACUGGUACAGAAGAGUGGGUGAGAGUAGCUGAUGGAAUUCCCUCGACUGAAUAUUUCCUCAAAGGACUUAUGGAAAAACAAGAGUACUCCUUCCGUAUCAGAGCUGUGAACAAGGUUGGAGAGAGUGACCCCAGUGACCCUAGUGAUCCUGUGCUAUGCAAAGAGAGACUGAAUCCACCUUCACCCCCUCGUUGGCUUGAGGUCAUUAAUAUCACUAAAAACACUGCAGACCUCAAAUGGACACCGCCAGAACGUGAUGGCGGCUCCCCUAUUACAAACUACAUUGUGGAAAAGAGAGAUGUACGGCGGAAAGGCUGGCAAACGGUAGACACCACUGUAAAGGACACCAAAUAUACAGUGACACCGCUGACAGAAGGCUCUCUAUAUGUGUUCCGCGUGGCAGCAGAAAACGCAGUAGGGCAGAGUGACUACUGUGAAAUUGAGGACUCUGUCCUUGCUAAAGAUACCUUCACUACUCCCGGAGCACCAUAUGCACUUACCCCAGUUGAAGUGACUAAGAGACACGUUGACCUAAAAUGGGAGCCACCUAAGAACGAUGGCGGCAGACCAAUUCGAAGAUACGUUAUUGAAAAGAAGGAGAAGCUGGGCACACGCUGGGUGAAAGCUGGCAAAACAGCUGGACCUGACUGUCAAUACAGAGUAACUGAUGUAAUUGAAGGCACAGAAGUGCAGUUCCAGGUUCGUGCUGAGAAUGAAGCUGGUUGUGGCCAUCCUAGUGAACCAACUGAUAUCCUUGCCAUUGAAGAUCCAACAAGCCCUCCUUCACCUCCUCUGGAAUUACAUGUGACAGAUGCAAGCAGAAGCCAUAUUUCAAUUGCAUGGAAACCACCAGAGAAUAAUGGCGGUAGUCCUAUCAUUGGCUACAACAUUGAGCUCUGUGAAGCAGGGACUGAAAAAUGGAUGAGAAUAAAUUCCCGACCUAUCAAAGACUUGAAAUACAAAGCAGAAGAAGGCAUAGUUCCUGACAAGGAGUACGUCCUAAGAGUCAGAGCAGUCAAUGCUAUAGGAGCUAGUGAUCCAUCUGACAUAUCAGAAAAUGUUGUGGCCAAAGAUCCAGAUUGUAAUCCAACUGUUGAUCUAAAGACUCAAGACCUUGUUGUUGUUGAAGGUGAGAAAUUACGUAUUGAUGCUCCCUUCAGAGCUGUUCCUUCUCCGAGCAUUUCAUGGCACAAAGAUGGGAAGGAGAUUAAAGUAGGCGACAGGACAACAAUGAAGAGCGACUACACCUCUGCCUUGCUGGAAGUCACUAACGCUGUGCAUGCUGAUGCUGGUGUUUAUACAAUCACCUUGGAGAACAAACUGGGUUCAACAACUGGUUCAGUCAACGUCAAAGUAAUAGGCCUGCCUGGACCAUGCAAAAGCAUUAAAGCAAGUGAGGUGACUAAAAGCUCAUGCAAAGUGACCUGGGAACCACCCGAAUUUGAUGGCAACACUCCCGUAUUGCAUUAUGUGCUGGAACGGAGAGAAGCUGGUCGAAGAACGUAUACACCAGUGAUGUCCGGUGAGAACAAGCUGGCCUGGAACAUAAAGGACCUGAUACCAAAUGGUGAAUACUACUUCCGAGUUAAAGCUGUCAAUAAAAUUGGAGGAGGGGAAUACCUUGAACUGAGAAAUCCAGUGAUAGCAGAAGAUCCAAAGCAGCGUCCAGACCCACCCAUUGACCCUGAAGCUCACAAUCCGACAUCCAAGUCAGUAACAUUGAUAUGGAAGCCACCAUUGUAUGAUGGAGGAUGCAAAAUUAUGGGCUAUGUUCUAGAGAAGAUGGCUAAGGGCGAUGACAAGUGGGUGAGAUGCAAUGACUUUUUGGUUCCUCUAUUGACCUACACUGUCAAAGAUCUUGAAGAAGGCAAAGAAUACCAGUUCCGUGUCCGUGCAGAGAAUGCUGCAGGUGUCAGUGAACCUUCUCGGCCUACUCUUCCAGUGAAAACUGUGGAUCCCAUUGAGGCUCCAAAAGUGUACCUCAGCACUAGUCUACAAGGUGGUCUUGAAGUGAAGCAAGGUUCUGAUAUUCCACUUGAAGCAUCUGUUUCUGGCUCACCAUAUCCAGCUAUCAGUUGGUUAUGGAAUGACGAAAUUAUUAAACCAGAAGAAAUCAAGAAGAGAGUCACCAAAAUUACUAGGCGGAAGAAAGGUGAAGUUGAAGAAGAUGAGCCUUUCCACUUGGCCCUGACAGAACGUUUAACUAUUGACAACAGCAAACAAGGGGUGUCUUUCAUGUCAGUUCGGGACUCACUCCGAUUAGAUCAUGGAACCUAUACGAUUCAUGUUCAGAAUGAUCAUGGUGUUGCAAAAGCUUCCUGUGAAGUCAACGUGUUAGAUGUUCCUGGACCACCAGUUGAAUUUGUUUUUGAGGAAGUUAGGAAAACUUCCAUUUCUUGCAAGUGGGAACCACCUCUCGAUGAUGGCGGAAGUGAAAUAUUGAACUACGUCCUGGAAAGGAAAGACAAUUCAAAAGCGGAAAUCGGCUGGGUUACCAUCACUUCAACACUGAGGCAUUGCAAAUAUAUUGUGCCCAAACUGAUUGAAGGGAAAGAAUACCUCUUCCGUGUGAAAGCUGAGAACAGAGUAGGGGUUGGACCACCAUGUGUUUCAAAACCUGUUGUAGCGCAAGAUCCAUUCACUCCUCCAGAAGCACCUGAUAAACCUGAAGUGCAUGAACCCAGCAGCAGCAGCAUGUUGGUUAAGUGGAAUGAACCUAAAGACAACGGUAGUCCCAUUUUGGGAUACUGGAUUGAAAAACGUGAAAUCAACGGGACUCACUGGGCUCGUGUGAACAAAGAACUUGUAAAUGCCUUGGAAACCAGAGUUGAUGGACUUUUGGAAGGACUAACUUAUAUUUUCAGAGUCUGUGCCGAAAACGCAGCUGGCCCUGGAAAAUUCAGCCCUCCGUCAGAUCCGAAAACUGCACAAGAUCCAAUAUUGCCUCCUGGUCCACCUGUUCCAAGAGUUCUUGACACAAGUUCAACAACUAUUGAUCUCGAAUGGGAUCCCCCACUGUAUAAUGGAGGUAGUGACAUCACUGGAUACUUCGUUUACAAGCAACUGGUGGGCACCAAUGAAUGGUCACGCUGCAUGGACAAGGCUAUUAAGGUUCGAAGUUAUAUAGUUAAAGGAAUUAGGGAAGGUGCUGAUUACAGACUUCGUGUUACUGCUAUUAACAUCGCUGGGGAAGGACCUCCUGGACAAACGGAACCCGUCACAGUUGCGGAACCUCAAGAGCCCCCCACUGUUGAACUAGAUAUUUCUGUCAGAGCAGGUAUUCAGAUAUUGGCAGGUCAAACCCUGAGGAUUCCUGCUAUAGUGACUGGACGCCCUGCACCUACAAUCGAGUGGACUUUAGAGGAUGGGGAAAUUGACAAAGAACGGGUUGUGAUUGAAAAUGUCGGCACCUCGUCUGAAUUGUUUAUCAAGAAUGCUCUCAGAAAAGAUCAUGGAAGAUACGUGAUCACUGCGACCAAUGACAGCGGUUCUAAAUUUGCUGCAACUAGGGCAGAAAUAUUUGAUGUUCCUGGGCCAGUGACUGACCUACACCCUGUAGUGGUGAAUAGGAAAAUGUGUCUACUUAAUUGGGAUGAUCCCAAAGAUGAUGGAGGAAGUGAGCUCAUAGGCUUCCUUGUAGAAAGAAAAGAUGCCAAAAUGCACACAUGGCGACUAGCUGUUGACACAGACAGAUCGAAGUGUGAUAUUACAGGUCUUGUUGAAGGACAGGAAUAUAAGUUCCGUGUAUUCGCCAAAAACAAAUUUGGCUGUGGUCCACCUGUUGAACUGGGACCUAUCCUUGCUGUUGAUCCCAAAGGUCCUCCAACAUCACCUGAAAGGUUCAUGUACACCGAGAGAACAAAAUCAAGCGUUACACUUGACUGGAAGCCUCCCCGAAAUGAUGGGGGCAGCCCCAUCAUUGGCUACAUUGUUGACAAAAGAAGACAUGACUCACCCGAUUUCGAAAGAGUCAAUAAGAGACUCUGCCCAAAGACAUCUCUUCUUGUUGAAGAUCUUGCUGAGCUGCAUAUGUAUGAGUUCCGCGUCCGGGCUGUCAAUGAGAUUGGAGAAAGUGAGCCAUCCCUGCCGCUCAAUGUAGUUAUCCAGGAUGAUGAAGAGCCUCCCACGGUGACAUUACGUCUGUCUGUUAGGGGAGAUACCAUCAAAGUAAUGGCAGGACAGCCAGUUAACAUGCCCGCAGAUGUAACAGGUCUUCCAAUACCAAAGAUCGAAUGGUCAAAAAAUGACGUUGUUAUUGAUAAAACAUCAGAUGCGCUUAAAAUAACCAAAAAGGAAGUGUCCAGAACUGAGGCAAAAACAGAACUCAGCUUCCCUGCAGCAUGUAGAGGUGAUGCAGCCACUUACACUGUAACAGCUUCCAAUCGUCUUGGCACAGCAUUCCGCAAUGUUCAUCUUGAAGUAUAUGAUCGUCCUUCUCCACCAAGAAAUCUUGUGGUUUCUGACAUUAAAGCGGAAUCUUGCCAACUAACUUGGGAUGCUCCGCUUGACAAUGGCGGCACUGAAAUUACUCACUACAUUAUUGAGAAACGUGAUGCAAGCCGGAAGAAAUCUGACUGGGAGGAAGUAUCCAACACUGUUAUUGACAGGCGAUAUGGGGUCUACAAACUUAUCACAAAUGGUGAAUAUCAAUUUAGAGUUAGGGCUGUAAACAAAUACGGAACAAGCGAUGAGUGUCUUUCAGAAAAAGUGGUCAUCAAGGAUCCAUAUGGCCUUCCUGGACCACCUGGAAAACCAAAAGUCACAGACUGCACUAGGUCAUCAAUGCUGGUGACAUGGACACCUCCCCUGGAUAAUGGUGGUGCUCCAAUUACUGGCUAUUGGCUGGAGAAGAAAGAAGAAGAUGGUGUCUAUUGGUCACGUGUCAGCAGGGCUCCAGUGACAAAACCAGCAGUGAAAGGCCUGGAAUUCACUGUACUACGUUUGAUUGAAGGUGUUAAAUACCAGUUCAGAGCUAUGGCAAUAAAUAUUGCGGGAAUCGGUCCUCCCAGUGAACCAUCAGACCUUGUUGAAGCAGCAGAUCCCGUCUUUCCACCUGGAGCACCAUCAUGUCCAGAUGUCACAGACAGAACCAAGUCAACAAUCUCUCUUGCGUGGAAACCUCCACAAAAAGAUGGUGGCAGUCCUAUUAAAGGAUACAUUGUUGAAAUGCAAGAAGAAGGUAGUACAGAUUGGAAGAAUGUGAAUGAGCCAGACAAGCUGUUCCCUACCUGUGAAUGUGUUGUGCCUGACCUAAAAGAACUCAGGAAAUACAGAUUCCGAGUAAAAGCUGUAAAUGCUGCUGGGGAAUCCGAGCCAAGUCUUGCAACUUCAGAAAUCCCAUGCAAAGAAAUUCAAGAGGAGCCAGAAAUCUUUCUUGAUAUUGGAGCACAAGACUUUCUGUCUUGCCGUUCUGGCACGACCAUCAGAAUUCCAGCAGUUAUUAAGGGCCGCCCAGUUCCAAAAACAUCUUGGGAAUUUGAAGGUGAAGCAAAGAAAGCCCUAAAGGGUGAAAUCCAUAACGUACCUGAAGAUGCUACGGUGGAAUCAACUGAUACUACUUCAGUAAUUAACAUCCCUGUAUGUAACAGAGGUCACUCUGGGAAAUACAGUAUUACAGCAAAGAACAAAGCAGGACAGAAAACUUUAAAUGUCCGAGUGAAUGUCCUUGAUGUUCCAGGACCACCAAAGGAUCUGAAAGUGAGCGAUAUAACAAGAUGCAGCUGUAAAUUUGCAUGGAAAAUGCCAGAUAAUGAUGGUGGCGACAGAAUCAAAAACUAUAUUAUUGAGAAAAGAACAGUUGAAGGGAAAGCUUGGACAAAAGUUAAUCCAAACUGUGGUGGCACAUCUACUGUUAUUCCUGACCUCAUAGCAGGACAACAAUACUUCUUCCGUGUACGAGCAGAGAAUCGCUUUGGUGUUGGGCCCCCAGCAGAUACAAUUCAAAGGACCACAGCAAGGGAUCCAAUCCAACCUCCCGAUCCACCUACCAAACUCAAGAUUGGUAUUGUGACUAAGAACACAGUAAGCUUGACAUGGAAACCUCCCAAGAAUGAUGGCGGCGCUCCUGUGACGCAUUAUAAUAUUGAAUGCCUUAGCUGGGAUCGUACCGGUGAGGGAAAAGAAACCUGGCGACAGUGCAAUAGACGUGAUGUGGAAGAAACAAAGUUUACAGUAGAAGAUCUCAAAGAAGGUGGAGAAUAUGAAUUCAGAGUGAAAGCAGUCAAUGAAGCAGGUCCAAGUAGACCAUCAGCAACUGUUGGGCCAAUCAUUGUCAAAGAUCAGACAUGUCCUCCAUCCAUUGAGCUCAAAGAGUUUAUGGAAGUAGAAGAAGGAACAGAUGUUAACAUUGUAGCCAAGAUAAAGGGUGUGCCCUUCCCAGCACUGACAUGGCAUAAAGCUUCUCCAAAGAAACCUGACGAGAGAUCACCAGUGCUAUAUGAUCAGCAUGUCAACAAGAUUGUGAGUGAAGACUCCUGCACUUUACUGAUACAGCAGUCUCGCAGAAAGGAUACAGGCUUGUUCACAAUAACGGCUGUCAAUAAUUUUGGAACAGAUGCAAAGGAGAUGAGGUUGAAUGUCCUUGGUCGCCCUGGACCUCCAGAAGGACCCAUUAAAUUUGAAUCCAUUUCAGGAGAUCAAAUGACGUUGUCUUGGCUUCCUCCUAAAGAUGAUGGUGGCUCUAAGAUAACCAACUAUGUUAUUGAAAAACGAGAAGCAAACAGAAGGUCCUGGGUCCAUGUUACCAAUGAACCUAAGGAAUGCAUCUUCACUGUACCCAAGCUGCUGGAAGGCCAUGAAUAUAUCUUCCGCAUUAUGGCACAGAAUAAAUAUGGUGUUGGGGAACCGCUUGAUAGUGAACCUGAAAUAGCAAGAAAUCUUUUCACUGUUCCUGGAAUUUGUGACAAGCCAACUGUCAGCAGUGUCACACAUGACUCAAUGACCGUCAACUGGGAAGAGCCAGAAUAUGAUGGAGGGUCGCCUGUGACAGGUUAUUGGCUGGAGCGUAAGGAGACUACUGCAAAGAGGUGGACCAGAGUUAAUCGGGAUCCUAUUAAACCAAUGACAUUGGGAGUUUCUUACAAAGUGACUGGCCUCAUUGAAGGUUCAGAUUAUCAGUUCCGUGUGUAUGCUAUUAACGCAGCUGGUGUUGGCCCACCAAGCAUGCCCUCUGAUCCAGUAAAUGCAAGAGACCCUAUUGCUCCUCCUGGUCCUCCAAUUCCAAAAGUUACAGAUUGGACCAAAUCAUCUGUUGAUCUUGAAUGGACUCCACCAGCAAAAGAUGGUGGUUCUAAAAUCACUGGUUACAUUGUUGAAUAUAAAGAGGAAGGGAAGGAAGAAUGGGAGAAGGCAAAAGAUAAAGAAAUAAGAGGAACCAAGUUUGUUGUAGCAGGACUAAAGGAAGGUUGCUUCUACAAAUUUAGAGUGAGAGCGGUCAAUGCAGCUGGCAUUGGAGAGCCUGGGGAAGUUACUGAAGUCAUUGAAAUAAAGGAUAGAAUAGUGGCUCCUGACCUUCAGCUGGAUGCUCAUGUGAAAGACCGAAUUGUUGUUCAUGCUGGUGGCGUGAUCCGAAUCAUAGCUUAUGUCUCAGGAAAGCCACCUCCAGCUAUAUCCUGGAGUAGGGAUGACAGAGCUCUCCCACCAGAGGCUACUAUUGAGGAAACAGCUAUUAGUUCUUCCAUGGUCAUAAAGAACUGCAAAAGGAGUCACCAGGGUAUCUACACUCUUCUUGCUAAAAAUGCAGGUGGAGAAAGAAAGAAGACUAUUAUUGUUGAUGUGCUAGAUGUGCCUGGCCCAGUUGGCGUUCCAUUUCUUACUGAAAAUCUAACCAAUGACUCUUGCAAACUGACAUGGUUUUCUCCUGAAGAUGAUGGCGGCUCAGCUAUCACCAAUUACAUAAUUGAAAAACGUGAAACAGACCACAGAGCCUGGACUCCGGUGACUUAUACAGUCACCAGACAAAAUGCUACCGUUCAGGGAUUAAUAGAGGGCAAAGCAUACUUCUUCCGAAUUGCACCUGAAAAUAUUAUUGGCAUGGGCCCAUUUGUAGAAACGACGAGUGAGCUUCUAAUUAGAGAUCCAAUAACUGUGCCAGAGAGGCCUGAGGAUCUCCAAGUAAAAGCAGUAACUAAGGAUUCUGUUACACUGGCCUGGAACCCACCUAAAUACAAUGGCGGCUCUGAUAUAACCAUGUAUGUUUUAGAAAGCCGCCUGAUUGGAAAAGAGAAAUUCAGUAGGGUUACAAAAGAGAAAAUGCUUGAUAGGAAAUACACAGUUGAAGGACUGAAAGAAGGAGACACUUACGAGUAUCGUGUGAGUGCUUGCAAUAUCGUGGGCCAAGGCAAACCAUCAUUUUGCACAAAGCCAAUCACAUGCAAAGAUGAAAUUGCUCCUCCUGCGCUUGAACUUGAUUUCAGAGAUAAGCUCACUGUCCGUGUAGGUGAAGCUUUCAGCCUGACUGGCCGUUACUUUGGCAAACCACAACCAAAGGUUACUUGGCUCAAAGAUGACAUUACAGUGAAAGAAGACAAACGGACAAAGAUCCAGACAACACCAGCAACUCUUUGCUUAGGGUUUUUAAAAUCUACCCGUGAAGAUUCUGGCAAAUAUUGUGUGGUUGUAGAAAAUAGUUCUGGAUCAAGGAAAGGCUUGUGUCAAGUUACUGUAGUUGAUCGACCUCAGCCUCCUGUGGGCCCAGUUAUUUUUAAUGAAGUACAUAAAGAUCAUUUUGUUAUCUCCUGGAAACCUCCCUUGGAUGAUGGUGGCAGUCCAAUUACAAAUUACAUUGUUGAGAAGAAAGAUGCACACAGAGAACUCUGGAUGCCUGUAACAUCAGCCACAGUCAAGACUACAAGCAAAGUUCCUAAAUUACUUGAGGGAAAAGAAUACGUUGUCCGAAUUUAUGCUGAAAAUACAUACGGCAUGAGUGAUCCUCUAGUUUCAGAUGAAAUGAAAGCCAAAGAUCGAUUCAGUGUUCCUGAUGCACCAGAACAACCUACUGUUAAAGGUGUUACCAAAAAUUCUGCAUUAGUUUCCUGGAACAGACCUCGUGAUGGUGGAAAACCGAUAACGUCUUAUAUCCUUGAAAGGAAGGAAACAAUGUCUAAUAGAUGGGCCAAAGUCACCACAGAUCCUAUUUACCCAGAUACCCAGUUCAAGGUAACAGAUCUUCUUGAAGGCUGUGAAUAUGAAUUCCGAGUUUCAGCAGAAAAUGAAGUUGGCAUUGGCGAUCCUAGCCCACCAUCGAAACCUGUCUUUGCUAGAGAUCCAAUCGUUAAACCAAGUCCGCCAAUUAACCCUGAAGCUGUGGAUAAAACUAAAAGUUCAGUUGACUUGUCUUGGCAACCACCACGACAUGAUGGAAAUGGCAAGAUUUUAGGCUAUCUCAUUGAAUACCAAAAGGAGGGAGAUGAAGAGUGGAAAAGAGCCAAUCAUACAGCAGAUUCCUGCCCUAAUACAAAAUACAACGUCACUGGCCUCACUGAAGGUACCAAAUAUAAAUUCAGAGUUACAGCGGUUAAUGCAGCCGGAGAAUCAGAACCAGCUUAUGUUCGUGAUCCAGUGGAAGUAAAGGACAGGCUUGAGGCUCCUGAGUUAAUCCUGGAUGCUAAUAUGGUACGAGACCAACAAAUAAAAGCUGGAACUACAUUGAGACUCAGUGCUGUAAUUAAAGGAAUCCCAUUCCCAAAAGUGACCUGGAAGAAAGAUGAUAAGGAAGUUUCAACAAAAGCUGAUAUUGAGGUUACAGGAGUUGGCAGUAAACUGGAAAUUCGUAAUGCUGCCCAUGAAGAUGGAGGCAUUUACUCUCUGACUGUGGAGAAUCCAGUUGGUUCAAAGACAGUUUCAGUAAAAGUUCUUGUGCUAGAUAAACCGGGGCCACCUAGGAAUCUACAAGUUAGUGAAGUUAGAAAAGAUUCUUGCUAUCUAACAUGGAAGGAACCAGAAGACAAUGGUGGCUCUAUCAUUACCAACUAUGUUGUGGAGAAGAAAGAUGUUGCUGCUGCCCAGUGGGUACCAAUAUCAUCAUCUUCUAAGAAACAUAGUCUGUUAGCUAAACAUCUUAUGGAAGGCACUCAGUAUCUCUUCCGUGUUGCUGCUGAGAACCAGUAUGGGCGGAGUUCUUAUGUUGAAAGCCACAAGCCAAUUAAGGCUAUAGAUCCACUUCAUCCUCCUGGCCCACCGAAGAACCUGCAUCAUGUAGAUGUUGACAAGACAGAGGUUUCUCUUGUUUGGAAUUGGCCUGAUCGUGAUGGUGGUGCUGAAAUUACUGGGUUUUUGGUGGAGUUCCAAGAAGAAGGUGCAGCUGAAUGGACCAAAUUCAAAACAGUCACUGUGCCUGAGUGUGUUGUAACUGGUCUAACACAAGGAAAAAUUUACAAAUUCCGUGUGAAAGCCCAAAAUAUUGUGGGACUUAGCCUUCCAGACACAACCAUUCCAAUAGAGUGCCAAGAAAAACUAGUACCUCCAUCCGUUGAACUGGAUGUUAAACUUAUAGAAGGUCUUGUUGUUAAAGCUGGUAGCACAGUAAGACUUCCAGCAAUCAUGAGAGGUGUACCUGUCCCCACGGCAAAAUGGGUAACUGAUGAUAAUGAAAUUAAAUCAGAAGGCAAUUACAAGAUAGAUACAGACAAUUACUCAACUGUUCUUACUAUUAAAAGCUGCACAAGAAAAGACACUGGAGAAUACCUGCUAACAGUAUCUAAUAUAGCUGGAAGCAAAACUGUACCUCUUCAUCUAACUGUUUUGGAUGUUCCUGGACCUCCAACUGGACCAAUUGAUAUUCUAGAAGUUACUCCAGAACACAUGGUCAUUGCUUGGCGACCUCCUAAAGAUGAUGGUGGAAGUCCUGUGAUUAAUUACAUUAUUGAGAAGCGAGAGUCAAAGAAGGAAACUUGGGGAGUAGUCUGUUCAGGAAUUAGUCAAACCAGAAUUAAAGUUCCACGACUACAGAAGGGCUGUGAGUAUAUUUUCCGUGUUCGUGCAGAAAAUAAGAUAGGCAUCGGUGCACCCCUUGAUUCGAAACCUGCAGUUGCUAAGCAUACAUUUGAUCCACCAUCUCCACCUGGUAAACCAUCAGUUCAUGAUAUUACAGAAAAUGCUGUAACAGUAACUUGGUCUAUGCCAAAAUCUGAUGGUGGCAGUCCAAUAAGUGGCUACAUUCUUGAACGCCGUGAAUUAUCAGGCAAGUGGAUUCGUGUCAAUAAAUCACCAGUACUUGAUCUGAAGUUCAGAGCUACAGGUCUCUUUGAGGGAAACACAUAUGAAUUCCGUGUUUUUGCUGAAAAUGUUGUUGGCCUUAGUAAACCAUCUCCAGUUUCUGACCCAGUGAAAGCAUCACGGCCCAUCUCUCCUCCUGGCCCUCCCAUUAAUCCAAAGCUGAAAGAUAAGUCCAGAGAAACAGCUGAACUAGUAUGGACAAAACCGCUCAAAGAUGGUGGUAGCCCUAUUCUGGGGUAUGUUGUGGAAUGCCAAAAAAGUGGAACUGCACAAUGGAGUAGGAUUAAUAAAGAUGAACUCAUCAGACAGUGUGCCUUUACUGUACCUGGGCUAAUUGAAGGAAAUGAAUAUAGAUUCCGUAUUAAAGCUGCUAAUAUUGUAGGUGAGGGAGAACCCAGAGAAUUGCCAGAGACUGUAAUUGCUAAAGACAUUCUGUCCCCUCCAGAACUAGAAUUGGAUUUGACCUGCCGUGAUAUAAUUACAGUCCGAGUAGGCCAAACAGCACGGAUUAUUGGCAAAGUAAAAGGCAGACCAGACCCUGAUAUAACAUGGUCUAGAGAUGGCAAAACAUUAACAAAAGAUAAACGUAUCGAUAUCAUUCAUGAAUUCCCUCAUAUAGAGCUGCAAGUGAAAUCAGCUAUGAGAACAGACCAUGGUAAAUACCUAGUUUCAGCCAAGAACAGCAGUGGACAUGCCCAAGCAUCAGCAAUUGUUAAUGUACUUGACAGGCCUGGGCCUUGCCAGAAUCUGAAGGUAAGCUAUGUCACUAAGGAUUCUUGUAUGGUUGCUUGGGAGAACCCUGAAGACAAUGGUGGCUCUGAAAUUACAAAUUACAUAGUAGAGUAUCGUCAACCAAAUCAGAGAGGCUGGUCGAUUGUUUCUUCAGACCUUACUAAGCGAUUGGUAAAAGCACAUCUUGUAGAAAAUCAUGAAUAUUUCUUCCGUGUUUGUGCGGAAAACAAAGUAGGUCCAGGCCCAGUUGUUGAGACCAAAACUCCGAUCCUUGCAAUUAAUCCUGUGGAAAGGCCAGGCCCACCUGAAAAUCUUCACAUUGCAGAAACCGGAAAGACAUUUGUGUAUCUGAAGUGGAGAAAACCAGACUAUGAUGGCGGAAGCCCCAACUUAACUUACCACGUUGAGAGAAAACUCAAGGAUUCAGAUGAGUGGGAAAGGGUGCACAAAGGCAGCAUUAAGGAAACACACUACAUGGUUGACAAAUGUGUUGAAAAUAAAACAUAUCAGUUCAGAGUCCAGACCAAGAAUGAAGGAGGUGAAAGUGACUGGGUGAAGACAAGUGAAGUUGUUGUUAAGGAAGAACUUCAGAAACCAGUUCUUGACCUCAAAUUCAGUGGAGUGCUUACUGUGAAAGCAGGUGAAUCAAUUAAACUUGAAGCAGGACUAAGAGGCAAGCCACAACCAGAAGUAGUUUGGGCAAAGGACAAAGAUGCCGCAGAUCUAACGAAAUCUCCAAGGGUCAAAAUUGAAACAACUUCAGACUCAUCGAAGUUCCUGCUCACAAAAUCUAGGCGCACUGAUGGGGGUAAAUAUGUUAUUACUGCCACAAAUCCAGUUGGUAGCUUUGUAGCAUAUGCUACUGUAAAUGUUUUGGACAAACCAGGACCUGUAAGAAAUUUGAAAGUCUCUGAUAUUUCAAGUGACCGGUGUACAGUCAAUUGGGACCCACCUGAAGAUGAUGGUGGUUGUGAAAUUCAAAACUACAUCUUGGAGAAGUGUGAAAGCAAGCGUAUGAUUUGGACUACCUAUUCCUCCUCUUUGCUUAUGAACUACACACAUGUACUGCAUCUGGUAGAAGGCAAUGAAUAUAUAUUCAGAGUCCGUGCAGAGAAUAAGAUGGGCACUGGUCCACCAACAGAAACUAAGCCAAUUAUAGCAAAAACAAAAUACGAUCGACCUGGUCGUCCUGAUCCCCCAGAAAUCACAAGAGUCAGCAAAGAAGAGAUGACUGUGGUUUGGAAUCCACCAGAACAUGAUGGUGGUAAAUCAGUCACAGGAUAUAUACUGGAGAAGAAAGAGAAACGAUCAUUAAGAUGGGUUCCUGUUACCAAAACUCCAAUCCCAGAAAGACGCAAAAAAGUUCCAGAUCUCAUUCCAGGACAUGAAUAUCAAUUCCGUGUCAAGGCAGAAAAUGAAAUUGGAAUUGGUGAACCAAGUUUCCCAUCCAAACCAGCUAUAGCAAAAGACCCAAUAGAACCACCUGGUCCUCCCACUAAUUUUAAAGUUGUUGAUAGCACGAAGACCUCUAUAACUCUUGGCUGGGGAAAGCCAGUCUUUGACGGUGGUGCUCCAAUUAUUGGAUAUGUUGUAGAAAUGAGACCAAAAACUGAAAAAGCAGGUCCAGAUGAAGGAUGGAAAAGAUGCAAUGUGGCUGCACAAGUUAUUCAUACAGAAUAUACUGUGACUAGCCUGGAUGAGAAAGAACUGUAUGAGUUCCGAGUUGCUGCUCAAAAUCAGGUUGGCCUUGGCCGACCAGCUGAUUUAAAGGAAGCUGUCUCUCCUAAAGAAAUACUUGAACCUCCUGAGAUUGAAUUGGAUGCAAGUCUGCGAAAGUUAGUCACAGUCAGAGCUGGGUGCCCCAUAAGACUUUUUGCCAUUGUUAGAGGACGACCAGCACCUAGAGUCACCUGGAGGAGAGUAGGGAUUGAUAAUGUGGUCAGAAAGGGCCAAGUCGAUCUGGUUGACACAAUGGCUUUCUGUGUUAUCCCCAAUUCUACACGGGAUGACUCAGGCAAAUAUUCCCUGACGCUUGUUAACCCUGCUGGAGAAAAGGCUGUAUUUGUGAAUGUCCGUGUCCUUGAUACUCCUGGGCCAGUGGCAGAGUUCAGCGUCUCAGAAGUCACAAAAAUGUCAUGUCAGCUUUCAUGGACGCCACCAGAGAAUGAUGGUGGCAGCCCUGUUACACAUUACAUAUUGGAAAAACGUGAGGCUGAUAGAAAGACCUGGGCAACUGUUAUUGGUGAUAUAAAGAAGACAAGCUUCAAGUGUGCUAAUCUUGUACCGGGUACUGAGUAUUUCUUCAGAGUGACUGCUGUCAAUGAAUAUGGUUCUGGUGUUCCAAGAGACACUCCGAAGCCAAUCCUAGCAACAGAUCCGCUAAGUGAACCUGAUCCUCCAAGAAAACUAGAGGUGACUGAAAUCACAAAGAACAGUGCUACUUUAGGAUGGCUGCCACCACUCAGGGAUGGUGGUUCUAAAAUUGAUGGCUACAUUAUUGGAUAUCAACAAGAGGGUCACGCUGAGGAUCACUGGACACAGUACUCUAUUGUUAAAGAUCUCAAUAUUGUUGUUGCUGGCCUGAAGGAAGGAAAGAAGUAUAAAUUCAGAGUGGCAGCUAGAAAUGCUGUAGGAGUAAGCUUACCAAGAGAAACAGAGGGCAUAUUUGAAGUUAAAGAACAACUCAUGCCACCAAAGAUUCUGAUGCCAGAUCGUAUUAGUAUAAAAGCUGGACAAAAACUCAGGAUUGAAGCACAUAUAUAUGGGAAACCUCAUCCAUCCUGCAAGUGGAUGAGAGCUGAGACGGAUGUAAUGACAUCCAGCCGUCUGGCUGUGCAUAAAGCAGACAACAUGUUUGUUCUUAUUAUUAAGGAUGUAACUAGGAAGGACAGUGAUUAUUACAGUGUAACUGCUGAAAACAGUUCUGGAGUAGCAACUCAGAAGAUCAGAGUUAUCGUCAUGGACAUCCCAGGUCCGCCACAACCACCCUUUGACAUUGCUGAUAUAGAUGCUGAUGCGUGUACUUUGAAUUGGCAUAUGCCUCUUGAAGAUGGUGGUAGUAACAUCACCAACUAUGUGGUUGAGAAGUGCGAUGUUAGCCGAGGAGACUGGAUAACGGCAGUUGCUUCUGUGACCAAGACUAGUUGUAGAAUUGGAAAACUAACCCCUGGCCAAGAAUAUAUGUUCCGGGUUAGGGCUGAAAAUCGGUUUGGUAUUUCUGAGCCACUUACAUCUGAUAAAAUGACUGCGAGGUUCCCAUUUGAUGUUCCUAGUGAACCAAAGAAUGCACAUGUUACCAAAGUGAACAAAGACUGCAUUUUUGUGGCCUGGGAUAGGCCAGACAGCGAUGGAGGCAGUCCAAUAACUGGUUAUCUCAUUGAACGGAAAGAAAGGAACAGUAUACUGUGGGUGAAAGCCAAUGAUACACUUGUGCGAUCCACAGAAUACCCAUGUGCAAACUUAAUUGAAGGCCUGGAGUAUACAUUUAGAAUCUACGCUCUGAACAAAGCUGGAGCAAGCAAGCCUAGUAAACCUACUGAUUUUGUUGCAGCAAGAAUCCCAGUUGAUCCUCCUGGUAAACCUGAAGUCAUUGAUGUCGCUAAGGAUGCUGUAUCUCUUGUCUGGACAAGACCCAAACAUGAUGGAGGUAGCAAACUUAUUGGCUAUUUUGUUGAAGCCUGUAAGUUACCAGGUGAUAAAUGGGUUCGAUGCAAUACCACUCCCCACCAAAUACCUCAAGAGGAGUAUACUGCAAGUGGUUUGGAGGAAAAUGCACAGUACCAGUUUAGAGCAAUAGCGAAGACAGCCGUCAACAUAAGUUGGCCUUCUGAACCUUCUGAUCCAGUGACUGUUCAGGCAGAGAGUGUCCCACCAAAAAUAGAGCUGGGUGUAAAUAUGAAAUCUUUGCUGACGGUAAAAGCUGGAACAAAUGUUUGUCUCGAGGCUAAUGUGUUUGGAAAGCCUAUGCCAACUAUUGCUUGGAAAAAAGAGGGAGAUGUCCUAAAACCAGCAGAAGGUAUCAAGAUCACUCAGAAGAGAAACCUGUCCACUGUGGAGCUCUUCAGUGUAAACAGAAAGCAGACAGGGGAUUACACCAUUACAGCGGAGAAUGCCAGUGGUUCCAAGUCAGCGACCAUUAAGCUUAAAGUACUUGACAAACCUGGUCCACCAGCUUCUGUUAAGAUCACAAACAUGUACACAGAUCGAGCAAUGCUGUCUUGGGAACCGCCACUUGAAGAUGGAGGGUCAGACAUUACUAAUUACAUUAUUGACAAGCGGGAAACAAGCAGGCCCAACUGGGCUCAAGUCACUGCCAAUGUCCCAAUCACUAGCUGCAGUGUUGAGAAACUGAUUGAAGGACAUGAGUACCAGUUCCGCAUUUGUGCUGAAAAUAAAUUCGGAGUAGGAGACCCCAUCUUGACUGAAUCAGCAGUGGCUAAAAACCCUUAUGACGUACCUGGACCUUGUGAGCCACCCAUAAUCAGUAAUGUAAUGAAAGACUUCAUGACUGUAAGCUGGAAAGCUCCUGCAGAUGAUGGUGGGUCCUCUAUAACAGGAUAUAUUGUUGAAAAACGUGAAACGAAGGCUGUCAACUGGACAAAAGUGAACAGGAAGCCCAUAAUUGAAAGAACUAUAAAGGCUACAGGACUACAGGAAGGAACAGAAUAUGAGUAUAGAGUGACUGCUAUGAAUAAAGCUGGACUGGGCAAACCCAGUGGUCCAUCUAAGGCUGUAUAUGCUCGUGAUCCUCAGUAUCCUCCUGGCCCACCAGCAUUCCCCAAAAUGGUUGACACCACCCGUAGUUCCAUAAGCCUGUCUUGGUCCAAACCAGCCUAUGAUGGUGGAAGCCCUAUUAUUGGUUAUCUUGUUGAAGUAAAGCGAGCUGAUACAGAAAACUGGGUCAGGUGCAAUUUGCCAAAGAACUUGCCAGACACCAAUUAUGUUGUGACAGGGCUCACAGAGGGCACAGAAUACCAGUUCCGCAUUUAUGCUGUUAAUAAGAUUGGAUACAGUGACCCAAGUGAUGUGCCAGACAAGCACGUCGCCAAAGACAUUUUAAUUCCACCUGAGGGAGAGCUGGAUGCAGAACUGCGGAAAGCUCUCAUCUUACGUGCUGGAGUCACAAUGAGGAUUUAUGUGCCAGUGAGAGGUCGUCCGCCUCCCAAGAUUUCUUGGUCUAAAGUGGGUGCUAACAUAAAAGAUAGGGCAGGAAUGGACAUCAAGUCCACUGAUUUUGACACUUUCCUUCGCUGUGAAAAUGUAAAUAAAUAUGAUGCUGGAAAAUACGUCCUGUCUCUGGAGAACAGCUGUGGCAAAAAGGAAUAUACCAUUGUGGUCAAAGUACUUGAUACUCCUGGGCCACCAGUUAAUCUGGUUGUAAAAGAAGCGUCUAAAGAUUCUGCCUUCAUUUCAUGGGAACCUCCUUUAAUUGAUGGUGGGAGUCCAGUGAAGAACUAUGUGGUUGAAAAACGAGAUGCAGAGAGAAAAUCUUGGGCUACAGUAGCUACAGAGUGUCCAAAAACAAGUUUCAGGAUCUCUAACUUGGAAGAAGGGAAAUCUUACUUUUUCAGGGUUUUGGCUGAAAACGAAUAUGGCAUUGGUGACCCAUGUGAGACGCGUGAUGCUGUUAAAGCUUCUGAAACACCUGGGCCAGUGGUAGAUUUAAAGGCUUUGGCUGUCACCAAAUCAUCUUGUAAUUUAUCAUGGAAAAAACCUAUUAGUGAUGGUGGAAGUCGUAUUAAUUUAUAUUCUGUUGAGCUUAUGGUUGGUGAAAAUCAGUGGCAAGAAGUGAUGAGGUCUAAGAAUCUUCAGUAUUCAACAAGAGAUUUGAAGGAGGGGAAAGAAUACCUUUUCAGAGUGAGAGCGCAGAAUGAAGCUGGGUAUGGAACACCUAGUGAAAUUACAGUGAUAGCAAGGGACGAUAUUGUGGCACCUGAUCUCGAUUUAAGAGACCUGCCAGGCUCAUGUUACCUAGCUAGAGAAGGAAGCUCUUUCCGUCUGAAAAUCCCAAUUAAAGGCAAGCCAGCACCAACUGUGACAUGGAAAAAAGGUGAAGACCAGGUUCUUACUGAAUCAGGAAGAGUCGCAUUUGAAGCAACAGCGGUAAACACUACACUCCUUGUGCGCGAUUGUCAUAAAGAUGAUGCCGGAAAAUAUACCAUCACACUGAAGAACGUUGCUGGAAGUAAAGAAGGCACUAUUUCUAUGAAAGUUGUUGGCAAACCUGGAAUACCAACAGGGCCAGUGAAGUUUAAUGAAGUCACAGCAGAAGCUAUGACACUAAAAUGGGGUCCUCCAAAAGAUGAUGGUGGUUCAGAGAUCACUAACUAUAUCCUGGAAAAGAGAGACAAUGUGAACAAUAAGUGGGUGACAUGUGCAUCUGCUGUCCAGAAAACUACAUUCAGAGUCACAAGACUCCAUGAAGGCAAUGAAUACACAUUCAGAGUCAGUGCUGAAAAUAAAUAUGGAGUAGGCGAAGGCCUGAAGUCUGACCCUAUCAUUGCAAGACAUCCAUUUGAUGUUCCUGAUGCUCCAGCACCCCCCAAAAUUGUUGAGGUUAGGCAUGAUGCUGUAUCUCUAGUAUGGACCGAUCCAAAGAAGACAGGUGGUUCACCAAUCACAGGUUAUCACAUUGAGUACAAAGAAAGAAACAGUAUUUUAUGGAAACGAGCGAACAAGACUCCACUAAAGAUGAAAGACUUCAGAGUAACAGGACUAACUGAAGGUUUGGAAUACGAAUUCAGAGUGAUGGCGAUCAAUCUAGCUGGAGUUGGUAAACCAAGCCUGCCAUCCGAACCAGUUGUGGCCUUAGAUCCAAUUGAUCCUCCUGGAAAACCUGAAGUUAUCAGUGUAACUCGAAAUUCAGUGACUCUGAUCUGGACAGAACCAAAAUACGAUGGUGGACACAAAUUAAUUGGCUACAUAGUAGAGAAGCGUGAUCUCCCUGCCAAAUCUUGGAUGAAGGCAAAUCAUGUGAAUGUUCAAGAAUGUGCAUUUACAGUAACAGAUCUUAUGGAAGGUUCAAAAUAUGAAUUUAGAAUUAGAGCGAAGAAUACAGCUGGAGCAAUCAGUCCUCCAUCAGAAACUACAGGAGCUAUUAUAUGCAAGGAUGAAUACGAGGCACCAACAAUUGUUAUUGAUCCUACUGUCAAAGAAGGCCUGACUGUUAAAGCAGGAGAUACCAUUUCAGUGUCUGCAAUUAGCAUCCUUGGCAAACCACUUCCAACUUCAGUGUGGUCCAAAGCAGGAAAAGACUUUAAGAUUUCCGAGACUAUUCACAUUGAAUCAACUCCAACUUCUUCUACACUUACUAUAAAAUAUGCAGCUAGAAAAGAUUCUGGUGAAUACACCAUCACUGCAACCAAUCCUUUUGGCACAAAACAGGAGCAUGUGCAUGUAAAAGUUUUGGACAUACCAGGUCCCCCUGGACCUGUUGAAGUCAGCAAUGUCUCAGCUGAAAAAGCUACUCUCACCUGGACACCUCCUGCAGAAGAUGGUGGAUCACCAAUAAAGUCUUAUGUACUUGAAAAGAGAGAAACUAGCCGGCUGCUAUGGACAUUGGUCUCUGAAAAUAUUGAAUCCUGCAGGCAUGUUGUUUCUAAGCUUAUUAAAGGAAAUGAAUAUAUCUUCCGUGUCUCAGCUGUGAACCAGUACGGCAAAGGAGAACCAUCACAGUCAGAACCAGUUAAAAUGGUGGAUAGAUUUGGUCCCCCAGGUCCCCCAGGGAAACCAGAAGUAUCAAAUGUUACAAAGAGCUCGGUUACAGUGAGCUGGAAAAGGCCAACAGAUGAUGGCGGCAGUGAGAUCACAGGUUACCAUCUGGAAAGAAGGGAAAAGAAAGCCGUGAGAUGGGUCAGAGUUACAAAGAAACCAGUGUCGGAUCUUAGGUGCAAAGUGACUGGACUCUUAGAAGGAAAUGAAUAUGAAUUCCGUGUCAGUGCAGAAAACAGAGCAGGAAUUGGACCACCAAGUGAUAUUUCUCAGCCAGUAUUAACGAAGGAUGCUGCAUAUCCACCAGGGCCUCCUUCAAAUCCACGAGUAACUGAUACAACAAAGACAUCUGCCAGUUUAUCGUGGGGAAAACCGCAUUACGAUGGUGGACUUGAUAUUAUUGGCUAUGUUGUGGAGCACCAAAAAGAAGGAGAAGAAACUUGGGUGAAAGAUACGACAGGAACUGCUCUAAGAAUCACAGAAUUCGUUGUUGCUAAUCUCCAGCCAGGAACUAAAUACAAUUUUAGAAUUAUGGCCAUCAAUGCUGCUGGAGUUGGUGAACCAGCACAGAUUCCAAACAUUGAAAUCAAGGAACGUGAAGUUGUUCCUGAUUUUGAAUUAGAUGCUGAACUGAGAAAAACUCUUGUUGUAAGAGCUGGACUGAGCAUUCGGAUAUUUGUUCCAAUUAGAGGACGCCCAGCGCCUGAAGUGACAUGGACCAAAGAUGAUAUCCCACUUAAAGCACGUGCCAAUAUUGAAAAUACAGACUCUUUCACUCUUCUCAUAAUCACAGAAUGUAAUCGCUAUGAUGCUGGGAAGUACGUAAUGACCCUUGAAAAUGCUGCUGGGAAGAAGACUGGUUUUGUAAAUGUAAAAGUUCUAGAUACACCAGGGCCACCAAUAAAUCUUAAACCCAGAGAAAUAUCUAAAGAUAGUAUCACCCUGCAGUGGGAUAUGCCUCUAAUUGAUGGUGGUUCACGCAUAACAAAUUAUAUAGUUGAAAAGCGUGAAUCUACACGAAAAGCCUAUGCAACAAUCACAACAAACUGCCAGAAGUGUUCUCUUCGGAUUCCUAAUUUGGCUGAAGGCUGUGAAUAUUACUUCAGAGUACUAGCUGAAAAUGAAUUUGGAAUUGGUGAACCCACAGAAACUGCUGAGCCCAUAAGAGCAACUGAAGCGCCAUCACCACCAGAGAGCCUUAAUAUCAUGGACAUAACAAGGAACUCAGUCAGCCUUGCAUGGCCAAAGCCAGAGCAUGAUGGUGGUAGCAAGAUUACCGGUUAUGUGAUUGAAGCACAGAAAAAAGGUUCAACGCAGUGGACACAUGUUAAAACUGUGAAAACGUUAGAAUGUGUGGUAAAGAAUUUAACUGAAAAUGAAGAGUAUACUUUCCAGGUUAUGGCGGUUAACAGUGCUGGAAGAAGCGAUCCAAGAGAAAGCAGACCAGUUGUUGUAAAAGAACAAAUGAUGCUUCCAGAAUUUGAUUUGCGUGGCAUUUAUCAGAAAACAAUAAUUGCUAAAGCUGGUGACAAUAUCAAAGUUGAGAUUCCUGUGCUUGGUCGCCCAAGGCCCACUGUUACAUGGAAGAAAGAAGACCAAUUGCUUAAGCAAACCCAAAGGGUUAACUUUGAAAAUACUGCCACUGCAACCAUCUUAACCAUUAAUGAAUGCACAAGAAAUGAUAGCGGCAAAUACCCACUUUCAGCCAAAAAUAUCAUUGGUGAAGUUAGUGAAGUUCUAUCUAUACAAGUGCAUGAUGUUCCUGGGCCUCCAACAGGACCAAUCAAAUUUGAUGAAGUUUCCUCUGAUUUUAUCGUUUUCUCAUGGGAGCCUCCUUUGAAUGAUGGAGGUGUGCCAAUAAGUAACUAUGUUGUCGAAAUGCGUAAAACUGAUAGUACUGCAUGGGCUGAGUUAGCAACUACAGUAAUACGUACCACCUUUAAAGCAGCUCGCCUCACUACUGGUACCCAGUAUCAAUUCCGUGUUAAAGCUCAGAACAGAUAUGGUAGUGGUCCAGCCAUCAGCUCAGAUAAUGUAAUUGCCAGUUUUCCAUUUAAGGUCCCUGGGCAUCCAGGCACCCCUCAGGUGGUUGCAGUCACAAAAGAUUCAAUGACCAUAAGCUGGCAUGAACCUCUUACUGAUGGAGGAAGUCCAAUUCUGGGAUAUCAUAUUGAAAGAAAAGAACGAAAUAGCAUCCUCUGGCAGACUGUAAGUAAAGCUUUAGUAGCAGGCAACAUCUUCAAAUCAACUGGUCUUACCGAUGGCAUUGCUUAUGAAUUCCGAGUCAUAGCAGAAAAUAUUGCAGGCAAAAGUAAACCAAGUAAGCCAUCUGAGCCAACAUUUGCUCUGGACCCUAUUGAUCCUCCUGGAAAGCCAGUACCUCUCAAUAUUACAAGACAUGCAGUAACACUUAAAUGGACAAAACCUGAGUAUAAUGGUGGCUUUAAGAUCACUGGAUACACUGUGGAAAGGAGAGAUCUUCCCAACGGCCGGUGGCUAAAGGCUAACUUUGGCAAUAUAUUAGAAACUGAAUUCACUGUUAGUGGACUCACAGAAGAUGCUGCUUAUGAAUUCCGUGUGAUUGCUAGAAAUGCUGCCGGUGCUGUUAGCCCACCAUCAGAACCAUCUGACGCAAUAACAUGCAGAGAUGACAUAGAAGCACCAAGGAUAAUGGUUGAUGCCAAAUACAAAGAAACUUUAGUGUUAAAAGCAGGUGAUGUUUUCAAACUUGAAGCUGAUGUUGUAGGUCGUCCUCUGCCAACUCUGACAUGGACAAAAGAUGGAAAGGAGGUUGAAGACACCGCAAAAUUAGAAGUGAAAAUAGCAGAUUUCUCAACACUUCUUACCAAUAAGGACUCUGCAAGAAGAGAUGGAGGCGCCUACACUCUUACAGCUUCCAAUCCUGGUGGCUUUGCCAAACAUGUUUUCAAUGUCAAAGUUCUAGACAGGCCAGGUCCUCCUGAAGGACCAUUGGCUGUAUCUGACGUUACCUCAGAAAAAUGUGUACUGUCAUGGCUUCCACCUUUGGAAGAUGGAGGUGCAACCAUUGACCAUUAUGUUGUUGAAAAACGUGAGACUAGUAGAUUGGCAUGGACAAGUGUAGCCACAGAAGUUCCAGUAACAAAAUUAAAGGUCACAAAGCUGCUGAAAAGCAAUGAAUAUGUGUUCCGUGUGAUGGCUGUUAACAAAUAUGGGGUUGGUGAAGCUCUGGAAUCAGAGCCUGUUCUUGCAGUAAAUCCAUUUGUACCACCUGAUCCACCCAAGACACCUGAAGUCACAGCUGCUAACAAAGAUUCCAUGAUUGUUUGCUGGGGACAUCCUGAUUCUGAUGGUGGAAGUCCUAUAACCAAUUACAUUGUAGAACGUCGCGACAGAGCAGGGCUACGCUGGGUGAAAUGUAACAAGCGUAUUGUUACAGACUUGCGUUAUAAAGUGUCUGGACUGACAGAAGGUCAUGAAUAUGAAUACAGAGUAAAGGCUGAAAACGCCGCUGGCGUAAGUGAACCAAGUCCUUGCAGUGAGUUCUACAAAGCUUCUGAUACUGUGUUUAAACCUGGCCCUCCUGGGAAUCCUCGUGUCUUAGAUACAAGCAAGUCUUCAAUUACAAUUGCUUGGAAUAAACCAAUAUACGAUGGUGGCUCAGAGAUCACAGGCUACAUGGUUGAAAUAACAAUACCCGAAGAAGAUGACUGGAAAAUCGUAACUCCACCAGCAGGUUUAACAGCUACUUCCUUUACAAUCACUAAUCUAAAAGAAAACCAGGAGUAUAAAAUCAGAAUAUAUGCCAUGAACUCUGAAGGUAUUGGAGAACCUGCCCUUGUUCCUGGGACACCAAAGGCAGAAGAAAGGAUGUUGCCUCCAGAGAUUGAACUUGAUGCAGAACUACGUAAAGUUGUGUCUCUUAGAGCUUGCUGCACUUUAAGGCUGUUUGUCCCAAUAAAAGGAAGACCAGCACCUGAAGUGAAAUGGUCAAGAGAACAUGGAGAGUCUUUAGAUAAAGCCACUAUUGAAUCCACAAGCUCUUUUACACUAUUGACAGUUGGGAAUGUGAACAGAUUUGACAGUGGCAAGUACAUAUUGACUGUAGAAAACAGUUCAGGCAGCAAAUCGGCAUUUGUAAUUGUUAGAGUUCUUGAUACGCCUGGCGCACCACAGAAUCUGAAGAUAAAAGAGGUCACAAAGUCAUCUGUCACAGUUAUAUGGGACCCUCCCCUCAUAGAUGGUGGAUCUAAAAUAAAGAACUACAUUAUUGAGAAGCGUGAGGCAACAAGAAAAGCUUACUCAACUGUUAUGGCCAAUUGCCACAAGACCAGCUGGAAAGUAGACAAUCUGCAGGAAGGUUGCAAUUAUUAUUUCAGGGUCCUAGCUGAAAAUGAAUAUGGAAUAGGUCUUCCAGUUGAAACAUCAGAAUCUGUCAAAGCAUCAGAAAGGCCUCUUCCUCCAGGGAAAAUAACUUUAUUAGAUGUGACCAGAAAAAGUGUAUCUUUAUCCUGGGAAAAACCUGAGCAUGAUGGAGGAAGCAGAAUUUUAGGCUACAUCGUAGAGAUGCAAAGCAAAGGUAGUGACAAAUGGGCCACGUGUGCUACUGUAAAAACCACUGAAGCAAGUGUAACUGGAUUGAUUCAGGGUGAAGAAUAUGCUUUCCGUGUUUCUGCACAAAAUGAAAAGGGAAUCAGUGAUCCUCGACAACUGAGUGUACCAGUUAUUGCAAAAGAUCUUGUGAUACCUCCAGCCUUCAAACUGUUGUUUACCACUUUUAGCGUCCUAGCAGGAGAAGACUUAAAGGUUGAUGUCCCUUUUGUUGGUCGACCUAAGCCAGCUGUAACAUGGACUAAAGAUAACAUGCCACUAAAACAAACAACUAGAGUACAUGAAGAAAGCACAGAGAACAACUCAUUACUAACAAUAAAGGAAGCUAGCAGAGAAGAUGUUGGACAAUAUUUAGUAAAACUUUCAAAUUCUGCUGGUGAAACCACUGAAAUUCUUAAUAUUGUUGUUCUUGACAAGCCGGGACCUCCAACUGGACCAGUAAAGAUUGAUGAAGUAACAGCAGACAGCAUUACCGUUUCCUGGGAACCACCUAAAUAUGAUGGUGGCAGUUCUAUCAACAAUUAUAUUGUAGAAAAGCGAGACACUUCCACUACUGCUUGGCAAAUUGUUUCUGCUACAGUUGCCCGAACAACUCUAAAAGCAUGUCGAUUAAAGACUGGAAGUGAAUACCAAUUCAGAAUUGCAGCUGAAAACAGAUAUGGAAAGAGUCCAUACCUCGUAUCUGAGUCAGUGGUAGCCCAGUAUCCAUACAAGCUACCUGGCCCACCUGGAACUCCUUUUGCAUCAGAAAUCUCCAGGGACAGUAUGGUUGUGCAGUGGAAUGAACCUGUCAACGAUGGUGGUAGCAAAAUUAUUGGCUAUCACUUGGAGCGCAAGGAAAGAAACAGCAUUCUGUGGGUUAAACUGAACAAAGCAGCUAUUCCUGACACUAAAUUUAAAACAACUGGGCUUGAGGAAGGCAUUGAAUAUGAAUUCAGAGUCUAUGCAGAAAAUAUUGUUGGCAUUGGAAAGGCUAGUAAAGGAUCAGAAUGCUACACUGCUCAUGAUCCAUGUGAUCCUCCAGGUCGUCCAGAGCCUGUCAUUGUCACAAGAAAUUCUGUUACACUUCAGUGGAAGAAACCAGAAUAUGAUGGUGGGAGCAAGAUCACAGGCUACAUUGUUGAAAAGAAGGAAUUACCGGAAGGCCGCUGGAUGAAAGCGAGCUUUACAAAUGUAAUUGAGACGCAGUUUGCAGUAACUGGCCUGGUUGAAGAUCAGAGGUAUGAGUUCCGUGUCAUUGCACGCAAUGCAGCUGGUGUCUUCAGUGAGCCAUCUGAAAGCUCAGGAGCAGUCACAGCAAGAGAUGAAGUAGAUCCACCUCGUAUAAGCAUGGAUCCCAAAUUUAAAGAAACAAUUACAUUACAUGCUGGCGAGUCAUUCAAGAUUGAUGCUGACGUCCAUGGCAAACCAUUGCCUACCAUUCAGUGGCUGAAAGGUGAUCAGGAACUAGCAAAUACAGCCCGCUUAGAAAUUAAAAGUACUGAUUUUGCCACAAGCUUAAGUGUAAAAGAGGCCAUUCGUGUCGACAGUGGACAUUAUGUUUUGCUGGCGAAAAAUGUUGCAGGUGAAAAAACAGCUUCAGUUCAUGUCAAGGUUCUUGACAGACCUGGCCCACCUGAAGGACCUGCUGUUAUCACAGGUGUGACUGCUGAGAAGUGUAUGCUAUCAUGGAAGCCUCCACUGCAAGACGGUGGAAGUGAUAUUUCACAUUACGUUGUUGAAAGAAGAGAAACAAGCCGCUUAGUGUGGACUUUAGUUGAUGCCAACGUACAGUCCCUGAGCUGCAAAGUUACCAAGCUUUUAGAAGGAAAUGAAUAUAUCUUCCGUAUCAUGGCUGUAAAUAAAUACGGUAUUGGUGAACCUCUUGAAUCUGAACCUGCCCUUGCAAAAAAUCCAUUUGUAGUACCGCUGCCACCAAAGGCACCAGAAGUCUCUGCUGUUACCAAGGACUCUAUGAUUGUUGUAUGGGACAGACCAGCCUCUGAUGGUGGCAGUGAAAUUCUGGGUUAUAUACUAGAAAAACGUGACAAAGAAGGCAUUCGAUGGACAAGAUGCAACAAACGCUUGAUCAGUGAACUUCGAUACCGAGUUACUGGACUUAUAGAAAAUCAUGAUUAUGAAUACCGAGUCUCAGCAGAAAAUGCAGCUGGCCCUAGUGAACCCAGUCCACCUUCUACUUACUACAGGGCUUGUGACCCUAUAUACAAACCAGGUCCCCCUAAUAAUCCUAAGGCAAUAGAUGUUACAAGAUCUUCAGUUUUCCUUUCCUGGGGUAAACCAAUCUAUGAUGGCGGAUCUGAAAUUCAAGGAUACAUUGUGGAAAAAUGUGAUGUAAGCGUUGGAGACUGGGCAAUUUGUACACCACCAACUGGAAUCAAGAAAACAAAUAUGGAAGUUGAAAAAUUAGUGGAAAAGCAUGAAUACAAAUUCCGCAUUUGUGCUGUUAAUAAAGCAGGAGUAGGUGAACAUGCUGACGUUCCUGGAACUAUUAUUGUUGAAGAAAAACUAGAAGCUCCAGACCUUGAUCUUGACAUGGAACUGAGGAAAGUUAUAAAUGUAAGAGCAGGUGGUUCCUUAAGAUUAUUUGUUCCUAUCAGAGGGCGACCAGCACCUGAAGUAAAAUGGACUAAGGUGGAUGGUGACAUCAGAGAGGCAGCUAUGAUUGACAGCACUAGCAGCUUUACCUCACUGGUUCUUGACAACGUUAACAGAUUUGAUUCUGGGAAAUACACGCUUACUUUAGAAAAUAGCAGUGGAUCAAAGUCUGCCUUUGUUAGCGUCAGAGUCUUAGAUACCCCAGGUCCUCCAAUUAACUUGAAAAUUAAAGAGAUCACCAAAGACUCAGUUUCUCUUGCAUGGGAGCCUCCUGUGAUAGAUGGUGGAUCUAAAAUUAAAAAUUAUGUUAUUGAAAAGCGUGAAGCCACAAGAAAAGCCUACGCAGCUGUUGUAACAAACUGCCACAAGACAUCAUGGAAAGUGGAUCAGCUUCAGGAAGGCUGCUAUUAUUACUUCAGAGUUUGUGCAGAGAAUGAAUUUGGAGUCGGCCUACCUGCAGAGACUACUGAUCCAGUUAAAGUGGCUGAAGUUCCUCAACCUCCAGGCAAGAUAACAGUGGAUGACGUCACUAGAAACAGUGUGUCGUUGAGCUGGGCAAAGCCUGAACAUGAUGGUGGAAGCAAGAUCCUACAAUACAUAGUAGAAAUGCAAGUUAAAGGUAGCGACAGAUGGUCAGAGUGCACACGAGUGAAAGCCCUUGAGGCAGUUGUCACUAACUUAACUCAAGGAGAAGAGUAUCUCUUCAGAGUAAUGGCUGUAAAUGAAAAGGGUAGGAGCGAUCCACGAUCACUUGCUGUUCCAAUAACCGCUAAAGACCUAGUUAUUGAACCUGAUGUAAGACCUACGUUCCACAGUUACAGUAUACAAGUGGGUCAAGACCUAAAGGUUGAAAUACCAAUAUCUGGCCGACCUAAGCCUACUAUUACAUGGACAAAAGAUGGGAUACCAUUAAAACAGACAACUAGGGUUAAUGUCAUUGAUUCACCUAACCUUACAAUCCUGAACAUUAAAGAAAUAAACAAAGAUGACAGUGGAAAAUAUGAAAUCACAGUCGCUAAUGUUGUUGGACAGAAAUCUGCAUCUGUUGAAAUUAUAACACUGGACAAGCCUGAUCCUCCAAAAGGCCCUGUUAAAUUUGAUGACAUUAGUGCUGAAAGUAUUACAUUGUCAUGGAACCCUCCAACAUAUACAGGCGGCUGCCAGAUUACAAAUUACAUUGUUAAUAAGAGAGAUACAACCACCACUGUAUGGGAAACAGUUUCAGCCACUGUUGCAAGAACUACACUAAAGGUGACCAAGCUCAAAACUGGCUCAGAAUAUCAGUUUAGAAUAUUUGCUGAAAAUAGGUAUGGACAGAGCUUUGCCUUGGAAUCUGAUGCAGUUGUUGCUCAGUAUCCCUAUAAAGAACCUGGUCCCCCCGGCACACCAUUUGCGACAGCAGUUACAAAAGACUCUAUGAUUGUGCAGUGGCACGAACCAAUAAAUGAUGGUGGAAGUAGAAUUUUAGGCUACCACCUAGAGAGAAAGGAAAGAAACAGCAUUUUGUGGACAAAAGUAAACAAGACAGUUAUUCAAGACACAUAUUUUAAGGCAGCUAACCUUGAGGAAGGCAUUGAAUAUGAAUUUAGAGUUUCUGCAGAAAAUAUAGUCGGCACAGGCAAAGCAAGCAAAGUUUCAGAAUGCUACGUAGCCCGUGAUGCAUGUGAUCCACCAGGAUGUCCAGAAGCUAUUGUUGUCAAAAGAAGCUCAAUUACCCUGCAGUGGACAAAGCCGGAAUAUGAUGGGGGCAGCAAAAUCACAGGGUAUGUAGUAGAGAAACGGGAUUUGCCUGAGGGACGCUGGAUGAAAGCAAGCUUUACAAAUAUAAUUGAAACCCAGUUUAUGGUAUCUGGUCUUACCGAAGACCAAAGAUAUGAAUUUAGAGUCAUUGCAAGAAAUGCUGCUGGAGCAGUUAGCAAACCUUCUGAUAGUACAGGACCAAUAACAGCCAAAGAUGAAGUUGAGCUUCCAAGAAUUUCCAUGGAUCCAAAAUACAAAGAUGCAAUUGUUGUAAAUGCUGGAGACACAUUCAAACUAGAGGCUGACGUCCAUGGGAAGCCAAUUCCCACCAUUACAUGGCUAAAGGGAGAUGCAGUACUGGAAGACACUGCUCGAUGUGAAAUAAGGAAUACAGACUUUAAGGCACUAGUUACUGUAAAAGAUGCCAUCCGUGUUGAUGGUGGGCAAUACAUUUUGCAGGCCUCCAAUAUUGCAGGGACAAAAUCGGUGCCAAUAACAGUAAAAGUACUGGACAGACCAGGGCCUCCAGAAAGCAUUCAAGUAUCUGGAGUAACUUCUGAAAAGUGCUCCUUAGCAUGGGCUGCACCAGUCCAUGAUGGUGGCAGUGACAUUUCUCACUACAUAAUUGAGAAGAGAGAAACAAGUCGUCUUGCUUGGACAGUUGUUGCUUCAGAUGCUGUAGCCACAAUGUUGAAGGUUACAAAACUUCUGGAAGGAAAUGAGUAUAUUUUCCGUAUAAUGGCCGUUAAUAAAUAUGGAGUUGGUGAACCUCUGGAGUCUGCUCCAGUACUGAUGAAAAAUCCAUUUGUGGUUCCUGGUCCACCCAAGAGUUUAGAAAUCAGCAACAUUACAAGAGAUUCUAUGACUGUCUGCUGGAAUCGUCCAGAUAGUGAUGGUGGUAGUGAAAUAGUUAACUACAUUGUAGAAAAAAGAGACAGAGCAGGCAUCAGAUGGGUGAAAUGUAAUAAACGCCGUAUUACAGAUUUGCGAUUAAGAGUCACAGGACUGACAGAAGAUCAUGAGUAUGAAUUUAGAGUAUCUGCUGAAAAUGCUGCUGGAACUGGUGAACCAAGUCAGGUUACUCCAUACUGCAAAGCAUGUGACCCUAUGUUCAAACCUGGCCCACCAACUAAUGCUCAUGCUGUGGAUACCACCAAGAAUUCAGUUACAGUUGCCUGGGGUAAACCUAUUUAUGAUGGUGGCAGUGACAUCCUGGGAUAUAUUGUAGAAAUCUCCAAAGCUGAUGAAGAAGAAUGGUCUAUGGUUACACCGCAGACUGGUCUGAGAGUCAAUCGUUUUGAGAUCAAAAAGCUUAUCGAACAUCAAGAGUACAAACUAAGAGUGUGUGCCCUCAACAAAGUUGGAGUAGGUGAGGCUGCAACAGUUCCUGGUACAGUUAAACCAGAAGAUAAACUUGAGGCUCCUGAACUGGAUAUAGACUCAGAGUUAAGGAAAGGCAUUGUUGUUAGAGCAGGUGGAUCUGUAAGAAUAAACAUACCAUUUAAAGGACGGCCAACUCCUGAAAUUACAUGGUCUCGAGAAGAAGGAGAAUUUACAGAUAAGGUUCAAAUUGAAAGAGGCCUGAAUUAUACCCAACUAUCAAUUGAUUAUUGUGAUAGGAACGAUGCUGGAAAGUACACACUUAAACUAGAGAACAGCAGUGGCUCCAAGUCUGCAUUUGUUACCGUUAAAGUACUCGACACACCAGGGCCACCACAAAAUUUAGUUGUGAAAGAAAUAAGAAAAGACUCUGCCGUACUGACAUGGGAACCCCCAGCUAAUGAUGGUGGUGCAAAGAUAAAGAACUAUGUGAUUGAUAAACGUGAGUCAACCAGAAAAGCAUAUGCAAACGUGAGUGCAAAGUGCAGCAAAACAAGCUUUAAAGUGGAAAAUCUUACAGAAGGAGGAAUUUAUUAUUUCAGAGUUAUGGCUGAAAAUGAAUUUGGAAUUGGUGUGCCUGUUGAAACUGCAGAUGCUGCAAAAGCCUCAGAAGCCCCCUUGCCUCCUGGCAAAGUGACACUCACUGAUGUGACUCAGAGAAGUGCAUCAUUUAUGUGGGAAAAGCCUGAACAUGAUGGAGGCAGCAGGAUUUUGGGAUACGUUGUUGAAAUGCAACCUAAAGGAGCCGACAAAUGGGCUGUUGUUACCGAAACCAAAGUAUGCAAUGCAGUCGUCUCUGGCUUGAGUUCUGGACAUGAGUAUCAGUUCCGUGUCUUGGCAUACAAUGAAAAAGGCAAAAGCGACCCCAGACUUCUAGGAGUUCCUGUGAUUGCUAAAGACCUAACAAUUCAGCCGAGUUUUAAACUGAUGUUUAAUACAUUCACUGUACAAGCUGGAGAAGAUCUUAAAGUAGAAAUCCCAUUUAUCGCUCGACCGAAACCUACUAUCACUUGGGAAAAAGAUGGUCAGCCCCUAAAACAAACAACCAGGUUGCAUGUUGACGAUACAUCAACAACAACAACUUUGCUUAUUAAAGAAAGUAACAAGGAUGACUUUGGGAAAUACACCGUAACAGCAACUAACGCAGCAGGCACAGCAGCAGAGCACAUUAGUAUAAUCGUGUUGGAAAAGCCAGGCCCACCAAAAGGACCUAUCCGCUUUGAUGAAGUCAGCUCAAACUUUGUUGUUAUAUCAUGGGAUCCACCAGUGUAUACAGGUGGCUGCCAAAUAUCCAAUUACAUAGUAGAGAAACGUGACACAACCACUACUGCCUGGCAAAUGGUAUCAGCUACUGUUGCAAGAACAACUAUUAAAGUAACAAAACUUAAAACAGGUUCUGAAUACCAGUUUAGAGUUAGUGCUGAAAACCGAUAUGGAAAGAGCGCUCCGAUAGAUUCUAAACCAGUUCUUGUACAAUAUCCGUAUAAAGAACCUGGGCCACCUGGAACACCGUUUGUCAGUACAGCUACUAAAGACUACAUGAUAGUACAGUGGCAUGAACCAGUUAAUGAUGGAGGAAGCAAAGUCCUUGGCUAUCACAUCGAGCGUAAAGAUAAAAACAGCAUUCUUUGGACAAAGUUGAAUAAGACCCUUGUUCAGGACACCAAAUAUAAAACAGAGGGUCUUGAAGAAGGUCUUGAAUAUGAAUUCAGAGUUUCUGCUGAGAAUAUUGUGGGCAUUGGUAAGGUUAGCAAAACAUCUGAACUAUAUGUUGCCCGAGAUGCCUGUGAUCCACCUGGCCGUCCAGAUGCCAUUGUUAUCACUAGAAAUUAUAUAACGCUAAAAUGGAAGAAACCUGAAUAUGAUGGUGGCAGCAAAAUAACUGGCUAUAUUGUAGAAAAGAGAGAAUUGCCUGAAGGCCGUUGGAUGAAAGCCAGUUUUACAAAUGUUAUAGAAACUGAGUUUACAGUAACCGGCCUUGUGGAAGACCAAAGAUAUGAAUUUAGAGUAAUUGCAAGAAAUGCAGCUGGAAGCUUAAGUGAACCAUCUGAAAGCACAGGACCGAUUAUUGCUAGAGAUGAAAUUGAAGCACCAAGUGCAUCACUGGAUCCAAAAUACAAAGAUGUCAUUGUUGUUCAUGCAGGAGAAACAUUUGUUCUUGAAGCUGACAUCCAUGGCAAACCUGUUCCUGAUAUUAUAUGGUCAAAAGAUGGGAAAGACCUUGAAGAAGCAUCUGCAAGGAUGGAAAUUAAGUCUACUAUUGAACGAACAACCCUCACAGUCAAAGACUGCAUCAGAGUGGAUGGAGGCAACUAUACACUUAAACUGAGCAAUGUUGGUGGCACAAAGUCCAUACCAAUAACUGUAAAAGUACUGGACAGACCUGGACCUCCAGAAGGUCCUUUGAAGGUUACAGGUGUGACUGCAGAAAAAUGUUACUUGGCAUGGGGACCACCUUUACACGAUGGUGGCUCUAAUAUUUCUCAUUACAUCAUAGAAAAGAGAGAGACAAGCCGACUUUCAUGGACACAAGUGUCAUCUGAUGUGCAAGCCCUGAGCCACAAAGUAACUAAACUCCUCCCAGGCAAUGAGUACAUUUUCCGUGUAAUGGCUGUCAACAAAUAUGGAAUUGGUGAACCGCUGGAAUCUGAGGCUGUGUUGGCUUGUAAUCCAUACAAACCUCCAGGUCCUCCUUCAACACCUGAAGUUUCCGCAAUCACAAAAGAUUCUAUGGUUGUUACCUGGAGUCGCCCCACAGAUAAUGGUGGAGCUGAAAUUGAAGGCUACAUUUUAGAAAAGCGAGACAAAGAUGGUAUUCGAUGGACCAAGUGCAAUAAAAAGAGACUGACAGACUUACGAUACAGAGUAACUGGACUUACAGAUGGUCAUUUCUAUGAGUAUAGAGUUUCUGCUGAAAAUGCUGCUGGAGUUGGUGAACCUAGUGAGCCAUCUAUCUUUUACCGUGCAUGUGAUGCAGUAUAUCCACCAGGUCCCCCAAGCAACCCAAAGGUAACAGACACCUCCAGAUCAUCUGUGUCCCUUGCUUGGAACAAGCCUAUUUAUGAUGGUGGUGCUGCUGUGAAAGGAUACAUUGUGGAAAUGAAAGAAUCUACUGCAGAUGAAUGGACAACCUGCACACCACCAUCAGGAAUACAAGGAAAACAAUUCACUGUAACACAACUUAAAGAGAAUAAUGAGUACAACUUCCGUAUUUGUGCUAUUAACUCUGAAGGAGUUGGAGAACCAGCAACUAUAGCUGGUAGUGUGAUUGCUGCUGAGAAAAUUGAACCUCCUGAAAUAGAGCUAGAUGCAGAUCUCAGAAAAGUUGUCACUGUACGUGCCAGUGGUACACUGCGUUUGUUUGUCACUAUCAAAGGGAGGCCAGAGCCAGAAGUAAAAUGGGAAAAAGCAGAAGGCACUCUGAGUGACAGAGCUCAAAUUGAAGUCACCAGCUCAUAUACGAUGUUGGUCAUUGAUAAUGUAAACAGAUUUGACAGUGGAAAAUAUAAUCUGACUUUAGAAAACAACAGUGGCAAAAAAUCAGCUUUUGUUAAUGUGAGAGUGCUUGAUACACCAAGUGCACCCGUUAACUUAACCAUCAGAGAAGUGAAGAAAGAUUCUGUGACAUUAGCUUGGGAGCCACCACUUAUUGAUGGUGGAGCUAAAAUUACAAACUACGUUGUUGAAAAGCGAGAAACUACAAGAAAGGCCUAUGCCACUAUUACAAAUAACUGCACUAAGAAUGUCUUCAGAAUUGAACAGCUACAGGAAGGAUGCAGUUACUACUUCCGUGUCUUGGCUGCAAACGAAUAUGGAGUUGGCUUGCCAGUAGAAACAACUGAACCAGUUAAGGUUUCUGAACCACCUUACCCACCUGGAAAAGUAACUCUUGUUGAUGUCACACGCCAUACUGCUACAAUUAAAUGGGAGAAACCUGAAAGUGAUGGUGGCAGCAAGAUUAUUGGCUAUGUAGUGGAAAUGCAAACUAAAGGAAGUGAAAAAUGGAGCACCUGCACACAGGUUAAGACAUUAGAAGCAACAAUAUCGGGACUGAGCAUGGGAGAAGAAUACACUUUCAGAGUCCGUGCUGUUAAUGAAAAAGGAAAAAGUGAUCCAAGACAGCUUGGAGUUCCAGUAGUCGCAAAGGACAUUGAAAUCCAGCCUUCGGUUGAGCUCCUUUUCAAUACUUUUAGUGUUAAAGCUGGUGAUGAUCUUAAGAUUGAAGUGCCCAUCAGAGGAAGGCCAGUACCAUCAGUUAGCUGGAAAAAAGAUGGACUGCCUUUAAGAGAGACAACAAGAGUAAAUGUUCAAACAUCAAAAACAUCAACAAUACUAGUAGUCAAGGAAGCAUCAAGAGAAGAUGUAGGAAGUUAUGAAUUACACGUUUCAAACAGUGCUGGCUCUACAAUUGCUUCUAUCACUGUAAUUGUACUUGAUAGGCCAGGGCCACCAACUGCAUUACAUAUUGAUAAUGUUAGUGCUGAUAAUGUAACCAUAUCAUGGAAACCCCCAGAAUAUGAUGGUGGUUGUCAAAUUAAUAAUUAUAUCGUGGAGAAGAGAGAAACAACAACAACAACAUGGAGUGUUGUUUCUGGAGCAGUUGCACGAACAUCAAUUAAAGUUGUUCGCUUAACCACAGGAUCAGAAUAUCAAUUCCGUGUUUGUGCAGAGAAUCGUUAUGGCAAGAGUACAUAUGUUGAAACUACACCUGUUGUUGCAGAAUAUCCAUUUAAUCCUCCUGGACCUCCUGGUACUCCCCGAGUUGUACAUGCAACUAAAGCAUUUAUGGUUGUACACUGGCAGGAACCAGUUAAUGAUGGAGGCACAAAAAUACUUGGGUAUCACCUUGAACGUAAAGAAAGAAGCAGUAUUCUUUGGACUAAAGUAAAUAAAAGCCUUGUUACUGACACACAAAUGAAAGUAACAGGCCUUGAUGAAGGACUGAUGUAUGAAUAUCGUGUAUAUGCUGAAAACAUUGUAGGAAUAGGUAAAUGUAGCAAAUCAUGUGAGCCUGUAGCUGCAAGGGACCCGUGUGAUCCUCCUGGCCAGCCAGAAGUUACUAACAUUACAAGAACUUGUGUCUCGCUGUCAUGGACCAAACCAGAAUAUGAUGGAGGUGCAAAGAUCACAGGUUAUAUUAUUGAGCGGAAAGAACUACCAGAUGGUCGUUGGCUGAAAUGCAACUUCACCAAUAUACAGGAAACCUUCUUUGAUGUAACAGGGCUUACAGAAGACCAGAGAUAUGAAUUCCAUGUCAUUGCUAGGAAUGCUGCUGGAUUAUUUAGUGAGCCAUCAGAAUCAACUGGGCCAGUGACUGUAAAGGAUGAUGUUGAUGCUCCAAGAAUAAUGAUGGAUGUCAAAUUCAGGGAUGUUGUAGUUGUUAAAGCUGGAGAGAUCUUGAAAAUCAAUGCUGAUAUCGCAGGACGACCUUCACCAGUAGUUUCCUGGACAAAAGAUGGCAAAGAAAUUGAGGAAAAAGCAAGAGUCGAAAUUGUCUCAACAGAUCAUACUACUGCAAUAACUGUUAAAGACUGCAUUCGACGGGAUUCAGGACAAUAUGUGCUAACCUUGCAAAAUAUUGCAGGAACAAGAUCAUUAGCUGUCAAUUGUAAAGUGCUUGACAGACCUGGUCCACCAGCAGCCCCACUAGAAAUAACAGGACUUACUGCUGAGAAGUGUCAUCUAUCAUGGGGACCACCUCAAGAAAAUGGAGGUGCAGAGAUUGAUCAUUACAUUGUGGAAAAGCGAGAGACAAGUAGAAUUGCUUGGACCCUUUGUGAAGCAGAAUUUCCAGCAACAUCCUGCAAAGUCACAAAACUACUCAGAGGAAAUGAAUAUAUCUUCAGAGUGAUGGCUGUUAACAAAUAUGGUGUUGGUGAACCUUUGGAGAGUAAUGCUGUGAAAGCUCAAGAUCCUUUUACUGUUCCAAGCCCACCCACAUCUUUAGAGAUUACUAGUGUGACGAAGGACUCCAUGACCCUUUGUUGGGCAAGACCAGAAAGUGAUGGAGGCAAUGAAAUUUCUGGAUAUGUAAUUGAAAGGCGUGAGAAAAACAGCCUGCGUUGGAUUCGGGUAAACAAAAAACCAGUUUAUGACCUAAGGGUAAAAUCUUCAGGUCUGCGGGAAGGAUGUGAAUAUGAAUAUCGAGUGUAUGCAGAAAAUGCUGGUGGUCUUAGUCUUCCUAGUGAUGCAUCACCACUAGUUAAAGCAGAAGAUCCAGUUUUCCUGCCUUCACCUCCAUCUAGGCCCAAGAUUAUGGACUCUACAAGGUCAAAUAUAACAAUAGCAUGGACAAAACCAUUAUUUGAUGGAGGUGCUCCUGUUACUGGAUACACAGUUGAAUACAAAACAAUUAGUGAAACUGAUUGGUCAACUGCUAUUCAAAGCUUAAGAGGCACAGAAUUCACUGUAAUUGGCCUGACUUCAGGGACUGAAUAUGUUUUCAGAGUAAGGUCUAUCAACAAAGUUGGUGCUAGUGAUCCAAGUGAGGUAUCAGAACCUCAGGUGGCAAAGGAACGGGAAGAAGAACCUGCUUUUGAUAUUGACAAUGAAAUGAGAAAGACAUUAGUUGUGAAAGCAGGUGGAUCAUUUACAAUGACUGUACCUUUCAGAGGCAAACCUGUCCCUAAUGUACUGUGGAGUAAACCAGAUACUGAUCUCCGCACACAAGCAACUAUUGAUAGCUCAAAUAACUGCACCUCACUUACCGUUGAGAAAGCAACAAGAAAUGAUUCUGGGAAGUAUACUUUAACAUUACAAAAUAUUGUAGGCACAGCCACCCUGACUUUGGUUGUCAAAGUUCUUGACUCACCAGGACCUCCAUCUAAUAUUGUUGUAAAAGAUGUAACAAAAGGAUCAGCUGUUUUAUCUUGGGAAGCUCCUGAGAAUGAUGGUGGCGCUCCUGUGAAGAAAUACUAUAUUGAAAAACGAGAAGCUAGCAAGAAAGCUUGGGUUACGGUGACAAACAAUUGCCCUCGUCUUUCCUACAAAGUCACCCAUCUACAAGAAGGUGGAAUUUAUUACUUCAGAGUCUCCGGAGAAAAUGAGUUUGGUGUCGGAGUUCCCACUGAAACCAAGGAAGGAGUUAAAAUAACAGAAAAACCAAGCCCACCAGAAAAACUGGGAGUAUCAAGUGUUACUAAAGAUAGUGUAUCUCUUGUGUGGCUAAAGCCAGAACAUGACGGUGGAAGCAGAAUUGUAGGCUAUCUUGUUGAAGCUCUGGAGAAAGGGCAGCAAAAAUGGGUCAAAUGUGCAGUAGUCAAGACAACUCAUCAUGUUGUUCAUGGCCUCAAGGAAAAUAUGGACUACUUCUUCAGAGUAUUUGCUGAAAACCAGGCUGGUCUAAGUGACCCCAAAGAGCUCCUUCUUGCUGUUACUGUUAAAGAACAACUGGAAUCGCCGGAGGUUGACAUGAAAGGCUUCCCAAGCAACACAGUUUAUGUUAGAGCAGGUUCAAACUUAAAGGUUGAGAUCCCAGUUUCUGGAAAACCAUUGCCAAAAGUGACUUUAUCCAGAGAUGGCAUUCCAAUCAAGGCAACCAUGAGAUUUAACACAGAAACCACAGCCGAAAGUGUUAUCAUCAACCUUAAAGAAAGCGUGGCUGCUGAUGCUGGUAGAUAUGACAUCACAGCUGCCAACUCCAGUGGAACUACUAAGUCUUUUAUUAACAUCGUUGUCCUGGACAGACCAGGCCCUCCUGUUGGUCCUGUUGUUAUUAGUGAUGUCACUGAAGAAGGUGUUACUCUUAAAUGGGAACCACCACGUUAUGAUGGCGGAAGUCAAGUUACCAAUUAUAUUGUACUGAAAAGAGAAACAAGCACUGCUGUCUGGUCUGAAGUAUCUGCCACAGUUGCUAGAAAUAUUAUUAAGAUAAUGAAACUAACAACAGGAGAAGAGUACCAGUUCCGUAUCAAAGCAGAAAAUCGUUUUGGCAUAAGCGACCACAUUGACUCAGCAUGCAUACGUGUUCAGUUGCCAUACACAACUCCUGGACCACCGUCCACACCUUGGAUUACCAAUGUGACUCGAGAAAAUAUCACUGUUGGAUGGCAUGAGCCUGUUUCCAAUGGAGGCAGUGCAGUGAUUGGGUAUCAUCUCGAAAUGAAGGAUAGGAACAGCAUCUUAUGGAAGAAAGUGAACAAACUCCUCAUACGUACGACUCACUUCAAGGUGACCAACAUCUCCGCUGGACUUAUCUAUGAAUUCAGAGUUUAUGCAGAAAAUGCAGCUGGUAUUGGAAAAGCAAGCCAUCCAUCUGAUGCAGUUCUUGCUAUUGAUGCAUGCGAACCACCAAGAAAUGUCCGUGUCACAGAUAUUUCCAAAACAUUUGUCAGUCUUUCUUGGACAAAGCCAGCUUUUGAUGGUGGUAGCAAAAUUACUGGAUACAUCGUUGAGAAACGUGAUCUGCCAAACGGAAGGUGGACAAAGGCUAACUUCACCAAUGUCAUAGAGACUCAGUUUACUGUAUCAGGAUUAACUCAAAGCUCCCAAUAUGAAUUCCGUGUUUUUGCGAAGAAUGCUGCAGGUUCAAUUAGCAAUCCUUCGGAUGUUUUAGGUCCUAUUACAUGUGUGGAUACUUACGGUGCACCUGAAAUAGAUGUCCCACCAGAAUAUACGGAAAUGGUAAAAUACAAAGCUGGCACAUCAAUUAAGCUGAAACUUGGCAUCUCAGGAAAGCCUGUUCCUACAAUUGAAUGGUUCAGAAAUGGAAAAGAAAUACAAACCAGUGCCCAGGUGUCUAUCGAAAAUACAACAGAAUUUGCAUCCAUCCUGAUCAAAGAUGCGACUCGCCUCAACAGUGGAAGCUACGAACUGAAAUUAAAAAAUGCCAUGGGUUCUGCGACUGCCACUGUUAAAGUACAAAUACUUGAUAAGCCAGGACCUCCUGGUGGGCCUAUACAUUUCAAGACUGUCACUGCUGAAAAGAUUACCCUUCUGUGGGACCCACCAGCUGAUGAUGGUGGUGCCAACGUAACUCAUUACAUUGUUGAAAAACGUGAGACAAGUCGUGUGGUAUGGUCUAUGGUUUCAGAAAAACAAGAAGAAUGCAGCACCACUACCACAAAAAUCAUUAAAGGAAAUGAAUACAUCUUCCGCGUACGUGGGGUAAACAAGUUCGGGGUCGGUGAGCCACUGGAAUCUGAUUCUGUUAUAGCUAAAAAUGCAUUUGUUACACCUGGACCACCUGGUGUGCCAGAGGUCACCAUGAUAACUAAGCAUUCAAUGACCGUCGUCUGGAGCAGACCUACAGUAGAUGGUGGCAGUGAAGUUGGUGGCUAUUACCUUGAGAAGCGUGACAAGAAAAGCCUAGGCUGGUUCAAGGUCCUUAAAGAAACCAUCCGUGACACCAGACAGAAAGUAACAGGAUUAACAGAAAACAAUGAAUACCAAUACAGAGUUUCUGCCGUGAAUGCAGCUGGUCAAGGACCAUUCUCAGAAGCAUCAGAUUUCUACAAAGCAAUAGAUCCUAUUGACAAACCUGGGCCACCUGUUAAGCUGAAGGUUGUGGAUACGACCAAGACCUCUGUCACCCUUGGCUGGACUAAACCAGCUUAUGAUGGAGGCAGUGCAAUUACCAGCUAUGCAGUAGAAAAGAGAGAAGGAGAUGAGGAAGAAUGGAGUGUUGUCAGUGCAAGAGGAGAAGUGAGGACUACAGAGUAUGUCGUUUCUCAUCUUCAGCCAGGAAUCAACUACUACUUCCGUGUAGCUGCUAUAAAUUAUGCUGGACAAGGUGAACCUAUUGAGAUGACAGAACCUGUACAAGCUAAAGACAUACUUGAGGAGGCAGAGAUUGAUCUAGAUGUUGCUCUCAGAACUUCCAUUGUUGCUAAAGCAGGUGAAGAUGUACAAAUAAUGAUUCCAUUCAAAGGAAGACCUCCUCCAACUGUGACAUGGAGAAAGGAUGAAAAGAACCUUGCUGUUGAUGAUAGAUACACCAUUCAGAACACGGAAUCAUCCACACUGCUAAGCAUUCCUCAAGUCACUCGCAAUGAUACAGGAAAAUACAUACUCACAAUUGAAAACGGAGUUGGAAAACCAAAAUCUUCAUUUGUGAAUGUUAAAGUGCUCGACACUCCAUCUGCAUGCCUGAGACUGCAUCUUAAAAAUGUUUCUCGCGGAACUGUGACAUUGGUAUGGGAACCACCACUCAUCAAUGGUGGUUCUGAAGUAACCAAUUAUGUCAUUGAAAAAAGAGAUGCCACCAAGAGAGCUUGGUCUUCUGUUACAGCAAAAUGCUCCAAUACAUCGUUCAAGAUAAGUAACUUGUCAGAAAAGAUCCCAUAUUUCUUCCGUGUUCUUGCAGAAAAUGAAAAUGGAUUGGGUGAACCAUGUGAAACCGCAGAGCCAGUAAAAGCUGCUGAAGUUCCUGGACCUGUUCAGGACCUGUCCAUGAAAGACUCAACAAAGACUUCUGUCACUUUGCAGUGGACCAAACCUGAAUUUGAUGGUGGUAGCAUCAUAUCAGAGUAUGUAAUUGAAAAGAGACUAAAAGACGAAAGAGAAUGGUCAUAUGCUGGCGUAACUAAAGCAUGUGAAUUUGAAGCUGAUAAACUUAAGGAGCUUUCUGUUAUGGAGUUCAGAGUUUUUGCUAAGAAUGAAAAAGGGAAAAGUGAUGGUGUUAUAGUUGGACCUAUUACAGUGAAAGAUUAUGUAAUAACACCUGAAGCAGACCUUUCUGAUAUACCUGGAGGACAAGUAACAGUGAGAAUUGGUCACAAUGUACACAUUGAAUUGCCAUACAAGGGAAAGCCAAGACCCACUAUGAGCUGGCUGAAAGACAACAUGCCUCUUAAAGAAAGUGAACUGAUCCGCUUCAAGAAAACUGAAAACAAAAUAAGUUUAAGCAUUAAGAACGUGAAAAAAGAAAAUGGCGGCAAGUACACCUUAAUCCUUGACAAUGCUGUGCACAGAAAAUCAUUCCCAAUUACAGUGAUAACACUUGGCCCUCCAUCUAAGCCAAAAGGACCUAUAAAACUAGAUGAAAUCAAGGCAGAUAGUGUGGUACUUUCAUGGGGUGCUCCAGAAGACAAUGGAGGAGGAGAAAUUACCGGCUACAGUGUUGAGAAGCGGGAAACUUCACAAACCAAUUGGAAAAUGGUGUGUUCUAGUGCAACAAGAACCACCUUUAAAGUUCCUAACCUCGUUAAAGACACUGAGUAUCAGUUCAGAAUCCGUGCAGAAAACAGAUAUGGAGUAAGCCCCCCACUUUCCUCCCUAGAGGUUGUAGCAAGGCACCAGUUUAAACCACCAGGUUCACCAGGGAAGCCUGUUGUUUACAAUAUUACAGCUGAUGGAAUGACCAUAUCUUGGGAUGCUCCAGUUUAUGAUGGUGGUGCAGAAAUUACUGGCUACCAUGUUGAAAAGAAAGAAAGAAACAGCAUCCUGUGGCAGAAAGUGAAUACUUCACCAAUAUCUAACAGAGAAUACAGAAUUACUGGAUUGUUGGAAGGACUGGACUACCAGUUCCGUGUAUAUGCUGAAAAUUCUGCUGGGAUGAGUUCUGCCAGUGAUCCAAGUAAAUUUACCUUGGCAGUGUCUCCUGUAGAUCCACCUGGCACACCUGAUUACAUUGAUGUGACUAGGGAAACUAUUACUCUGAAGUGGACUGCACCACUUCGUGAUGGAGGCAGCAAGAUCGUAGGCUACAGUAUUGAGAAGCGUCAAGGAACUGCUGACCGCUGGCUUAGAUGCAACUUUACUGAUGUCAGUGAAUGCCAAUAUACAGUGACAGGACUUAGCCCUGGUGACCGAUAUGAAUUCAGAAUACUUGCAAGAAAUGCUGUAGGAACCAUCAGUCCUCCUUCCCAAUCUUCAGGCUAUAUUAUGACCAGAGAUGAAGCUGUUGCACCAGCAAUUGAAUUUGGUGCUGAGCAUUUUGAAGGCCUUACUGUGAAAGCUGGAGAAAGCAUCAGACUUAAAGUACUCAUCACAGGCCGUCCAGUUCCUCAGGUGACCUGGCUGAAAGAUGGAAAAGAAAUCGACAAGAGGUUGAAUAUGGAAAUAACCAGUGCCAUUGGCUAUAGCACUGUCUUUGUGAGAGAUGCUUCUCGGGACCACCGUGGAGUAUAUAAGGUAGAAGCCAAGAAUUCAUCAGGCGUCAAACAUGCAGAGAUAACUGUAAGAGUUCAAGACACUCCAGGAAAAGUUGGCGGGCCAAUCAGAUUCACCAAUAUAACCGAAGAGAAGGCAACAUUAUGGUGGGAGCCUCCAGCUAAUGAUGGCUGUGCAGCCAUUACUCAUUAUGUGAUUGAAAAACGUGAAACCAGCAGGGUAUCCUGGGCGCUGAUUGAAGAUCACUGUGAAGCGUGCAGUUAUGCCGCAGUUAAAUUAAUAAAAGGCAACGAAUACCAGUUCCGUGUCUCUGCAGUCAACAAAUUUGGUGUCGGAAGGCCACUGGAAUCUGACCCAUUCGUAGCACAAGCACAAUACACUGUUCCUGACGCACCUGGCACUCCAGAACCCAGCAAUGUAACAGGAAACAGCAUCACACUGACAUGGGCAAGGCCUAAGUCAGAUGGUGGAAGUGACAUUAACCAGUAUAUUUUGGAGAGAAGAGAAAAGAAGAGCAUUCGCUGGGUUAAGGUGAUCAGCAAGAGGCCCAUUGCUGAGACAAGGUUCAGAGUCACUGGCUUAACAGAAGGCAAUGAAUAUGAGUUCCACGUUAUAGCAGAAAACAAUGCUGGAGUGGGGCCUCCAAGUGAUGUCUCUAGGCUGAUAAAAUGCAGAGAACCAGUCAAUCCUCCAAGUGCUCCUACCGUUGUCAAAGUGACAGACACAUCCAAAUCAAGCAUCAGCUUAGAAUGGACCAAGCCAGUUUUUGAUGGAGGCAUGGAAAUCAUUGGCUACAUCAUUGAAAUGUGCAAGGCUGAUUUGGGAGAGUGGCAUAAAGUCAAUGCGGAAGCUUGCAUUGCUACCAAGUAUACUGUGACUGAACUGGAAGCUGGCGAGCAUUACAAAUUCCGAGUCUGUGCUGUAAAUGGUGCAGGCAAAGGAGAAAGCUGUGAAGUUCCAGCCUCCAUACAGGCAGUUGACAGGCUCUGUUCACCAGAGCUUGAUAUUGAUGCUUCCUUCAAGCAGACUCACAUUAUCAGGGCAGGUGCAACCAUCCGUCUGUUCAUUGCCUUCAAGGGCAGGCCAGUUCCGACAGCCAUAUGGACCAAAGCAGAUUCUGAUCUUAGUCUGCGUGCAGACAUUCAUACUACAGACUCUUUCAGUACAUUAACUGUAGAGGACUGCAACAGAGCUGAUGCUGGCAAGUAUGUGUUUACAGUCCAAAACAACAGUGGUAGCAAAUCUAUCACUUUCACUGUCAAGGUGCUAGACACUCCUGGGCCACCAGGUCCUAUUACGUUUAAAGAUGUUACCAGAGGCUCUAUCACUUUAAUGUGGGAUGCUCCUGUUCUGGAUGGAGGCGCACGUAUCCAUCACUAUGUUGUGGAGAAGCGAGAAGCAAGCCGCCGUAGCUGGCAGGUUGUGAGUGAAAAAUGUACCCGUCAAAUCUACAGGGUCACUGGUCUUGCAGAAGGUGUGCCCUAUUAUUACCGUGUUUCAGCAGAAAAUGAAUACGGAGUGGGUGAACCAUGUGAACUAGCAGAGCCAGUUGUAGCAACUGAAGAACCUGCUCCACCCAAGAGAUUAGAUAUUGUUGAUACUAGCAGGUCAUCUGUAGAUCUAGCUUGGCUUAAACCUGAUCAUGAUGGUGGCAGUCGUAUCACUGGAUACCUCAUAGAGAUGAGACAAAAGGGAUCUGACUUUUGGGUUGAAGCUGGUCAGACAAAGCAGCUUACUUUCACUGUUGAAGGUCUCAUAGAGAACAAUGAAUAUGAGUUCCGGGUCAAAGCAAAGAACGAUGCUGGCUACAGCCAACCAAGAGAUGCGUUUUCUUCUGUCAUUGUUAAAGAGCCACAGAUUGAGCCGACUGCAGAUCUCAGUGGAAUUACCAGGCAACUUAUAACCUGCAAAACGGGAAGUACCUUUACUAUUGAUAUACCAAUUAGUGGACGUCCUGCUCCAAAAGUCACAUGGAAGCUGGAAGAAAUGAGACUUAAGGAAACAGAUAGAGUAACUAUCAAGACGACAAAAGAUAGAACCACACUGAUUGUCAAGGAAAGCAUGAGAGGUGACUCUGGUAAAUACUAUUUGACUUUGGAGAACACAGCUGGAGUGAAAACAUUCACUGUCACUGUAGUUGUUAUUGGAAGACCAGGUCCAGUUACACGACCCAUCGAAAUAUCAUCUGUGACUGCGGAAUCUUGUAUUCUGUCCUGGAAGGAGCCUGAAGAUGAUGGCGGCUCUGACAUUACCAACUACAUUGUUGAAAAACGUGAAUCUGGUUCAACGGCAUGGCAGCUGGUAAAUUCAAGUGUCAAACGUACACAAAUCAAAGUAACUCAUCUCACUAAAUACAUGGAAUACAGUUUCCGUGUCAGCUCUGAAAACAGAUUUGGUGUCAGCAAGCCAGUAGAAUCUGUACCAGUGGUGGCUGAGCAUCCGUUUGUACCCCCAAGUGCACCCACUAGGCCUGAGGUAUAUUAUGUUUCUGCCAAUGCCAUGAGCAUUCGUUGGGAAGAACCUUAUCAUGAUGGUGGCAGCAAAGUUGUUGGAUACUGGAUUGAAAAGAAAGAACGCAACACAAUCCUUUGGGUGAAGGAAAACAAAAUUCCUUGUUUUGAAUGUGACUACAAAGUUACAGGGCUCGUGGAAGGCCUUGAGUAUCAGUUCAGAGUAUAUGCACUGAAUGCUGCUGGGCUGAGCAAAGCGAGUGAGGCUUCCAGGCCAGUCAUGGCUCAAAACCCAGUUGAUCCACCAGGCAGACCAGAAGUAACAGACGUCACAAGGUCUUCAGUGUCAUUAAGUUGGACACCUCCACUUUACGAUGGUGGAAGCAAAGUUGUUGGCUACAUUGUAGAACGCAAGCCAUAUAAUGAAGCUGGAGACGGACGCUGGCUGAAAUGCAACUACACUAUCGUCUCUGAAACCUUCUUUACUGUGACAGCGCUCAGUGAAGGAGAGGAAUAUGAAUUCCGUGUUUUGGCAAAGAACGCUGCUGGCGUGAUUAGCAAAGGCUCUGAAUCUACUGGCCCUGUUGCCUGUAAAGAUGAAUAUUCACCACCUAAAGCUGAGCUGGGUGCCAAAUUGCAGGUAGAUCUCGUAACGAUUAGGGCUGGAUCUGAUCUUGUUCUCGAGGCAUCCAUUGGUGGAAAACCAGAACCAAAAGUCUUUUGGUCUAAAGGCGACAAAGAACUGGACCCCAGUGAAAAGGUCUCUUUACAAUACACGAGCAAGCAUGCUGUUGCAGUCAUCAAGUUCUGUGAUAGAGGUGACACUGGAAAAUACACUUUGACUGUUAAAAAUGCCAGUGGAACGAAACAAGUUGCUGUCCUUGUCAAAGUGCUUGAUUCACCUGGCUCAUGUGCUGGCAAGCUCAUGAUUAGCAGAGUGACAGAAGAGAAGUGUACCCUGGCUUGGAAUAUGCCUCAAGAAGAUGGAGGAGCAGAAAUCACCCACUACAUUGUAGAGAGACGUGAGACCAGCAGGCUGAACUGGGUGAUCGUUGAAGCUGAGUGUCAGACAAUGUCAUGCGUGGUAACCAGGCUUAUUAAAAAUAAUGAGUACAUAUUCCGUGUAAGAGCUGUCAACAAGUAUGGACCAGGCCUUUCACUUGAAUCAGAGCCCAUUAUUGCAAGAAAUACAUUCACUAUUCCAUCAGCACCUGGUGUUCCUGAAGCAGUCGGUGUCGGCAAAGAACAUAUCAUCAUUCAGUGGCUGAAACCAGAGUCAGAUGGGGGUAAUGAAAUUAGCACCUAUCUUGUAGACAAGCGUGAAAAGAGAAGUUUACGCUGGACGCGGGUCAACAAAAACUACGUUAUUUAUGAUACAAGACUGAAAGUUACAGGCCUAAUGGAAGGCAGUGAAUACCAGUUCCGAGUCACUGCUGUCAAUGCUGCUGGUAACAGUGAACCUAGUGAUGCUUCCGCAAAUAUUUUGUGCAAAGAACCAUCAUACACUCCAGCAGCACCUUCGGCUCCCAGAGUUGUGGACACUACAAAGACCAGCAUAAGCUUGGCUUGGACGAAGCCCACGUACGAUGGUGGUGUUGACAUAUUAGGCUAUAUCCUUGAAAUGAAAGAAGAAAGUACCGAACAAUGGUACAGGGCACAUACUCAGGCUACCAUAAGGAAUUCUGAAUACACUGUGACUGGUCUUAAAACAAGCCAGAAAUACCGCUUUAGAGUGGCUGCUACCAACGUAAAUGGUUUGAGUGAAUACAGCGAGUCUUCUGCUGAAAUAGAGCCUGUGGAAAGGAUAGAAAAACCAGAUCUUGAACUUGCUGAGGAUCUAAAGAAGACUGUGAUCGUCAGGGCAGGGGGCUCUUUACGUUUAAUGGUGUCAGUGACUGGCAGACCACCCCCCAUAAUCACAUGGAGUAAGCAGGGUGUUGACCUGGCAAGUCGUGGCAUUAUUGAUACCACAGACGCCUACACACUGUUAGUUGUGGAUAAAGUUAACCGGUAUGAUGCUGGGAAAUACAUCAUUGAGGCCGAAAAUCAAUCAGGAAAGAAAUCUGCAACAGUUCUCGUCAAAGUGUAUGAUACUCCUGGCCCAUCAGGAGCAGUGAGAGUCAAAGAGGUUUCCAAAGAUUCUGCUACCAUUACUUGGGAAAUCCCUACCAUUGAUGGUGGUGCACCUGUCUCCAACUACAUAAUUGAGAAGCGUGAGGCUGCUAUGAGAGCAUACAAGACAGUAACUACUAAAUGCAGCAAAACCUUUUACAGAAUUUCUGGACUCAUCGAAGGAGCUCUUUACUAUUUCAGAGUGCUGCCAGAAAACAUCUAUGGUAUUGGUGAACCCUGUGAGACCUUGGACGCUGUUCUCGUGUCAGAGGUUCCAGGUGUGCCUCAGAAACUGGAAGUAGUCGAUAUUACUAAAUCUACCGUAUCGCUUGCAUGGGAAAAACCACUGCACGAUGGUGGCAGCAGAUUAAAUGGCUACGUCAUUGAGGCCUGCAAAGCUGGAACAGAAAGAUGGAUGAAGGUCGUAACGCUGAAGCCUAAUGUUUUGGAGCACACUAUAAUUUCAUUAAACGAAGGUGAACAGUACCUGUUUAGAGUCAGAGCACAGAAUCCAAAGGGUGUAUCUGAACCAAGAGAGAUAGUCACAGCAGUGACAGUACAAGAACUAAAAGUUCUCCCUGCAAUUGAUCUUGCUGGAAUACCUCAAAAGACCAUUCAUGUACCAGCAGGCAGACCUAUCGAGUUAGCAAUUCCAAUUUCUGGGCGACCACCUCCAGCUGUUUCUUGGUUCUUUGCCGGUUCAAAACUAAGAGAAUCAGACCGUGUCAAAGUUGAAACAGUGGCUAAAGUAGCUAAAUUAACAAUACGUGAAACUACAAUACAUGAUACAGGAGACUAUACACUGGAACUGAAGAACACAACUGGAACAGCACUUGAGAAAAUAAAAGUCAUUAUUCUUGACAAACCUGGACCACCAACUGGACCGAUUAAAAUUGAAGAUAUUGAUUCAACUUUCGUAACCAUCUCCUGGGAACCACCAGAAAUGGAUGGUGGUGCAGUAUUAAGUGGAUAUGUGGUAGAGCAACGUGAUGCUCACCGUCCAGGAUGGCUGCCAGUUUCUGAAUCUGUAACUCGGACAACAUUUAAAUUCACUAAACUUACUGAGGGUACUGAAUAUGUGUUCCGUGUGGCUGCCACAAACCGGUUUGGAAUUGGAUCAUACUUACAGUCUGAAAUUAUAGAAUGCAAGAGCAGAAUCAGUAUUCCUGGACCACCUGGUACCCCAGAAAUGUUUGAUAUUUCCCGUGAUGGAAUGACACUUACUUGGUAUCCACCAGAAGAAGAUGGUGGUUCACAAAUCACUGGCUACAUUGUGGAACGUAAAGAAGUUAGAGCAGACAGAUGGAUCCGCGUAAAUAAAGUUCCAGUGACUAUGGCACGCUAUCGUUCUACUGGAUUGGUUGAAGGGCUGGAAUACGAACACCGUGUCACAGCAAUCAAUGCCAGGGGUACUGGCAAACCAAGCCGACCUUCUAAGCCUGCAGUUGCUAUGGAUCCAAUUGCUCCUCCAGGCAAACCUCAGAAUCCAAGAGUUACAGACACCACAAGAACAUCUAUUUCACUAGCUUGGAGUCCACCAGAAGAUGAAGGUGGAUCUAAAGUCACUGGCUAUUUGAUUGAAAUGCAAAAGGUUGAUCAGUUUGAAUGGACCAAAUGCAAUACCACUCCUACUAAAAUCCGUGAAUACACUCUAACACAUCUUCCACAAGGUGCAGAAUAUAGAUUCCGUGUAUUAGCCUGUAAUGCUGGAGGCCCUGGUGAACCAGCUGAGGUGCCAGGAACAGCCAAAGUUACUGAAAUGCUCGAAUAUCCUGAUUAUGAACUUGAUGAAAAAUACCUGGAAGGUGUAUUUGUAAGACAAGGUGGAGUAAUUAAGCUGACCGUGCCAAUUAAAGGUAAACCCAUUCCAAUAUGUAAGUGGACUAAAGAAGGACAUGAUGUCACCAAGAGGGCCAUGAUUGCCACUUCUGAAGCAGACACUGAACUUGUGAUUAAAGAUGCUGAAAGAGAAGACUCUGGUACCUAUGAUCUGACACUCGAAAACAAAUGUGGCAAGAAGGCGGUCUACAUCAAAGUCAGGGUAAUUGGCAUUCCAAACCCACCAGAAGGGCCGCUUGAGUAUGAUGACAUACAAGCCCGUUCUGUUAGAGUCAGCUGGAAAUCACCAACAGACGAUGGUGGUGCAGAUAUACUAGGGUAUAUUGUUGAAAGGCGAGAAGUACCUAAGACUGCCUGGUACACUGUUGAUUCCAGAGUAAGAGGUACAUCAUUAGUAGUCAAAGGACUCAAAGAAAAUGUGGAAUAUCACUUCCGUGUUUCUGCUGAAAACCAGUUUGGAAUAAGCAAAUCCUUGAAAUCUGAAGAGCCAGUUGUGCCAAAGACACCUUUGAAUCCUCCAGAGCCAUCAAGUUACCCACCAGAAAUAAUUGAUGUCACAAAGAGUUCUGUUAGCAUAAGUUGGUCCAGACCUAGAGAUGAUGGUGGCUCUCGUGUUACUGGCUACUACAUUGAACGCAGAGAAACAUCUACUGAGAAAUGGGUCAGGCAUAACAAGACUCACAUCACAACUACAAUGUAUACACUCACAGGGCUUGUUCCAGAUGCUGAAUAUCAGUUCCGGGUAAUAGCCCAAAACGACAUUGGUGAAAGCGAACCAGGUCCUGCUUCUGAGCCCGUUGUAUGCAAGGAUCCAUUUGACAAACCAAGUCAGCCUGGAGAAAUUGAGAUCACAUCUGUAUCUAAGGACAGCAUUACUCUAGAAUGGGAACGUCCAGAAUGCGAUGGUGGUAAAGAGAUCAUUGGAUACUGGGUUGAAUAUCGCCAGACUGGAGAAAGCAUGUGGAAGAAGUGCAAUAAAGAACGUAUCAAAGAUAGGCAAUUUACAAUGGGUGGCUUGCUGGAGUCUACAGAAUAUGAAUUCAGAGUUUUUGCAGAAAAUCAGACUGGAAUCAGCAGACCUCGUAGAACAGCUAUGGCAGUAAAGACUAAAUUAACAUCUGGAGAAGCCCCAGGAAUAAGACAGGAAAUGAAAGAUGUCACUACCCAUCUGGGCGAACCAGGUCAGCUGUCAUGCCAGAUUGUUGGGAGACCUCUUCCUGAUAUUAAAUGGUAUCGCUUUGGCAAAGAACUGGUACAAAGCCGGAAGUACAAGACGUCGUCCGAUGGACGCACCCAUACAUUGACAGUCCUCACAGAAGAGCAGGAAGAUGAAGGGCUUUAUACUUGCAAGGCCAUCAAUGAAGUUGGAGAGAUUGAAACGAGUGGCAAGCUCCUCUUGCAAGCUCCUCCCCAGUUCCAUCCUGGCUUCCCAUUAAAAGAGAAAUACUAUGCAGGUGUGGGUUCAUCUCUUCGUCUCCAUGUUGUCUACAUUGGUCGCCCAGUGCCUGCUAUCACCUGGUUCCAUGGCAAGAAACUUUUGAAGAGUGGAGAGGAUAUUACUAUUGAGAACACAGAGCAUUACACCCAUCUGGUCAUUAGAAACGUACAGCAUAAAACCCACGCAGGAAAGUAUAAAGUGCAACUCAGUAACAUAUAUGGAACAGUUGACACUGUACUCAAUGUGGAAAUACAAGACAAGCCAGAUAGUCCAACAGGGCCAAUUGUUGUGGAAGCUUUGCUGAAGAACUCUGCGGUAAUCAGUUGGAAGCCGCCAGAAGAUGAUGGAGGUGCCUUUAUAACAAAUUAUAUUGUGGAGAAACGUGAGGCAAAGGAAGGCACAGAGUGGCAGCUGGUAUCUUCAAGCAUUUCUGGCACAACCUGCAGAAUUGUUAACCUGACUGAAAAUGCUGGUUAUUAUUUCCGUGUCUUUGCUCAGAAUACAUAUGGCAUUAGUGAACCACUGGAGGUUCCUUCUGUAGUUGUUAUCAAGACGCCUUUUGAAAAACCAGGCCAACCAAGUCAACCAAUAGUAUCUGCUGUGACAAAGGAUUCCUGUGUUGUAUCUUGGAAGCCACCUGCUAGCGAUGGAGGAUCCAAGAUCAGAAAUUACUACCUAGAGAAGCGUGAAAAGAAGCAAAACAAAUGGAUUGCUGUAACAACAGAUGAAAUCCGUGAAACCGUAUAUUCAGUAACAGGUCUUAUUGAAGACCUUGAAUACGAGUUCCGUGUUAAAUGCGAAAAUCUGGGUGGUGAGAGUGAAUGGAGUGAAGUUUCACAACCAAUCAUUCCAAAAUCUGAUGUACCAAUUCAGGCACCACACUUCAAGGAAGAAAUAAGGAACCUGAAUGUGAAAUUUAGAGGCCAUGCUACAUUUGUCUGCAAAAUCACUGGUCAUCCUAAGCCUAUCGUGAAAUGGUUCAGGCAGGGGAAAGAGAUUUUGCCCGAUGGUGAGAAGGUCAAGAUACAAGAGUUCAAGGGUGGAUAUCACCAGCUGGUCAUUUCAAAUGUAACUGAUGAUGAUGCCACUGUGUACCAAGUGAGAGCAACCAAUCAGGGAGGCUCCGUCUCUGGAACUGCCUCAUUGGAUGUUGAAGUUCCUGCUAGCAUCCACUUGCCUAAAAAUCUUGAAGGCAUGGGAGCUGUUCAUGCUCUCCGAGGAGAAGUAGUGAGCAUCAAAAUUCCAUUCAGUGGCAAGCCAGACCCUGUGAUAACAUGGCAAAAAGGACAAGAUCUCAUUGAUACUAAUGGACAUUACCAAGUUAUUGUAACAAGGUCAUUCACAUCUCUUGUGUUCCCUAAUGGUGUGGACAGAAAAGAUGCCGGUUUCUACAUUGUCUGUGCUAAAAACAGAUUUGGCAUUGAUCAGAAAACUGUUGAAUUAGAUGUUGCUGAUGUACCGGAUGCACCAAGAGGAUUGAAAGCAAGUGAAGUUUCAAGGGACUCUGCCAACUUAACUUGGAAUGCUCCAGCUAAUGAUGGCGGAAGUAGAGUCACACACUAUACCGUUGAGAAACGAGCUACCACAUCUGAGAGAUGGAUCCGUGUUGGUCAGGCUCGUGAUACACGGUAUACUGUGGUAAACCUAUUUGGUAAGACAAGCUACGUAUUCCGUGUUAUAGCAGAAAAUAAAUUUGGACAAAGCCAGCCUUCUGAACCUACAGAGCCUGUUGUAACAAAGGAAGAUAAGACAAGAACAGUAAAUUAUGAUGAAGAAGUUGAUGAGGCCAGAGAAAUCAUCACUACAAAAGCAAAUCACUCUUCUACAAAGGAACUCUAUGAUAGAUAUAUGAUUGCUGAAGAACUUGGGCGUGGACAAUUUGGAAUUGCCCACCGGUGUGUUGAAACAGUUUCUAAGAAAACCUAUCUGGCCAAGUUUGUCAAAGUAAAAGGAGCAGAUCAAGUCCUAGUAAAGAAAGAAAUUUCCAUCCUUAACAUUGCUAGGCACAGAAAUGUCUUAUAUCUUCACGAAUCAUUUGAAAGCCUUGAAGAAUUGGUCAUGAUCUCAGAGUUCAUAUCUGGAGUUGACAUUUUUGAAAGGCUAAAUACUCCUGCCUUUGAACUUAAUGAAAGAGAAAUUGUAAGUUACGUACGUCAAAUCUGUGAAGCUCUUGAAUUCAUACAUAGUCGUAGCAUUGGGCACUUCGAUAUCAGGCCAGAGAACAUUAUUUACUUCACAAGAAGAAGUUCUGUAGUUAAAAUAAUUGAAUUUGGCCAGGCUAGGGAACUAAAACCUGGUGAUAAUUUUAGACUCCAGUUUACUUCUCCUGAGUAUUAUGGACCUGAAGUCCAUCAACAUGAUUUGGUCAAUACAGCCACUGACAUGUGGUCACUUGGAACUCUAGUGUAUGUGCUUCUAAGUGGCCUGAAUCCUUUCAUUGCUGAAACAAACCAACAGACAAUAGAUAACAUAAUCAAUGCUGAAUACAACUUUGAUGAAGAAGCAUUCAAAGAUAUAAGCAUUGAGGCCUUGGAUUUUGUUGACCGCCUCCUGGUAAAAGAAAGGAAAGCACGCAUGACCGCUGCCGAAGCACUGGAACACACAUGGCUGAAGCAGAGGACAGAGAAAACAAGCACUAAAGUAAUCAAAACAUUAAGACACAGACGUUAUUACCAAACUUUGGUGAAGAAGGAAUGGAACACAGUUGUGUCGGUAGCCCGCGUUGCAUGGGGUGGUGCAAUCAGAUCUCAGAGAGGUGUCACAGUUGCCAAAGUUAAAGUGGCAUCAAUUGAAAUUGGACCCAUUUCUGGGCAAAUAAUGCAUGCUGCUGGAGAAGAAGGAGGGCAUGUAAAAUAUGUCUGCAAGAUUGAAAACUAUGAUUCAGCAACUGAAGUGACUUGGUACUUUGGAGUAAGGCAGCUGGAGAACAGUGAAAAAUAUGAAAUUAGCUACCAUGAAGGAGUGGCCACAAUAUAUGUCAAAGAUAUUGCUAAAUCAGAUGAUGGUACCUACAGGUGCAAAGUAGUCAACGAUUAUGGUGAAGACAGUUCCUAUGCAGAACUAUUUGUUAAGGGUGUAAGAGAGGUUUCUGACUAUUACAGACGCAGAACUGUCAAGAGAGUGAAGCGCCGAGUAGAUACAAUGAGACUUUUGGAGAAGCCACCAGAAUUUACUCUACCUCUAUACAACCGUACUGCCUACGUUGGUGAAAAUAUCAGGUUUGGAGUGACCAUAACAGUCCACCCAGAACCUCGUGUGACAUGGUUCAAAUCAGGUCAGAAGAUCAAGCCAGGCGAUGAUGACAGGAAGUACACCUUUGAAACUGAUAAAGGUCUUUAUCAGCUUCUCAUUCACAAUGUGACUGAGGACGACUCUGCUGAAUACACUGUGCUGGCCCGCAACAAGUAUGGUGAGGACAGCUGCAAAGCCAAGUUAACCGUGGUUCAGCAUGCACCUGCAGAGGAUACCACCUUGAGGCCUAUGUUCAAAAGACUAUUGGCAAAUGCAGAAUGCCAAGAAGGCCAUAGUAUCUGCUUUGAGAUAAGAGUAUCAGGUAUACCAAAACCGACAUUAAAAUGGGAAAAGGAUGGUCAGCCUCUGUCAGUUAGUCCAAAUAUUGAAAUUGUACAUGAAGGAUUAGACUACUAUGCUUUGCACAUCAGGGAUACUUUACCAGAAGACAGUGGUUAUUACAGAGUUACAGCUACAAACAGUGCCGGAUCCACAAGCUGCCAGGCUUACUUGAAAGUAGAGCGCUCGAGAUAUGUCAAGCGUGAGUACAAGUCUGAAGAAGAACGGCAAAAGCAGGUACAAAAGCGAAUCGACAAGACAGUAAGAAUGGCAGAAAUCCUUUCUGGAACAGAAGUCAUUCCACUGACACAAGUAGCACAGGAAGCUCUAAGGCAAGCUGCUAUCAUGUAUAAACCAGCAGUAAGCACAAAAACAGUGAAAGGUGAAUUUGAAAUUCAAGAGGAAAAAGUGAAAGAAGAAAAGAGACUCCGGAUGCCUUAUGAGAUUCCAGAACCACGCAGGCGUGUGCAUGCUUUCGAAGAAGAUCAGAACAUCAAACAAUUUGUGCCUAUGUCAGACAUGAAGUGGUACAAGAAGUUAAGAGACCAGUAUGAAAUGCCAGGAAAAAUUGACAAAAUUGUUCAGAAGCGACAAAAGCGCAUUCGCCUUUCCAGGUGGGAGCAGUUCUAUGUCAUGCCACUGCCACGCAUUUCUGAUCAGUAUAAACCUAAGUGGCGUAUACCCAAACUAUCACAAGAUGAUCUUGAGACGGUGAGACCAGCACGCCGGCGCACACCUUCUCCCGAAUACGAGUUUUACUACAGACCUAGAAGGCGAUCACUUGGGGACUUGUCGGAUGACGAAUUACUUCUACCCGUUGAUGACUAUUUAGCCAUGAAAAGGACUGAAGAAGAGAGACUGCGACUUGAAGAAGAGCUGGAGUUAGGCUUUUCUGCCUCACCUCCGAGCAGAAGCCCCCCACGUUUUGAACUGUCCUCUCUUCAUUACUCUGCAGCAGAUGCACAACUCACUGCAGAAGAAUCUAGACAAAGAGACCUGAGAUACGCAACCUACCAUAUACCAUCCAAAGAAGAAACUGGCGCUACUUAUGCUGAACUCAGACAACGACAUGAUAGAGCUAUUUAUAAACCAUCAAAACAGAGACAGAGAAUAAUGGCUGAAAAAGAGGACGAACAGCUGUUGCGUCCAGUUACCACAAGCCAGAGAAUCUCUGAGUACAGGAGUGAGCUUGAGUAUAUGUCAGAAGAGGAAAAGAGACGAAUGAGAAGACGACGAGAGAGAGAAAUAACUGAAAUCACAUCAAAGGAGGAAGAAGAAGAAAUAGAAGUGGUAAGACAUGUCCCUAGGGAAUUUUCACCUCCCUCCCGAUUACUAGGAAGAAGACGAUCCCUUUCUCCAACUUACAUUGAACUAAUGCGUCCAGUGUCUGAAUUAAUUAGACCCCGCUCACGCCCUGUGGAGGAAACUGAGAGAAGAUCUCCUACGCCUGAGAGAACUCGGCCACGCUCACCUAGUCCAGUGUCCAGUGACAGAUCUCUCUCUAGGUUUGAAAGGUCAGCAAGAUUUGAUAUAUUUUCUAGAUAUGAGUCCAUGAAAGCUGCUUUGAAAACUCAAAAAAUCAUGGAAAGGAAACAUGAAGUUCUGACUCAAGAGCCUUUCACUCUGGAUCAUGCCCCACGGGUCACUCUGAGAAUGCGCUCACAUCGUGUACCAUGUGGAACCAAUACCAGAUUUAUUCUGAAUGUACAGUCCAAACCAACUGCUGAAGUGAAAUGGUAUCAUAACGGUGUUGAAAUCCAAGAAAGCCAUAAGAUACAUUUUACUAAUACCAGUGGUGUAUUAACCUUGGAGAUCCUUGAUUGCCAUAUCGAUGAUAGUGGUACAUACCGUGUAGUGUGCACAAACUAUAAGGGAGAAUGUUCUGACUAUGCUACACUAGAUGUUUCAGGAGGAGAUUACACUACUUAUACCUCUCAACGCAGAGAUGAGGAAGUACCCAGAUCCAUUGUUCCUCAAUUGACAAGGACUGAGGCAUACGCAUUUGCUUCAUUUAAGAAAACCUCUGCAGUAGAAGCAAGUUCAUCUGUAAGAGAAGUCAAGUCAGAACUUUCAGCAACACGAGAGUCACUAUCAUCAUAUGAACAUUAUGCUUCUGCUGAAAAGAAAGUCAGCGCCUCAGAGGAAAAAUCACUGGAAGAAAGAGCCGUACACCGGAAAUUUAAAACUACUCUGCCGGCAACAAUAUUAACAAAACCACGAUCAAUCACUGUUUCUGAAGGAGAAACAGCAAGAUUUUCUUGUGACGUUGAUGGUGAGCCAACACCAACAGUGACAUGGAUACGUGCGGGUCAAGCCAUAGUUUCUUCUGGACGUUACCAAGUCACACGCACGCAAUAUAAAUCUACCUUUGAGAUUUCAUCUGUCCAGACCUCAGAUGAUGGAAGCUACACUGUGGUAGUAGAAAAUUCUGAAGGGAGACAAGAAGCCCACUUUACUUUGACGGUUCAAAAGAAGAAAGUUCCAGAAAAAGCAGUUACAUCAGCAGCAAGGGUCAAGUCUCCUGAGCGUCAUGUGAAGUCCCCAGACAGAGUAAAAUCCCCCAAGAGAGUAAAAUCUCCUGAACCAUCUCCUGCCUCUUCCAAAGCCAAGUCAACAGCUGGAGCCAAAACAACAGCAGUAGAGAAAGUAGAAUUACCAGUUGCUGUUCCUCCAAAACUAAAACAGCAGUUGAAGGCAGAAGCUUCUGGCGACAAAGUAAAAUUCUUCUGUUCAAUAGAAAGCAGCAUUUUAAGUGUCCGAGAAGCAGCCUGGUACAAAGAUGGCAAGAAACUAAAAGAAGAUGAGCGCUUCAAGUUUCAUUAUGCAGCUGAUGGAACAUAUGAACUUAGAAUUCAUAAUCUCAAGGAAUCUGAUCAAGGUGAAUAUACAUGUGAGAUUAUUGGGGAAGGUGGCAUCUCCAAAACCAGUUUCCAGUUUGUUGGCCAAGCUUUUAAAAGUAUCAGUUCUCAAGUGUCAAGUGUAGCCAAAACUCAAAAAGCAGUUCAAAAAGAGACUGAAACUCUUGAAGUAUCUACCCAGAAGAAAGCUUCAGUGACCUCUCAAGAUAAGGCAGUGGUCGAGGAAGAAGUGAAAAAAUCUCUAGUGUCUGAAGAUAUUAAAAAAUCUUACACAGAAGUUAAAUCAACUACUAGUAAAAUGACUGUGUCUGAAGGUCAGAAGGCAACCCUGAAAGCCAAUAUUGCUGGAGCUUCUGAGGCAAAAUGGUUUUUGAACGGAAUAGAACUUGCUAACUCUGAAGAUUAUAGAUAUGGUGUGUCUGGAAGUGAUCACACUCUAACCAUCAAAAAAGCAACUCACAAAGAUGAAGGAAUACUUACCUGUGAAGCGAAGACUGAGCAGGGCAUCAUCAAAUGUCACUUUGAUGUGAGUUUUUCUAAAGAUCUUUCAAAUGCACCAGCUUUUAUCACACAACCUCGGUCUCAAAACGUUGAUGAAGGACAACGUGUGUUGCUUACCUGUGAAGUUUCUGGAGAUCCUUCUCCUGAAAUCGAGUGGUUUAAAGAUAACCAGCCUAUUGCUCUCUCAUCCAACAUCCAAGUAAAUCGCUCCAAGAAUGUUUAUUCUCUUGCCAUUCAAAAUGCUGCAGUGAGUGACAGUGGGAAGUACACAGUCAAAGCAAAAAACUACCAUGGGCAAUGUUCCGCAACAGCAUCCCUAAACGUCCUUCCUCUAAUUGAAGAACCUCCAAAAGAGGUAGUGUUGAGGACAAGUGGUGAUGCGAGCAUGCGGGAAAGCUUCUCUUCGCAGUCUUUUCAAAUGUCUGCUUCUAGACAAGAAGCUUCGUUCAGCAGCAGUAGCAGCAGCAUGACUGAAAUGAAAUUUGCAAGCAUGUCUGCCCAAAGCAUGUCCUCCAUGAAAGAAUCCUUUGUAGAGAUGAGCUCCAGCAGUAUAAUGGGGAAAUCUAGUCUGACCCAACUGGAGAGUUCAACUAGUAGAAUGCUUAAAUCUGGUAUGAGAGGAACACCGCCGAAAAUUGAAGCCCUUCCAAACGAUAUCUCCAUUGAGGAAGGAAAGGUUCUCACCGUGUCCUGUGCCUUUUCUGGCGAGCCUGUUCCUGAAAUUACAUGGUCCUGCAAAGGAGAAGACAUUUCCAGCCAGGGUGGUAGAUUUCACAUUGAAACCUGUGAAGAUUUAACAACCCUUAUCAUCAUGGAUGUCCAAAAGAAUGAUGGGGGACCUUACACACUGAAUUUAGGGAAUGAGUUUGGCACUGAUUCUGCCAUUGUGAAUAUUAACGUUCGAUCAAUUUAGAGGGCUUGCCCUAUUUAUUUACACUUGACUUUUUGGCAAGUGAUUCAUAUGGACUGAAAUAUCUGAUCUGUAAAUAUAUUUAAAAAAAAUAUUUUUGUACCUACCCAAACCAGACAAAAGUCCAAGGAAAUACGUUAUGACUUAUAGUCAUGAUUACUGUUCAACUUUAAAGCAAUGUUUCAUUUGACAUGUACAUACUGUAUAUAGCCGAAGAUAACGGUUAUGGAGUUUUGUACCCUUUAUUUUAUGACAUUUUAAGAUGUAACUUUUGGAACAAAUGGUUGGUAGGAGAAAGUUUCCUAGGGAACGAAUACCCUGCUCAACAUUGAACUAAUUUUUUGCGCCUCAACAAAAUGUUGAUGUCUAAGAAUGCCUCAACAGGUGGAGAGGCUCCCUGUUGAAGACUUAUUUACCUACACCUAAGAGAUUAUGCUGUGCAUGGUGCCUUUGUACCUGCACGAAUAAAAUUUUGACUCGGAAACAUAAGGCAUUGGCGAGGUUUACAAAUACCCUCCUGUAAGCCGCACUUUAACGUUUUAUGUUCUCUGAUCAAUGUCAAACAUAUUUAUUUUCAUGACUAAAACUCACAAGACUUUGAACAAAGUGCAACGGCCAGCAUUUUGUUCACCACCUGUGAGUGUAUUGUUUCUGGCAUAUUGACUGCCUAAAUAGCUUUCCAGUGAAGUAACAUCACCUGGCCAUCCCCUUGUUUUGACAAAGCUAUUUUAGGUACUCAAGUGCAGAAGCAGUACCAACUCUUGGAGGUUCCUCGGGUGCAGUGAUUGUGUGGUAGUUUUUAGAAGACCGGUAGAUAUUGUCAAUUCCAGGCAACUAAGUUUUGAACCACAGUUUAGGAAAAAAAUUAAGCUGUUGUUAUAACAUCACAUUUUAUUUUGCCCUGAACUUAAAAUUUUAAGUAGCUUAUUUUAUGUAGUAGUCAUAAAUUGUAUUGAACGCUGUUUUGCUGAACCUCCUUGAGAUAAUAUUGCUCAUUUGAAAUAAAGCAUGCUAUCUGCACCUCA